CCGGAAUUGGGGGGGGGGUGAGCCAGAAGAAGACAGCGUUUGAUUACAGAGGAGGGGGGUCCGGGAAGGGGGUCCUACCCCCACCCCCCGAAAAGGGGGGUGCUGCAUCCUGGAGAGACGGACAUGGGGAGUUUCCUAUUUUAUGGGCAGUUCUCCCCCCCUGGACAGGAGGGGGCCUGCGAGGCUUUGACUCCUGAGACAUCUGAUUAGCCCCCCCUUCCUCCAACAACCCCACACGACCCUGAACUUGCUGUGCACCACGGUUUGGCUGCAAGGGGCUGGGGGGGCCAGGCCCCCUGGGAGCAAAGGACCCCUCUUGUCUCACUCUCUCCCCCCCCCAACCAUUUUCUUCUCUUGCGGUACUGGGGCUGUUUUCUGGAUGGAGAGGUGAUCCGAGAGUUCUCCAAGGAUACUCCGAGGAAGGGAGAUUCUGAGGGAGCCGAGAUCCGGAGAGUGUACGCUUUUAUUUUCCAGAGAAAUAUAUAUAUAUAUAAAAGAAAGGGGUGGGGGAGACCGGCCUCUCCCCAAGGAAGACCACAGAGGAAAGUGGGCCUCCCCACUCUCGAAGAGGGGGAGCUGCAAGGAGACAGAGGCCGGGGGGCGCAGUUCACGGAUUCCGUAAGUGGGGAGCACUUAGCUCUUACAUUUCUUCUGGGGGGGGAUGUGGGGUGGGCGAAAGAGGGUGCCUCUGUGUUUGUUGUCCCCCUUUCCUCGCUCCCUCGGAUGUGGCCUCCGUCCAAGGGCCCUACAGGCAUAUGUGAGGGUGAUGGGGGGGAAUUGGUGGGUCUUGGGGGGCAGGGAUCAGAAGGGGGUGUUUGGAUUUGAGGCUGGAGGGUGGGUGGGUUGCCUUUCAGAUUGCUGUGUUUGGGCUGAGUGGUUGGGUGGCUCGACGGAGACGUACGCUGUAGAGGGUGGCGGAACUGGGUGAAAUGGGUUUUUGGGGUGAGUGGGUGGGGGUCGUGGAGAGGGUGGGGAGAUGCCACACGAAGAUGCGGUUUAUCUUCCCAUCUGCCCACCCUCCUGCACCAUCCACCGCUUGCCAUAGAUCAUGUCUUUCCCCUCCUAAUCUCGCCUCACAUCCCAUCUCCCCACAAAAAACCCCCCAAUGAAUUAUUACAUUUGAGCCGCACGCUCACUGCUGCUUUAGAAAAAGACUUAUUUACAGCAGCCGAAUACCCCAGGGCUUCCCCCUCCCCACUGCCUCUCCCUCGCCUUCCUAGGCUUUCUGGCUCCCUCAAUCUAGGCCAGAGAGCUCUCUUGGUCUCCCAGUUGGCCUAGGUUGUUUCUGUUAGCCAGGCCCAUCAGCCCAGGCCACAGCCCUCCCUCCUCCUUGUUAAUGGAGGGGAUGGUGCAGGUGGGUGGCAUCGGACAAAUCCAGGGGCUUUUCCAGCCCUGUAGGCAAGGCCAACAGACUCUUGGUUGGAGAGCAGAGAUCUGGGGAUAGCUAAGGAAUACAUGUCUCGGAGAUGGGUUUAAGCCUGCACAAGUUUCUAGCCCACAUUGUUUGUGUGUGUUCAUUAGUGCACUUGCUCACAACUGGCUGCUGCACCAGUCUUUUGUGGCAUAUUGGUGGUCUAAGGGGUGGAAAGAAAGAAAGAAAGAAAGAAAGAAAGAAAGAAAGAAAGGGCCAACUCUGUUUCAGGAUACAAAGGCUCCGUUGCCUCUAGGCCAUUCUUAGUUGCCACGGGCUACACAAAGUCUGCCUGCCUGCGCAAGUCUCCUUCACUCCCUGUGUAAUUUUUAAGAAACACUUCUCUCGUUCUGUCCCCUUUCCUGGCUCUUCUGCAAUUCUCUGUGUGUCAGAACAAAACCAUCAGAAGCUUCCCAGCUUCGCCCACAAUGCAUUGCUCUGGUAAUCCUCACAACAGCCCUGGCAGGUAGGCCUCUGUUGCUAUAAUUUCUAGGUCCAUUGUUCUCAAGUUAGACUUUAGCUCCACAUACAUUCCCUGCUCUGUUUCCAGCUCCUUCACCCCACAAUGCAAUUCACUCCUUGUUUCCUUCCUCCCUCAGAAGGUCUCCUGAGGUCUCUCCAUUCUUCUGACAUCUUCUUUUGCAUCCUCUUGAGCCUCUUCGCCACAGUCCCAAUCCUUCUGCCCAGGACACCUGCUUGGGCAGCUCUCGGGUUCAAACCCCCCCCCAUUCCAUAACACCGGAUAUUCUCCCUGGUAUCUACAGCUCCCCCUCCCCAGGCUCCCACAACCCCACCUUCCUCUCUGAAUCUUCCCCCUGCAAAACAGAGGAAGGCUUUUGAGACUUAGGAAGAGGACUCAGCCAGAUUAUUUGUCCACCUAACCCAGUGCUGCCUUCUCUGACUGGCAGUCUCACUCUCGCAUCUCAGGCAGAGGUCUUUCCUGAUCCCUUUCUAACUGGAGAUACGAGGGAUUGAACCCCUGGACCUUGUUCCUGUAGAGCACUGAGUUAUGGUCCCACCCUCAAGCUCCCAUCCAGCAUUGAUCUCCCUGUUGUGGUUGGGUCCCUUAAUGCAGGCUUCCCACUGGGACACCUGGUAGGCCACUGUGAGGACAGAAUGCCUGAUCCUGCAGGGAUAUUCUUGCAUUGUUCCUUACAAACCUACCUACAUGUCUGGAAGCAGCAAUGACCAAGGAUGGAGCAUCAUUAACGACUGUGUGGAAGAGGGAAACAACUUGCACAAAGAGUCUUGCACAACUGCUGUAGGUAUAGUUGGGAACCUUCUCCUCCUCUGUCCAUCCUAAUAGGGGCCCCCUUUCUUCCCAGUCUCCCACCUGCACCUCUCCCCAAACCGAACCAUUAGGAAGCACCCCCAGUGACCUCUCCUGCCAUCAGUUACCUUGCACACCUGCCUUGUAUCUCACUAUUGCAACCUCCUGCAUAAGCUCCCUGCUUCCUCCUCCAGCCAUGGCCGUGUUUCCUUUAUCCUGGAUGCACCUCCUUGCUCCUAACCCAACCUGCUUGGUUGGUUCUUUGUUGUCAUCCCAUCCUGCCUCCAUUCUCCCAUCCCCAAUCUGCCCCUGCCCUUAGGCAAGCCACUAUCUCCUCCUCCUGUGGUGCCCUUUGCUCUCCCCCCAACAUACUUCCAUCCUCCUUGUUUGCUCCUUGGAUGUAACCCUUGCCUCUCUCUCUCUCUGUGGGAUGAUGUGACCUCUCUCGCCUGACUCCCUCCCUUCCUUUGAAUCUCACACCCAACACCCUUUGCUUUCCAUUAAGAGCCGGCUCUGCCAUUGCUUAGCAGGGUGAAGUGGCCCGACUCAGGUAGCAAAUUUAUUUGGUGGAGGGUGGCGGGAAGAGCAGCAAAUUGUUAACGACUUAGUUGGCGCCCACCUUGGUGGGCCCUAAAAGUCAACCGAGGAAGCUUUCUUAUUCGGAUCUCAUCCGGCUUCCACACGGUGCCCUGUGCCCGCUAACUUCCCUCUUUUCCUUCUCUCCAGUGCCCGCCUCCUUCUCCUUUCCUGACCAGCUGGGAAUUUUGGAACCCCUGUGCCCUAUUUCCACCCCUUUCCUCCCUGCCCCUUUCUGUCUUGGGUGCGCAGCAGCCUUGGCGAGCAGCUGUUGAGGCCGCGGGUGGCGGUUGGUGAGGAGAGGGGUAGAGCUCUGCCCCUGCCAGCCCCAGUUAGCAUCUCCCCAUCCCCCUGGCAGCUUCACCAAGCUCUGUGGCAAGAGACGGAAACGGAUCCGAGACAGGGACCCAAUUGCUGUGACAGCCACAGCAGAUUUGCCGAGGUCUGGGUGUCGCAGCCUUCCUGGGGCUUUGGUGGAGUGUGGUGGUGGGGGGAGAGGAAAUGGGGUGGGGGGCCAGGGAGGUGCAUGGCUUUGUCUCUCUCUCUCUGUUGAACAUCUCUCUGUGUGGCUCAGGAAGCGAAAGGGAAAGGACAGUGGCGUUUCUGGGUGCCAGGGAGCUCAAAAAGGUCUUGUUUCUUUAUCCAAGCUCUCCUUGCUCUGUUUGCUGGGAAGAAAAGGAGCUGUUUUAUUCAGGGGGAGUUUUUCCUGGGGAAGAAGGGAUGGGAAGUUGCAAGGAAAAUGCAAGCGUCUGAGGCUGGAGGGUGCCAGCGUUGAGCUCUGGGUCCUCAGCAACAACUUGGCUGCUUGUUUGCAGUCUGUUGUGGCACCUGCUUAGGAAAUGUGCAUGUUUCGUGGUCUGGCGUGUCUCCGUGACUGCAUUCACAUGCUCCGUUUGAAGCACUAUAAACUUUCAUGGCUUCCCCCAAAGAAUUCUGGGAGCUGCAGGUCCCAGAGUGGAAUAAUGAUCAUUCCCUCUUCCCAGGGAACUCUGGGGAUUGUAGUUCUGUUAGCUGGGUAGUGCGGUCUCCUGACAACUCUUAGCACCCUUAACAAACUACAGCUCCCAGAAUUCAUUGGGAGGGGGAGCCACAACUGUUUAAAGUGGUAUCACGGUGGUUAAAAUGUUUGGUGUGACCAUGCUUCAAGAGUUGGAAUCCUUAAUGGAGAUAAGUCUUCCCCCCAGUGUAGGACUGGAGUGUGGAAAGUCUGGCUCUCCAGAGAUGCUGCUGGACUACAACUCCCAUCAUCCCCAGCCGUCGUGGCUAAUGCCAUCUGCGAGGCCACAGCAUUCCUCAGUUUUUUCCGUGGGUCUAGGCUGGGCCUGUGGGUUUUGUGACCCUACAGUUCACCAGUAGUGGAGAAACAUCUCUGCUUUGCUUUCUGCCCGAGAUGGCAAAGAUGGGGCAGUGUUGUUGAGCAUUUUGCGGCUGCAAUAAAUCAGGGGCGGGGGCUGCAAUUCAGCUUGAUGGGUCGUGUUCAGCAGGCACAGAUGGUGGGCACAGGGAUGCUAGUGACUUUGGAGACUGGUGGCGAUUUUAGGACCCACCACAAUAGGAGAUCAACAUGUGCUCUGUGCUGUGAAAACGAUCCAGAACAUCUCCCUGGAACGCUACGUGGUGUCCAUUUCUUUCUCGACCACCUCCUUCUGAAUCCCUAUUCCCAGACCACAGGUUUUUAUCCAAGAAGUAUACCCCUCAGCCCCCAUCGCAAAAAUACCAAAGUCCCAGCACUGACAUCUGCAUGGGGCUCUAUUUAUCCCUUGUUAUUCUUGCCCCUCUCCUUUUGUUUUGUCUCCCACAGCCAACGUUUAGACUGUAAGUUGCUUGGGGCACAGACUGAUUUGCCUCCUGUCCUCAAGUACAUUGAUGGUUCUAGAGAGGCGGAAUAAUAAUAAUAAUAAUAAUAAUAAUAAUACCAUUACAAUUUGGGUGCAUGGGGACUGCUUUUCAUUGGUUCCCUGCCUUUGGCGAAUUCAUUGGUUGCAGACCUGUUUUAUUUUUGUUUAAUUCUGCCAUUGCUUUUUCCCUGUGUUAGCACCGUAAGCUUGGGGGGGGGGGCCGGGGAGAUCCUUGGGCACAACAUCCCCAGUUGUUCCCCUUAACUUGAAAGAGUUUGAGGCAUGCAGUCGUACUCUGGUUUUGUCCUACUGAGAAUAAGCCCAACUCUUUUUCUUCUACACGUGCAGUAAAAUGUGUUGGGAAUGAGGUGGCAGAGUCCUUGAAUGGGAGAGGACUGUACCACUUCACAGGCUGCAGGGAGCAAUUGCUUCCCUAAAUGGUGGGAAAAUCCCUAUCAACCCCCCCAAAACCCCCCCCCUAAAGCAAAACAUCAGAUUGUUCAUAAUAAGCCUUAACAGUUCAAAAGACGUAAGAUAAGUUUUCCCCAACCUGGUGUCUUCCAAAGCUUUUGGGCCAGAACUCCCAUCGUUCGUUGCCGGCGUAGCUGAGAGUUGUAGCCCCAAACUCUCAGAAGUUGGGGAAGGCUGAGUAGGAGUUCAGAAAUGUAACAUUUCUAUGCACUGAUAAAAAAUUCAGACUUAACAAGUGGAAAAUCUAGAGCGGUGAUCUUCAGCUUCUCCAGAACCGAGGCCCACCUCUGAUUCCUAACCUGCAAUGUGGGACCCGCUUUCCCACAUUCUCUUUUGAUCUAUACUUACUAUAAUAUGCUAAUGAGGCAUAUUAUUGAAUUUUGAAAUGGCAAUUCACAGAGCAGUGGACACAGUGGUAUCUUAGCAUUACUACUAAAUGAAAACCAGCAAGAAAUUAACUUCCCCCUGAUUCCAACCCUACUGCAGGAAGUGGAGUGAGGCUGAUGUUUUUAUCCCUGCUUUUUCUACCCUCCAACAUUUCUCCGAUGAAAAUAGGGACAUCCUAUUCAGUUGUUGUUGUUGUUGGGCUGCCUUCAGAUAUAUUCUACAGAUUGUAUCUCCUUGGCUCAGAGGUUGCAUAACUCCAUGCCCUCCAACAUUUCUCCAAUGAAAAUAGGGAUGUCCUAAAGAAAAGUCGGAUGUUCUGGGAUCAAUUCAGAAAUUCGGAUGGCUUCUGUAAAUCUGGGUCUGUCCCUGGAAAAUAGGGGCACUUGGAGGGUCUGUAAACUCUCAUAUCCUGUAGCUAGACUUCUGCCGUCACUUCCUGGGUCCCCUUGUUGCUGCCAUGAUGUCAACUGCUGGGCAACCAAGCUACCUGCACUUUGGCAUUCCAGUCCCCAAAGUACUUCCAUUCUGGGAGAAGUCUAGAAAGCCGUCGAGACAGACUGGAAAGCAAGCAGCGUUUCCGUUGUUCCAUUGAAAAGCUCCCUCACUAAAGACAUAGCUCUAGGAAGGUGGGGCAUGUGGUUGGCCAGAAAUCCUGUUUUUAUUGGGGGAAAAGGGCUCUUGGCUAUCUCUUGACCCAUCGCGAAAAUGAGUGCCUUAUCCGAAGAAGAUGCUCUACCCCAGAAACUGCAUGAAAUUCUCCUUUGGUUUGGUCAGCCUUAGCUUGGAGUCCAACAUGGCAGCGUCAGCAUUGUCACGACCCAUCUGGGAUGGCCUCACUUCCUCCCUGUGGUUCCUGACCCACUGGUGGAAGACCUCUGAUACUGAACAGAACAACCCAUCAAUUUAUUGCAGGCAGUACACCAAACACUUUAAAAAGUAUGCUGUGCAGGGAAAUCUCACAGCAGCACAGGUUGAAAACAGUUGUACAGUGGUACCUCGGGUUACAGACGCUUCAGGUUACAGACUCCGCUAACUCAGAAAUAGUACCUCGGGUUGAGAACUUUGCUUCAGGAUGAAAACAGAAAUCGUGUGGCGGCAGCGGGAGGCCCCAUUAGCUAAAGUGGUACUUCAGGUUAAGAACAGUUUCAGGUUAAGAACGGACCUCCAGAACGAAUUAAGUUCUUAACCUGAGGUACCACUGUAAAUCGCCAUCUCCUUUUCCACUACCACUUCCCCUCACCCCACAGGCAACCAAACACAGGAAGGGGCCUUUUCUGUGGUGGCUCCCCAUUCGUGGAAUACUCUCCUCAGGGAAGCUUGCCUGGCGCCUUCAUUACAUAUCCUUAGGCGCCAGGUAAAAACGUUCCUCUUCAACCAGGCCUUUGGCCGAAUUAACAUUCUGUCGUCCUUUUAAUGUGACUGAGAGGGGGUUUAUUGGCUUGUUUCACUGUUGUUUUAUUAUGUAUUUUGUGUUUUCAUUUUGUAUUCUUAUGUUGUGAACUUUGGAUGAAGGGUGGCAUACAAAUUUAGUUAACAACAAACAACAACCACACAAAAGCAAAAUCAACAAAACCAUGUACAGCACCACGUUUUAAGUACAGUGGUACCUAUAAAAUUCUUAACCCGAGGUACUACAGUGGUACCUCGGGUUACAGAUGCUUCAGGUUACAGACUCCGCUAACCCAGAAAUAGUACCUCGGGUUAAGAACUUUGCUUCAGGAUGAGAACAGAAAUUGCGUGGUGGUGGCAGCGAGGUGGCAACAACGGGAGGCCCCAUUAGCUAAAGUGGUACCUCAGGUUAAGAACAGUUUCAGUUUCAGAACAAAUUAAGUUCUUAACCCGAGGUACCACUGUAUAAAGCUUCGAUAAUGUUGAGUGAGGCCCUGAAGAUUGUUCUUCCAGGUUCAGGCAUGGAUUUGCUUACUUCUUCUCACUGCUGCAGAUAGUAAGCAACACCUCUGCCAGUGAUACUGUUGGGAUUUUAUCCUCCAUUAGAUAUUUAACAUACAAUUGAACUGACCUUCCUGGUAGUUUGGUCAGCAAAAGGCCCAUCUAUCCAUCCAUCCAUUGACUGAUUAAGCAAUCAAUUAAUUAAUUAACUGAAGGGGAGUACCAUGUAGGCCACUUUGAGCUUCCUUGAAGAAAAAGGUGAUAUAGAAAUGCAAUAAGCAAGUACCGGUAAUAUAAUGAACUGUAUGCUGCUGAACUCCAGUACAGAAAAUACAGAACGGAAGGGCACAGAAAGUAUUUUCUUUCUAUAAAAUCGUGGUUAUGAUUUGAUAGACGGGGUGCAGCAGGAGGGGAGAAACAACAAGGCCAUGGGAAAAGGGGUGGAAAGUUGACAAAAAUAAGAGAAAAGAUGAAAUUGUGUUUUGGCUGUAUAUGCUAAAAAUGUUGAAACUUAAUAAAAUAUAAAGGAAGGAAGGGAAAGAAAGUAAGUUCUUUAUCACUAGGGAGGUGAAAUCCCUGUCAAACUUCAUGUGCCCCCCCCCCCCCCAUUAGCUAUUAGACGGUGGAUUGGAAAUAGUGGAGGGUUUAAGGGACAUGUUUACUUCCUGCAGUGGUGGCUUGCGGUAUACCAUGGAAAACGAGAGGGCCGGCUGGUCAUUUUGGGAUAGUUCUUACUGCCCGAUUUGCCAAGAUGCAGACUGUAAAACAGGAUUGUGCUCAGAUGGCAUAUUGAGCUGUGCAUGCAGACUGGAUAAGAUCAUGCGUUGAUGCUUGCUUGAAGACUUGCGUGUGAUUUCUUGGUUUCUAACAUUUUUUCCCCCUCGGGGGCAGCGGCUGGAUGUAGUGGAAUUGAUGGGUGCUGCCGCCUUGAUGCUGCGAAGCUCCCGGAGAAGGGAGUUGUCAUAGAGAGCUCUGGGUUUCCUUUUCAAAUACUGUAUCUGUGGCAGAGGAAAUCAGAUUGCAUUUCUCCAGUACUGGCAUGUUUAGGGUGCCAACUUGACUUGCAACAGGGCUAGUUUUUUAAUACCAGGCGUCCGUGCUUGGACUGACUGGAAUAUUUGUUUAAAGAGAGAGCUUCAGAGCAUGUGCAGAAUGGCCUCUCCCUGCAAACUGGCCACAGUCGAAGCACAUCUGAACUUUCAGAUUUUCCCUCUUUUGGCCACUUUGUCCUCUGUGCCCAACAUAUCAGUCGAUAGGAAUGCUCUGUCCCUCCUCUGUGAGCUUGCAUGCAUGUGGCUACUAGGCUAGAGUGCUUCGUUCAUUCAUUCAUUUAUGUAAUAUAUUUAUGUCUUGCAUUUCUUCCGAGCUGGGAUUCCAGGCGGCUUACCACAUUUAAAAAUGUAUAUAUGAAUUACAAAAAUGCAAACUGGUUAGAAACAAAACUCAAAACACAUCAGAACACAUUUAGAACCAGCAAUUGAAAUCCAGCUUGCCUCUAGAGCAGCCCUGAUCCUUAGUUUCCAAAGGUCUGUCUGAACAGGAAGGAUAACAAAGAGGGAGCCAGUCUAACCUCUCUUGGGAGCGAAUGCCGCAAUAUGGGAACAGCCACCGAAAAGGCUCCUUCUCAUGUCAUCACCAACCGGGCUUCUGAUGUUGAUGGGACCGAGGGGAGGUGCUCAUCUGGGCAUCUUAGCACCAGGGCAGGUUCAUAUAAGGAGAUAGGAUCUUUCAGGUAGCCUAGGCCCAAGUCGUAUAUGCAGAGCUGACCUCAAGGAUUUGGCUUUCAGGCUCCUUGGUCCAGUGACAGGGUAGAAACUGCUGUUGUUUACAACAGGAGUUUCAUUGCCAUUGAGGUGGCAUACCUGUGUCUUGGCUGUAGCACUUCAGAAUGGAAGUGAGGACCAAGGGCUUACCCACACUUGCCUUUCCCCCUGUUCUUUCCAGGCCCAGGUUCACGCCAGGAGAAGGAAAACUGGUCCUAAACCUCUGCUACCUUGCAGGAUAUCUUCAGGAGAAUAAAUGCCUAAGGAAUAAACCCUGCCCAAAUUGGGAGCUUAGUCCCUAAGACGGUUGGAUGGCACCUUGUGCGCCUCCUUCCGGCAACUCCUGCAGCCAAGCUGGGGCCAAAUGUAUUGCUCAGCUUUCCUUUGGACCACAUCAGUGAGUCUUGUCAUCUGGGCAACCCAGGACCUCCAUGCACACUGCCCAAGCUUGCACCCUGAGGAGGUCACUUUAGCAUUGCUAACACAGAGGUUCAACUUCACCCCCAGAGGCCAGUGUGGUGUAGUGGUUAAGAGCAGUGGACUCGUAAUCUGGUGAACCGGGUUCGCUUCCCUGCUCCUCCACAUGCAGCUGCUGGGUGAUCUUGGGCUAGUCACACUUCUUUGAAGUCUCUCAGCCCCACUCACCUCACAGAGUGUUUGUUGUGGGGGAGGAAGGGAAAGGAGAAUGUUAGCCGCUUUGAGACUCCUUAGGGCAGUGAUAAAGCGGGAUAUCAAAUCCAAACAACUCCUCCUCCUCCUCCUCCUCCUCCUCCUCCUCCUCCUCCUCCUCUUCUUCUUCUUCUUCUUCUUCUCCUCCUCCUCCUCCUCCUCCUUCUCCAUUGUCUCUCAAGACAGAUGGCUGCCAACACUUUAUCUGACUUAAUGUAAGACAGCUUCUGUAGAUUGUGAACCCCAGUUCCAAACUGAAGUGGUAAAGGGUGGGGGGAUGUCUUCAAGAAAAGCAUGUUUUACAGGAGUUGGGAUAUUAGUCUGCUUUGAUCAUUUGCAAGACUUCAGCCCUUCUGUAAGUGCAGGAGCUGAGGAGAGCAGCAUGGGCAAAGAGGUCUCAGCUGUCCCUUGAUAACUGAACUCCUAGGGCUGGGAAAUCUUUAUAAACAAUUAUAUGUAGAUAUACACAUGCUGAGUUCAAUGAUCUGUCUGUUGAGGCUGUACAUAAGUAAAGCCCCUAUGUUGCAGGGUGAAGGUUAAAGAUGCUUGUUGGGUCUGGGAAGGGUAAAGGCCACAGGUCUAGGGAAUGAAUCUGCGCAGGGGGACGAAGCCACUACAGCAUCUCCGUAAGCUGAUUAUCUCCACAGCCUUCUCCUUGCUAGGAUUGCAGCUGGGAGCGCAGGAGGCCUUUGAUCCCAUUAAACUCUUACCAGGGCUUUGCCCACAGCUAAUCGGGGACUUCCUGCUAAGAACCGCUGUAAUACAACUUACCUCCGAACAUUUGACGGAGGAAACGAGCCAGGUUUAGGGUCUCUUUUUCUCGCCACCAGCUCAGUAUGGGCUGGGCAGGGCUGUGAGGAAAGCCUUCUAGAUUGUUGGAAAAAAGGAAUCUAGCACACGACCCACAGCUGUGACUUGCCAGGGGCUGAACUGAUGUGGUUACGUUUUGCACACACACCCUCUCUCUCUGCAGCUGCCAUGCGCUAAUGUAGUGAAACGGUCCCUCACACCAGUAGCAUAAGGAAUCAGCAAUGUUCCAGGGGCUCAGUCCAGUUCCCCGUAUCAGUAUAACCCCACCCAUGCUUUUUAUGCAUAUCACUUACUUCCUGCCCCCCCCCAAGUGUGAUAUAGGUAAAGGGUACUUGAACCUUCUCCUUGGUGCAUGGGCAUAUUUGGGCAGCACCCCCCCUCGCCCCCGUAAACCAAGUAAAUAAAUACAAAUACUUCACUAAAAGUAGAAAUGAUCAGAAUAUUUGAAAAUGAAAUGUUCACAGAGGUCUCUUGGGUGGUGCUGCGCUGCAUUCUAGCGAUGCAACUGGCAAUCCGACUGAGAGAUAGACAGAGCCAGAGAGAGGGUGAUGACAUGUGGGUGUCCCCCCCCCACAUAAAUAAUAAUAAUAAUAAUAUAAUAAUUUAUUAUUUAUACCCCGCCCAUCUGGCUGGGCUUCCCCAGCUACUCUGGGCAGCUUCCAACAAAAUAUUAAAAUACAGUAACGCCCCAAACAUUAAAAGCUUCCCUAAACAGGGCUGCCUUCAGAUGUCUUCUAAAAGUCUGGUAGUUGUUGUUCUCUUUGACAUCUGGUGGGAGGGCGUUCCACAGGGCGGGUGCCACUACCGAGAAGGCCCUCUGCCUGGUUCCCUGUAACUUGGCUUCUCGCAGUGAGGGAACCGCCAGAAGCCCCUCGGUGCUGGACCUCAGUGUCCGGGCAGAACGAUGGGGGUGGAGACGCUCCUUCAGAUCUUGGCUAUGCCCAUGCCUUGGUGUGAGGAGCAACAGGCUGAGCUCACUUAUUGCAGGAGAGCAUAGGGACCUGCAGUGGACCACGGAUCCAACACAUUGUCUACGCUUGGCCGGCUGUGGCUCUUUAGGAUUCCAUUUCUUUUGGGGAGGGGUCUCUCUCAGCCCUACCUGGAAUGAACCUUGACCUCCUGCAUGCUGAUGCUGUGUUACUGAGCUGCCCCCUUCCCUGGAAUGAUAAGUAGCAACCAUUUCUUUUUAUUUAAGUAAUGUAUUGAUUAACUGGGACGCGGGUGGCGCUCUGGUCUAAACCACAGAGCCUAGGGCUUGCCGGUUGGAAGGUCGGUGGUUCAAAUCACCACGACGGGGUGAGCUCCCAUUGCUCGGUCCCAGCUCCUGCCAACCUAGCAGUUCGAAAGCACACCAAAAAGGGCAAGUAGAUAAAUAGGUACUGCUCCAGCAGGAAGGUAAACGGCGUUUCCGUGUGCUGCUCCAGUUCGCCAGAAGUGGCUUAGUCAUGCUGGCCACGUGACCCGGAAGCUGUCUGCGGACAAAUGCUGGCUCCCUCGGCCUAUAGAGCGAGAUGAGCGCUGCAACCCCAGAGUCAGCCACGACUGGACCCAACGGUCAGGGGUCCCUUUACCUUUACCUAUUGAUUAACUGGAGAAUUCAUAGCCUGCUCCUCCAGUGUAAAUACACCAGUCAGGGUGGCUAGGACUGUACAAAAGUUGCAAUUUCAUAAAUAAGUUUUUAGAUAUUUUUACUUUGGAUUUUUUUCUUUUAAAAAGAUUAGGUCUCUAGUAGGGCUGAGCAAUAUGUGGUUUUCAAUAUCGUGAUAUAUCACCGGCUAAACAUCACAAUACAGUGGAAUCUCGGUUGUCAAACGUAAUCCAUUCCAGAGGACCGUUUGACUUCUGAAACGUUUGACAACCGAGGCACAAUUGCCAGUUGCCAAUUGCAUUUGAGAAAAUGGAGAAAUGUACCUCGGAAGCCGAUCCACUUCUGAGGCAUGUUUGAAAACGGAAUCAUCCAAUUCUGGGUUAUCGGUGUUCGAAAGCCGAGACUUUUGACUUCCGAAGCGUUCGACAACCGAGGUUCCAUUGUAUACCUAUAUAUCACAGUGUCUGAAAUAAGGAUGGAGCUACAUAGAGACAUUGGCAAGCGUCACGGUUUUUCUCCCAUUGUGAUUUUUGCAUAGCACACACACACACACACACACACACACACCAUGAUUCGCAAUCUAUUGCCAGGUCAAAAAUUAUGAAACCGAUAUCACAAUAUGGACUUAAAACCGGUUUUGGAUGAUAUAUCACUAUAUUGCCCAGUCCUAGUCUCUAGCCCACAGAUGGAGAACCUAAGCCCUUUGGACGCUGUUGGACUACAACUCCCAUCAUCCCUGACCAUGCUUGCUGGAGCUGAUGGGAAUUGUAGUCCAGCAACUUCAGGAUGUUCCCCACAGGUUCCCCACACAUGCCUUAUGGUUAUGAAAGUUGGCUCGAAAACUUGUGAGCGAUAUAUUGUGUGGCAUUUGUAAAGCCAAAAAGGAAUUCGGUAGGGUUUCCAACAGAGGAGGACUUGAGCAGAGCUUCCGUGUCUUGCUGUUCUGUGUCUAGAAGCAGAAUGAAUUAUAGAAAGUAAGGGAAGAGAUAUUCGAAGCUCCUUUGACCGGGGAUCGCAGUGGGACCGGGAGGAAAAUGAAUUUGUGCAUCCGCAGGCAGCAAUUCUUCUAUCAUGCUGCCUCUAUGUCUCUGAAAAACGGUUCUGGGCACACAUGAGGAUUAUCUCACAAACACGAUGACCGACUGCUGAAGCCCCAAGCUGGUCGCAACAGCACAGCUAUAGCCACAAAUAAGAUGCCCUCUAGCUUGUGUCUGAAUUAUGUGCUCUGUGGGCACCCAUAAAGAGCAGACUCCCAGAUUUAUGCCUUGUCUUGUUUUGUGGGCACAGCUGAGGUAAUAAGACGUUCCACCCCAGUGGUUUUCUCAAAUGGAGUUCGGGGAAAUCCCUGGGUUCAUACUGGGGGUUCCUCAGGGACAAGAUCAGUAAUGGCAGACAAGUUUUACUGACCCCCAUUAACUAAUCUCCCUCUGCAUGAAGGGUUGCCAUAAAGAAAAAUCACCCUACUUGCCAUACGUCUGGGUUUUCCUGGACAUUUUUGCCAAUUCAGCAGAAGUCCUCCCGGGUACCGUUUUGCAACCUGAUUCCCAGAUGUGUCCGGGAAAACCUGGACUUUUGGCAGCCCUACUUGCAUGCAAGCUCUGUGUGAAGCCAGUUCAACCUGCAGAAGCAGGCGGAUUAAUUGGUUAGAUUAACCAUUUAAAUAUGUACGUGCGUGUGUAUAUGUAUGUGUGAGUAUGAAAUAUAUGUGUAUCAGUGCGGAGUAGAGGUUUGAGUGCAGGACUAUUGAACUAGGACCUGGGAAACCAGGGUUCAAAUCUCCACCCAGCCCUGAAUCCCACUGAGUGACUUUGGGCCAGUCGCUGUCUCCCAGCCUGACCUACCUCACAGGGUUGCUGUGAGCACAAAAAUGGACUGGGGGAGAAGUGUGUAAGCCACCGUGAUCUCUUUGGAGAAAAGGUGGGACAUAAAUGUGUGUUUGUGUGGGUGUGGGCGUGGAUACACUUAGAAUAACUUAAAAUCAUUUUUAAAACAAUUACUCUUUUAAAAAAAACAACAGAUCCCAGAAAACUUUUUUUUGUCAGCUCCACUAGAACGCAACAGUAACCAUUUUCUGUAACUAUCCAAUCACUGAAUGUCACUUUCAAUCCCUUAUUUGCAUAUGUGGACCUGAAUGAAAACUAUCUACAGUAUCCCCCUGCUGGCCCAGGGUGAGAACUUCAGUACAUAACAGUCACCUUCCACAUACAGCUGCUUCUUGUCAGAUUGGGACCUGAGUUCAAAUUUGUACUUUGCUGUGAAGCUCACUGGGCAGCUGGGCAGGGCCAGUGGCUUUCUUUCAGUUUGACCUACUUCGCUGUGUGGUUGUUAAAGUAGUCAGAUGUGAAAAAAGAAAAGAAAAGGAUGGGGUUCCUGCACUUUUAAGAGUUGUAUGGGGGAACGUGGGGGUGCACUAUUUUAUAUUUUGUCUCAGGCAGCAGAAUGCCUUGGGCCUCAGAAUGUGUCCCAGAAUCCUCAAUAGUGCAGUUUCUUCAGCAGACAGAUCAAUGUGGAAAAACUUCCAUGAAAGUUGAUAUUCUGAAAAACCAGUAUUCUACCAAAGGAGAGAGGCAUAUUCCAGGCCGUGUAUGCACUAUUCAUUUAAAGCACAUUCAAAGGACGUUCAUUCCCUCAAAGAAUUCUGGGCAAUGUAGUUUCCCCCCUCACAGAGUUAGAAUUCCCAGCAGCUUUUAGCAAACCAUAAUGUUCAAAAAUCUGUGAGGGAAAUCAUUUGCUUUGAAUGUACUCUAAAGGUAUUGUGUGUGCAUCCUAAGUCUCUGAAGGCUCUCUCAAAUUGUGGAUAAUGUCUUUUGGGUUGGGGUGCCUCUUCAGGAUGGUUAAAAAAAUAAAAAUAAAGGUUUUUUAAUAUUAAAUUUCAAGUAUAAGCAACAUAAACAACUCCCACCCCCACAGAUGAGUGCAAUAUAUCAUGUCUGUAUUGAAAGCAACUCCAAUCAAAAUGCCCAUCACAUUUAAGUGACUUUCCAUAGAUAGCUGUGAGAUGCUGGCAUGUUUUGUCAAGGCAUAUCUAAUGAAACAGAGCCAAACAGCAUAAAACUUGUCGGACUUACAGUAUUUCUUUGUUCUUUUGGUUUGUGGGUUAAUUUUUCCAUGAGCACCCGGUCCAAUAAUUGCAGAGGAACCAAAUUUCCAUUAAGUUUGGGUUUUACGACCUGGGUGCAAUAAUAGACACAUGACAGAAAGUUUAUAAAAAUUAUUCGUGAAACAGAGGAGUCGAAAAAUAGAGGGAGGGAAUUCUUCUCUUAUAGCUCUAGAAAUCAUGGACAUCCAGAUGAAGCUGAAUGUGGAAAGGUUCUGGACCAAAAUAUUAUAAAUUGUUGAUAUACGGCCUUUAUUCAAAGAAUCUGUGGAGUAAAAUCCUAUUUUUACACCUUCUUUGGAACACUCUGCUCCCGGAGUUUUGCUAGCCUGUUGUUUAUGCUGAAAUUAUUUUGUUGCCAGGCAGAGAGCUUUCUAAUUCUUCCAGGGUUUCGGUUUGUUUGUUUGUUAACCUUUUGAAGCAGCUUUAGAAGUUCUCUGUCAGCUGUGGGUUUGGGUUUGGUUUUUUUUGGUCGUCUCUUUGUUGUUGCUUUAUUUUCCUGUUCGUUAAUUAUGCAGGGACGUCUUGUAUGGUUUCCCCCUCUUUUCGUGACCUGCCUUGGGAAGACCUGGGCAUCCAAAGCAGAAAUAGAUAGAAAGACAUAGAAAGAGUUGAUUGGGGGCGAGGGCAGAGAGGAAUGUGGGUGAACAAUAGAAGGAGAAUUUAAGCCGUGUAUUAUAAAUAGAAAAAAAUGUCAGAGAACCCUAAUUCAUUCCCACCUACUCACAUUAAAUAGCAGCUCCUCGCUUUAUUUAUUGCUCUAUCUCCCCUCCUUUAUCUCGUUCGUAAGCUGAAGGUCUGUUAUCUUGUCUCCUACGAAAACCUCCUUGUGGGCAACAAAAUCUUUAUGUACCACAUAUUUAUCUCUCUGUGUAUGUGUGUGUAUAUCUGUUCUGCCCUCCUGGGGGCCAUUUAAUAUAACCAAGAGGUAAAGCUUCCUUUGAACUGUACUAUUUUGGGCUGCAAGUGUGCUGUUAUGUCUGGGGUUGGGGUCCAUUUUUAAAUACCGUAUUUUUUGCUCUAUAAGACUCACCUUUUCCCUCCCAAAAAGUAAGGGGAAAUGUGUGUGCGUCUUAUGGAGCGAAUGCAGGCUGUGCAGCUAUCCCAGAAGCCAGAACAGCAAGAGGGAUUGCUUCUUUCGCUGCGCAGCAAUCCCUCUUGCUGUUCUGGCUUCUGAGAUUCAGAAUAUUUUUUUCUUGUUUUCCUCCUCCAAAAGCUAGGUGCGUCUUAUGGUCUGGUGCGUCUUAUAGAGCGAAAAAUACGGUAAUCCCUCAUGGGCGGGAAGAAUCCUCCCUAGCAGGUCACGGAGAAGCUAAAUCUAACCUUUCUGCCUAACAUGCUCGUUUUGCAUAUAUGUAGAGACUUUUGUUUUUAUUUUUUAAAGGGGGGGGGAUGGAGUAUUGUAAUAUCCCUUACCUGCCACUUGUCCUGGUAUAAAUUGGACCACUUGGGGCUUUCUGAAUUUACACCCUGAACCUGAGCAAUCGAACGCUCAGUCCCUACAUGACUAAAUCUCUAUAUUUAGGCCUGGAGUUCUUCAACCUCAGUUACCUGCUUAAGUGGGAACAAAUAUAGAAAAUUCACGGGGUUGUGGGAGGACAAAUUAAAUAUUGCGGAAAGCGAUUUGCGCGUUAAAAGUGCUGUGUAAAACUUUAAUCAACGAGAUGCUGAAAGUUGUGCUGGUUGCCUCGGGGGAGAGCCAGGGGGAGGAACAGCGUAAUCUUUUUUGGGUUUUUUUGGGGGGGUGGGUGGAUGCUCAGUGGGCAUAAACCCAGCUUAUCCCCCUCUGUCUCCCACCUUUUCCAGAAGACAACAGGCUGGACAGAAGGGUUGUGUUAGGAAUGUCGUAUUUUUAUCAGAGAACUGUUGGAGGAUAUGUGACAGGGCUUUUUCAGUGGCGCUUCCCCAUUCAUGGAAUGACCUGCCUGGCGAUGUGGUUCUGUUUCCUCUCUAUUGACUUUCAGUAGAAACCCAAAAACAUUUUUUACCUAGGUAUUCUGUGGCCAAAAGACCCUGUUCCUGGCUACUAGAGAACACUGACUGUUUUUAGCUGUCUUUAGAAUGUUUUUAACAGGUUUUUAUUUUUAUUUGGUUUUAAAAUUGUUAUUGAUGUUUUGGCUGCCCUGGGUUCUUUCAGGAAGAAAGGCGGGAUAUAAACUGAGUAAAGAAACAGUAAUAAAGGUAUAUCUUACAGAAGGCAUAGGCAAACUCAGCCCUCCAGCUGUUUUGGGACUACAAUUCCCAUCAUCCCUAGCUAACAGGACCAGUGGUCAAGGAUGAUGGGAGUUGUAGUCCCAAAAACAUCUGGAGGGCCGAGCCUACCUAUGUCCUGAGGCACAAAACUAGCUGGCCGCCUCAGGUGUGGCAAAGGAUGCUAUCCCAUCAUCAGUCCUGAAUAAGAUUUGACUUCCGUACGUAGAAUGGGGAAGGAAGCCAUCUUGCUCUUUGCGUCAGGUGACAAAAUGUCUUGGGUCUGGCCCUGAGUCUGGAUUAUUUCCCUCCUGCGGACGACAUUCUGGCAGAGCUCUUGUGCAUUUCAACACCUGUAUAACCAGCAAAGAGUUAAGCGUGAAGGCUUUUCUCGCCGCGGCCUGUCCCUGCCAGUCGAAGCUUCGCUUGUUGAAUGUUUUGUUCGCCCCACAGCUGCCAAAGUCGCAGGAGCCCUGCCAGAAGUAAAGUUGGCAACCUUGCAGGCCCACCUGCUAUUCCUUCAGUGCUGUCCUGGUGUCCUGCAAUGAACCCAGCAAACCUAUACUCCUCGUCCGUCUUCACAGCCUCGGCUUGGAUGUCUCCCGGGGAGCCUUCUUGCUAGAUUUUCUAACAGCACUUUAAACUGUAGCUUGUUUGUUUUGUUUUUUAUAAAAAGGGAUGAAAUGCGGUAAUUUAAAGCCCUUUAAGGCUGGCGUAUCAAUUUACAUCACAAUGAAAGCUGCCUAGGUCAAGAAAACAAACAAUCCAGCCUUUCCCACUAGGCCAACCCUGUUGUGAAGGAACACAAAGGCAGUGAUAUGAUUAAUACAACAACAGCAGACCUGAUUCUGCCUCCACCGCCAUCCCAUAUUAAUCUUUUUACUGGCUCCGCUGGGGUUAUCUGUUUAUCAGCCCACCAGCCCGCCUGUAGCGGCACCGUCUAACUAAGGCUACAUUCAUAUUAUACAUUAGAGCAUUUUAAACAGGCAUGGCUUCCCCCAAAGAAUUCUGGGAGCUGUAGUUUGUUAAGGGUGCUGAGAGUUGCUAGGAGCUACAGUUCUCAGAGUGGCUUAGCAGUCAAUCGCUCUUCACAGGGAACUCUAGAAACUGUGACUCUAGGAGCAGAACAGGGAUCUCCUAGCAGCUCUCGGCAAACCACAGAUCCCAGAAUUCUUUGGGGCGAAGCCAUUUUGGAAAGGGUGAACGAGGAAGCCUCGCCUUUUCAAUGUGAACUUGAAAUAUACUUGGAGUCGAGAGUGGAUUUCAUGCUCUUUAUUCAGCUCAUAGUGGUGAGGAGGAAUGGAAGUUCCCCCACAAUAUCUGCUUUAUAUACAUUAUUUACACAAUGGGCUGCACGUGAUUGGCUAAUUCCGGGAUUCUCCUGUAGGCCAAUCAGGUUGUGGAUUCACUUCCACCUGGAGCCAGAUUGGGUGGCUCCUGCGGACCAAUCAUACUGCUGCAUGUUCUAGGACCAAUCAGACUGCUGCAUUCUGAAUGCUAUUGUUCUAGGACCAAUCAGACUGCUGCAUUCUGAAUGCUAUUGUUCUAGGAUCAAUCAGACUGCUGCAUUUUGGAUCCUAUUCAACUCAGUACAUAACAGAACUGAACUUAAUUUCUCCUAGGCACAAGGUGGACACGAACAGGCCAGUUUCUGUCUGCGCUGUGGAGAUGGGUAGCUGCUGGUUCGGUUGGUGAGCUAUGCCCUUCACUGACAAACGCAGGGGUCACGGAUACCACCGGGCAGCAUAGGGCAAAGCUGAGCAGUGGGCAGCUAUGCGUCCAUACGACAGCACUGACAGCACUGCCUCCUUCCUUGGCGGCUGCUUCCCAUCUCCCUCAGGCAAGGACGUGCUUCUCCAACUCUCCCCCUUGUUGCUGCUCAGUGGCGGCGGCGGCGGCUGAGGACGCCUCGGGCUCAAGCCUCACCAUUUGUGUUGGCAGCUCUAAAGAGAGAAGCAGUCCCCAGAUUGCAAAUUUGGAUGCUUGUACUCCAGAUUCGUUGGGACGCCAUCGUUUGUACCAGGCUCUCUGCUCCUGCACCUUUUUAACAGGAGCCUGAAAAGGACUGCUUCCUUUUCUCCAGACCGUGCCCAGUGCCAAAAUCAGCAGAGGGCAUCCUCUUGGUCGUUCUACCUUCCUCAGAAGUUUGUAGGCGGUGGAUGAAAAGGCAUUCUUUGUGGCAGCCCCUAAGUUGUGGAACUCAGAGGUGCAUUAGGCUUCUUAAAGUUUUCGGGUAAUGCAGAAGAUGCACUCCUUUUGACCCAUGGUUUUUGACGCCUGAGGUGUGUGUUUUCACCCUGUUCCCAUGACUGUCAUCUGAUUUAACUGUUUUUAAUUCUGAAUUUUAAAUUGUUGUAACCUGCCCUGGAACCUGCUGGUGAUGGAUGGAUAAUAAAUUUAAUGAUAAUAAUACAGUGGUACCUCGGGUUAAGUACUUAAUUCAUUCCGGAAGUCUGUUCUUAACCUGAAACUGUUCUUAACCUGAAGCACCACUUUAGCUAAUGGGGCCUUCCGCUGCUGCCGUGCAGCCGUUGCGCAAUUUCUGUUCUCAUCCCGAAGCAAAGUUCUUAACCCAAGGUACUAUUUCUCGGUUAGUGGAGUCUGUAACCUGAAGCGUAUGUAACCUGAAGCGUAUGUAACCCGAGGUACGACUGUAAACAGAAAUAUUAAUAAGAUAAGCUUUUCCCAACCAGCAUGGUGUUAAGGUUUCUUUGAAAAUAAUAAUAAUAAUAAUCAGAAUAAUAAUCAGAAUAAUGCAAUCAAGGCAGUCAUGAACACAGGUACAAAUGUGGGGUACUACAAAGGAUGGUAUGGAUCCAGUACAGGUAUAAUUCACUGUAUAAACAGUAAAUUGUUUGGUGAGUCUUUCCAAUCCAUGUGUGCUGAUAUAACUAGCUAAAGGAUACCAAGUUAUAGAAAAUACAUCAUUUUUUGUAUGCCCUAACCCUGCUGUACCAAUAAUUCAUUGAAAGUCUUUCUAGGACCUGCCACUUACGUGCUAUUUGCAAUCAACAAGCUGCUAAGAGAAGUAAUAUUAGGUCUUUAAACAAAAUAUUAUGGCUUAUGUUCUCCAAUAAGUUUAAUAAUUCCAGUGCUGGUGGCAUAGUGAAGGACUGGCCAAUUACCACAUCAUUUCAUCAAAUACAAUUACCUAGGAUACCUGUACUAUUGGGCAGUGCUACCUCAUGUGAAGGUAGGUGCCAAUUUCUCUACCCAGUCUCCAACAUUCAGAUCUUGUGCUGUUUGUGAUUCUAGCAUUGUGGCCUUUUCAUUCCCGUGGCAGCCCAUUUCUCACCAGUGGUGACAAAAAUUAAUUCACGGUUCCACAUUAUUUUGGUGCCUUGUUAACAAACCCAAACGUUAUACAAGUGCAAACUUGCAUGUUUUAGAAACUAUUUUUUUUUUGCGGAGGGUGUCAUUGACAGCAUUUAGCGUGUGUCUCAAAAGCAGUAAAAUUUUGGGUCACUUGUGCAGCACAGUGCAAGUAAUCUAAAGUCACACUUGGUGCCCAUUCACUUAUUUAAUUGCCCCAAGGUGGGCAAUUAAAAUCCUUAUAUUUUAAAUGGGGAUGAUAACCACUGAGCCUCUUGGGCUUGCUGAUCAGAAGGUCGGCAGUUCAAAUCUGCAUGAUGGGCUGAGCUGCCAUUGCUCUGUCCCAGCUUCUGCCAACCUAGCAGUUCGAAAGCACACCAGUGCGAGUAGAUAAAUAGGUACUGCUGUGGCAUGAAGGUAAAUGGUGUUUCUAUGUUCUCUGGCACUCGUCACGCUGUCUCUUUGCACCAGAAGUGGCUUAGUCAUGCUCUCCACGUGACCCAGAAAACUGUCUGUGGGCCUGAAGCAAGGUGAGCACCGCACCCCAUAGUCGCCUUUGACUGGACUUAACCAUCCAGGGGUCCUUUACCUUUUACCUUUGUUUUUAUUAGCAAGCAGUAGCAAUGGAGAUGGAGGUGGUGAUGGUUUCUUAAACCAGGACAUCCCCGAUCUUGAGUUAAGGGUUAGAGACGUGUCUUUUUCAGGAGGAAUGGGAGGGAAGUAGCAGCACCAUCCCAGCUUAUCCUUUCGGUUGUGGAUUAUAAAGUGCUUAAGUUGAAAUUCUUCAAAAUAAAUUGUAGGUGAGGGAUUUCCAGACCUCCACAUACUGGAUCUUGUUUCCAAUCCUAAUUUCCGCCCUUCCCAUGUAUAAAGGAAAGAAGCAUGUUUUGCCAAAUAUUAAGACAUUUUCGUAGAGAAGGGGAACUCAGGAAAACCUCUUGCACCUCUUCCUUGUGUCCAGCUGUCCAACACCACUGUAGGGAGCCAGCUACUGCUGCCACCCCCUUGGGAGACUCUGGCCUAUUUCCCCCAGGCAAGGAAGGAAGGUUUUGGUGCUGUGCAAUUAUCAAGUAGAUCCUGGGGUCCCAGAAGGAUGCACCACCGGCCAAUCCCUUGCAAUUUACCCAGAAUGCAAAGGCAGCCCAUGCUCCCGGUCUCUCUGAGACAUGAUAGAGUAACAUGCUGAUUCCCAAAUAGUCCUAAAUUCACAGUGGUGUGGAUCCCAAGUGCUCUUGGGAUUCCACGGCGAAUGCUAAGAUUCUGAGGUCAGCAAGCACCCACACUUCAGUGGUCCAGUGAUGAAACUUGAUUAAGAACAACAGAAUUUACUCUGAUCCUAGCCACAGAAUGAGCAUUGCAGCCCUUAUGAAGGCAUCACCCAUGUUUAUUUUGGUCUUUAGUGUCUUCAGGAAAUCGCAGCUGGCCUUGUCAAAGCCUUUGCAGCAGUCUAAAGAAAGAAUAGCCGGGAGUUUUGUGAUUGCUUGCUAAAGUGCAUUUAAGGAGCCUGCGAAUACUGUGAGGUAUUUGCCACCCUCGCAUGUAGUCUACUUGGUCCGGUAGAAUAUGUUUUGUAAUUGAAUCAACUAAUUCUAGUGUGGACAACGCUUUUGAAUUAUGGUGCUGGAGGAGACUCUUGAGAGUCCCAUGGACUGCAAGAAGAUCAAACCUCUCCAUUCUUAAGGAAAUCAGCCCUGAGUGCUCACUGGAAGGACAGAUCGUGAAGCUGAGGCUCCAAUACUUUGGCUACCUCCUGAGAAGAGAAGACUCCCUGGAAAAGACCCUGAUGUUGGGAAAGAUUGGAGAAGGGGACGACAGAGGACGAGAUGGUUGGACAGUGUUCUCGAAGCUACCAGCAUGAGUUUGACCAAACUGCAGGAGGCAGUGGAAGACAGGAGUGCCUGGCAUUCUCUGGUCCAUGGGGUCACAAAGAGUUGGACACGACUAAACAACAAGGUGUGGACAACUGGAGCUUACAAAGAGGGCAAGGAGCGAGGCUCAAGGAGAUUGUCCCAGUGAGGGUGUGACGAUGGGAGUGUUGAAUUGGCCACCUCAUUGGCUUCUACUGGAUGGACUGAUAUGAUUCUGUAAUUUGGCAUUCUUCCUUGGUUUGGGGGGUAACACAAUCUUAGAAUAGAACCAUGAAGGAGGUAUAGAACCUUGUUACAUGAGGUCAGUAAAUAAGUUGACAAGAUGAGGGGGGGCUGGUCACCCCCCCCAAUUUCUUUUAUAAAAGUUAGCUCUAAAGCCAUCAGUACCUGAGGAUUUAUGAGUCUUUAAUUUCUUGUUGGCUUCAAUCACUUCUUUGCUUGAGAUAUUUUGGUUUAGAUAUACUUUAUCCUUUUUAGCCAAUGGUGGAAUACCAGUUGUUUGUAGUAAAAUAUCUUUACAGCUCCACCAUUUGCUCUUUGGGUGAACAUAGAGUUGUAUAGAAGUCCGCAAAAAUGUUGCUCAUUUCACUAUGGGCAAAGCAAAGCUUCCUGUUCUGGUUCUGUACAGAACCAAUUUUUCUACUAUUUUGUUUGUUUUAUUUAAAAAACACACAAUUUUUAUUGGUUUUUAAACAAAUACUAAUAUACAAUAACUAGCCAGCAGUUAUCCAGCAGUACAGCUAAUUGUGUUUGUUUUAUCCCUUGUCUCUAGACAUACACAUUCAACAUUCAGACAUAUUACUUAAUGUAACCUCUCUACUGAGAAUAUUGAGCGGUUGGUAUGAGAAGAUCUUGGUUUCUUUUCAGUUUGAUUUGCAAGUAAUUUAGAAAUUUUUCGCGAAAUUCGUAUUUCUCCCCCCCCUUUUUUCAAUUGUAUAUCUUUAUUGUUUUAAAAUAGAUACAUUUAUGCAAUGAAAGCAAAGAAACCAACCAACCAACAAACAAACAUACAGUCAAAUAGACAAACAAUAAAUUAACAAACAAACAAUAACAAUAUAUGAAACAACACAAUUAUUAUAACUGACAUCAUUUAUACUCCCAAUGAUGUGAACAAUUAUAGAACUUACAAAACAAGAAAUUAAAAAUGACUUCCAAUUAGUCUCACUGUACUUUAUCUGUUGAUUAUCUUGUACCGCACAGUUACAUAUUUCAUAUCUAGUUUCUGUUAACUUCCCUACAAACUAUAUUUGUACCGUGCAAGGUUCAGUCUAAUUCUGCCAAGAGGUUUCCUUUUAUACCGUAGUUUUUAAAGUAUUCUUUAAAAAAUUUCCAAUCCUUAUAGACUUUUUGUGUCGUUUGGCCUCUUAUCCUUCCUGUCGUCUUUGCUAGCUGCAGAUACAGUGGUGCCCCGCAAGACGAAUGCCCCGCAAGACGAAAAACUCGCUAGACGAAAGGGUUUUGCGUGUUUUUAGUCGUUCCACAAGACAAAUUUCCCUAUGGGCUUGCUUCGCAAGACGAAACGUCUUGCGAGUUCUUGUGAGUUUGUUUCCUUUUUCUUAAAGCCGCUAAGCCGUUAAUAGCCGCUAAGCCGCUAAUAGCCGUGCUUCGCAAGACGAAAAAACCGCAAGACGAAGAGACUCGCGGAACAGAUUAAUUUCGUCUUGCAAGGCACCACUGUAUUCUACCAAAUUCAUAUUUCUGAUUAACAUACAUUAGUUGUGUGGGAGUUUUUGCAGCCUUAAUUCUGCCUGUUUUUAAAGAAGUGUACUUUUUCAUGUUUAAGUUCCAGUUCUCCAAUUUCCUUCACCAGACAUUCUUGUUCUGCUUCUGUGGCUUAUUUUGAUGGCUGACAUUCCACUGAUACAGACUCCUCUGAUGGCCAAUUUCAUGGCAUCCCAAGUGGUCGCCGAUGAAAGGUUGCAGCAGGAGUUCACUACAAAAUACCCUGUGAUUGAUGAACCCAGUCUUCCCACCUCCAGCUGAUUUUGCAGGAGUAGUGAAAGGCAGCUCCAGAACAGCAGGCAAGCAGGGCAGGAUUGGCGUUUGACAGUAACCCAUACAAGGACGCAAUCUGACACUUCCAGGCAGACAGUUUUUGCCUAAUUUUUCAACUCAUUCAGGGGAUGAUAGGAUGUAAGCUGUUCAUGUGUAUACCGUAUUUUUCGUUCCAUAGGACGCUCCGUCCCAUAGGACGCACCUACUUUUUUUGGGGGGGGGAAUAAAGGAAAAAAUUUUCCCCUUUAUUUCCCCCCCCAAAACCAGGUCAGGGAACAGUGGGAUGGCUGCGCUGCGCCUCCCCGUUGUCCACCGAGCUUGUGGGGCUGGCCGAUGUCUGCCCGGCGUGAGGGGCGCUCUGCUUCAGGGCGCCGUAUGCGCCGGGCGGCAGGCUGCAGACACCUGCGCGAAGCACGGGGCGUCCUCCGGAGGGCGCCCCAUGCUCCGCGCUGCAGGCUGCUGCCCACAAGCCUUGCACUCCCGGGGCAGAUCCCCCGGGUGCGCAAGGCUUGCCGACACCUGCGCGAAGCACGGGACGUCCUCUGGAGGGCGCCCCGUGCUCCGCGCUGCAGGCUGCCGCCCACAAGGCUUGCGUGCCCGGGGGAACUCCCCCCCGGGUGCGCAAGGCUUGCAGAUAGCUUCCUGGAGCCUGGAGAGCGAGAGGUGUCGGUGCGCACCGACGCCUCUCGCUCUCCCGGCUUCAGCGAAAGCCUGCAUUCGCCCCAUAGGACGCACACACAUUUCCCCUUCAUUUUUGGAGGGGAAAAAGUGCGUCCUAUAGGGCGAAAAAUACGGUACAUUUUAGCUUUAGGGGUAAAAAAAACAACCAGGUGCAAUUUCACACAUUAGGAUGAAGUCUUUCUAAGUACCUUCUACUGUUUGCUGAGCAUUCCCAUUUGUUUGGAUCAGCCUUCCCUUUUUAUUGUGCUGUAAAUGCCUUGCUGGAUUCAAAUCACCUCCCCUGGAAUGUUUUCAACACUUUAAAAGUUUUAUCCAAGAAGGGGAGCUGGGACAAUGCUAUGUUUUUACUGCCUUGAUAGCCCGCCACAAAAAUAUAACAUUCCUCCGUAUCUUUGAGCUAUGCUAAAGGAGAAAAGUUAAAUUAGCAAAUAGUAUUGCUACCCCUUAUGCUUUGAAUGUACCAGGUGAAAUAUAUUGGAGGAGAAAUCUCUUAAAGGUAAAGGUAAAGGGACCCCUGACCAUUAGGUCCAGUCGUGGCCGACUCUAGGGUUGCGGAGCUCAUCUUGCUCUAUAGGCCGAGGGAGCCGGCGUACAGCUUCCGGGUCAUGUUGCCAGCAUGACUAAGCCGCUUCUGGCGAACCAGAGCAGCACAGAGAAACGCUGUUUUCCUUCCCACCGGAGUGGUACCUAUUUAUCUACUUGCACUUUGACGUGCUUUUGAACUGCUAGGUUGGCAGGAGCAGGGACUGAGCAAUGGGAGCUCACCCCGUCGCGGGGAUUCAAACCGCCGACCUUCUGAUCGGCAAGUCCUAGGCUCUGCAGUUUAACAUGUGCCUUCUGAUGCCUAAUUUCCCCCCCUGCUCCCGAAGACUUCUUCCGUGUCUGAUUCUUCAUCAUGGGAUCUGCACUGUUGAAGGAGAGGGGAUGAGGCCUCCGAGUUAAGUAAAUAGAACAAGUUCCUCAUCUCCUUAUGAGUGGAUUGCCCAUUGCAUGACACUACCUGUAGUGGUGCUCACCCCGCCAAUAUCUCAUGCCUGCCUUUUGCAUUUUUUCUGUGUAGGGGUGAAAUUCACCAAUGUGCCUUAACGUAUCGGGACUAGUUGUAAAGAAAUAACAGCGGUUUGCCUUGCCGUAUAACUUUUUCUAGGCUGUAUAGGUAAAGGUAAAGGGACCCCUGACCAUUAGGUCCAGCCAUGACCAACUCUGGGGUUGCGGCACUCAUCUUGCUUUAUUGGCCGAGGGAGCCGGUGUACAGCUUCCGGGUCAUGUGGCCAGCAUGACUAAACCGCUUCUGGCGAACCAGAGCAGCGCACGGAAACUAGGCUGUAUACUCACUUGCAAAUGGAUAUUUCUUGUAGUUGCAAGACUCCUGAAGCAGAUCCCUAGGUCUCUAGGCCAACGAUCCUUUUGGACCAAUUCUAUACAACACAUCAGUGUUGAAUUCUGUGAUUCCCUCUGAACAUGGCACUUUAGUCAGCCAUUUUGCCAUAAAGGGUAUUACAGUUUCACGCCCAGAACCCUUGGCUAAUUUGCUCACUUUUAGGUUCAAGCGGUAGCGGUCAUUUCCCACCUCCUCUAAGUGUAAUUGCGGGCUGAGAGUAUUAUGCGCUAGCAAUUUCAGUUUUCCCACCUGUUUGACAGCUAGAUUCACAGCUUCAAUGGCUGUCUGAACCACCUUGGUAAGGCUGCCUUUGACUAUAGUAACUCCAUCUUCCAGAGGCUUUAAAAACAUCUUUCCAACCAGUGGUUAGAUUAGUUCAGAGUCUGUCAAGCUGAGCUGACAUUUCUGACAGGAAGAAGUCUGUGACCACUUUGUCCUUCUUUGUCAGUUUCAGCUCCUUGGCCGCCAUAGCGGGCCUUCUUCUUUGCUGUCUGACAGGACUUUUGGCUCAAAACACUCUCUCAGGUUUCGCUCCGACUACUUGUUGCUUGUUGCAUGUACUCCGUGUAAAUAUUUGUCCUGAUUUCAGAGAAGACCUCAUUUAUCGUGUGAUUAGCUAAAGAUUAAGUGCUGGGGAGAGGAGCUGGUGGAUUGCGCCUCCAUUUUCUUUCAGUGACGUUAGUGAAGAAAGCGUUGCCCACUGAAUUUAUGUGGGAAUAUCAGACCUGGUUGGCAGGAUGUCACUUGGAAACAUUCGUUUCAAUGGGCUUUCUCUGAGUAGGACUUAGUUGGAGGCAACGCAUAGUGUUGGCAUCAGCGGUGUGCGGACAAUGGACUAGGGAGACUAGGCUAGUCCCCUAAUUGUUCCCCUUGUGCCUCCUUCUCAAAGCCUGGGAAGCGUCUGCCUGGCUUAGGGAGGGAAGCGUGAUGCUCUGAUGGGGCCAUGAAGCCUCCCACCACUUUCCCAAAGUCCGUCCAGCUUUGGGAAGGAGGCAAGAGGGCUCCAGCAUCCUGUCAGAGCCCUGGCACCUCCUUCCCAAAGCCCAGGAAGCUUCUGUCUAGCUUAGAGAGGGACGUGUGAUGCUCACGCAUGUGACAUUGGGACGUCACAAAGCCAUGCUCAUGAUGGCGGUCCCCCACCAUCUGGCCCUAACGGUUCCCCAAUGAAAAAUUUCACUGCAUGCCACUGGGUGGCAUCAUUCAUUGUCAAAACUCUUACCCUCAAGAAACUCUUCCUAGAUAAGUUUUACCUAGGUAAAGGUAAAGGGACCCCUGACCAUUAGGUUCAAUCAUGACCAACUCUGGAGUUGCGGCGCUCAUCUCGCUUUAUUGGCCAAGGGAGCCGGCAUACAGCUUCCGGGUCAUGUGGCCAGCAUGACUAAGCCGCUUCUGGCGAACCAGAGCAGUGCACGGAAACGCCAUUUACCUUCCCGCCGGAGCGGUACCUAUUUAUCUACUUGCACUUGACGUGCUUUCAAACUGCUAGGUUGGCAGGAGCAGGGACCGAGCAACGGGAGCUCACCCCAUCGCGGGGAUUCGAACCGUCGACCUUCUGAUCAGCAAGUCCUAGGCUCUGUGGUUUAACCCACAGCGCCACCCGCGUCCCACAAGUUUUACCUACCUACCUAGUAAUAAAAUAAUAAUAAUAAUAAUAAUUUAUUUGUACCCCGCCCAUCUGACUGGGUAGUCCCAGCCACUCUGGGUGGCUUCCAGGAGCCCCUGUGUGUCUGUCAUGGUUGAUGUUGCAGAGAAUUUGAUGUUCGAUGUUGCAGAGAAUUCUGGGAGCGUUCUCAGUUCCCAUGAGGCAAUGGGUGCCUCUGUUGGGUUGCCCCACAGGCACUGAAAGUGUCCUCUAAUGUAAGGGCAACACUCCCCUGUGUCUGCAGUUUUGCACCAUGGUCAGCAAGCUGACUUCCGGGGAAUUUAUCCUGCUGUUACUGAAUUUCUUACUGAGGAACCCCAGAGUUCCUUCACCACAUUGUGAAAGCUAUUGGGGGUAUGGGUCAUGUUUAGGUUUUUCGAGUAGGGAUUGGACCUGAGAUUCUGACCUGGGAGACAAGCGCAGGUUCUGUCUUUAUGAUCUGGCUGGCAGAGGAAGGUCCAGGGGUGUCAGAAUUCAGAAACAGGGUGUUUCCUAUUUGCCCCAUAAUAAAUCUUAUUGGGAGCCACCGCUUUUACACACUGAGUGAAGACUCUCCAUUUUCCCGACUGCCGAGCGCCUGUGUGUAUCGUGGGGUGGAGAAAAGAGUGUGUCUGUUGCCGUUUGAACUUUGAUGCAAAUAUUGCUUUUCCAAAUGUGCUGUGAAUAUGAACGACACUCAUGCAAGUCAAUGAGGAGGAACUUGGCAUUAAAUAUUCUCUUAAGCAGUACCUGAGUGCAGAAUCCAAGAAUUCGGGUCUGCGAAGAAGGGUUGGCCAGAGGCAAUAUAUAGAGGACAGGCUGGCAUUCCUGUCCCUUUUAAAAGUUGAAUUGGGAGUGAGAGACUCCCUUCUGGGGUGGAGGUUUAGCUGUGGUGCAGGAAUACUUUUGGAAGCAAUAAGCUUUAAAAGUUUAAAUAAAAUAAAAAAUGGGGAUGGUGUUCAUGAAAUGUGGAUUAAGCAGGGCAGGGAAAUACCUUGGCCCUAACUGGGAGUGACUGGGAGUGGCCGCCAAGACCAUAUAACACCAGUCCUGAAGGACCUACAUUGUCUCCCAGUACGUUUCUGAGCACAAUUCAAAGUGUCUGUAGUGACCUUCAAAGCCCUAAACAGCCUCAGCCCAGUCUACCUGAAGGAGUGUCUCCACCCCCACUGUUCAGCCUGGACACUGAGAUCCAGCUCUGAGGGCCUUCUGGCAGUUCCCUCUCUGCAAGAAGUAAGGUUACAGGGAACCAGGCAGAGGGCCUUCUCAGUGGUGGCACCUGCCCUGUGUAACGCCCUCCCGUCAGAUGUCAAGGAAAUAAACAACUAUCUGACUUUUAGAAGACAUCUGAAGGCAGCCCCGUAUUGGGAAGUUUUUAAUGUUUGAUGUUUUAUCGUGUUUUUAAUAUUGUGUUGGGAGCCGCCCAGCGUGGCUGGGGAAACCCAGCCAGAUGGACGGGGGUAUAAAUGAUAUUAUUAUUAUUAUUAUUAUUAAAAAAAACAGAGCCCGAAGGUAAUCCUGAUGCAAAACAGACAGCACCUAUAAUGUGUAGAAGACCUAAUUCAGCAGGUGUAGCUUGCGUGACAAACUACACCUGUUGGAAAGUCCCCUUUCCACAACUACUAUAGGGAACCUUUUGCAGCCAGAGGGCAACAUUCCCUUCUGGCCAGCCUAGCAGGGGCCACAUGCCAGCGGCAGGCAGGGCAAUGAAUACGGACGUUACCUCUGUACAGUAGGCUGAUCUGCAAAGAUCCAGGAAAGACAGAGGCGCUCGGCCUAAGUUUUGGGAACCUCCCUGCUCUGGAAGACUAUGUUGAAAAGUGGAGAGUGGAGUAUAAGGGGAAAGGGCAUAAAGGUCCUGUGCUCGAUGUUGGAAGCAUCUGGGUCACUGACUUAGAGAAAAACAGCCUAGUAGGGAAAUGUGGGAAGGUUCACGUGCGAGACGAGAUCCUUUCACAGAACGGACAAUUGAUGUCAGCAGUGCAAGAAUCAGCAGCAAAAAGACAUAUGGAGUUCUCUGGGGGAUGACUUGCAAUGGGCUUGGGAGAAGGAGUUAGCUCAUUGAGUGAAAAGCCACAUUUUGCUGCCUUUAUGUUUUGAUUUAUUUUAUUAAGUAUUUUGUGCUUUGUUUAUUUUUAUUAUGUAGUUUUUGCUUUGUAUACUGUAACUUUGUGUUGUGAAGCACCCUGAGAUCUACAGGUAUAGGUUGGUAUACAAAUGUUAAUAAUAAUAAUAAUAAUAAUAAUAAUAAUAAUAAUAGGCUGGUUUAUACACACCUUGCCUGACCACUGAUCCUGCUAGCUAGGGAUGAUGGGAGUUGUAGUCCAACAACAUCUGGGGACCCCAGGUUGAGAAAAGCUAUCUCUAGAGAUUGGUGAGCCAUAACUCCCAUCGUUCCUGACCAUUGGGCGUGCUUGCUGGGGCUGAUAGGAGUUGUAGUUCAGCAGCCUCUGGCGGGUCAAAGGUCCCCCGCAUCUGCCGUUGGCCCUUAAUUCUUAGUGUGUGGGAAAUGGCUGGCUGUUGCUACUCAGGGAGAGAGACGUCUGUUUAUUAUUCCAGAAGGAGGGCUGCGUAGCCACAUCAGUCAGUUACAUCCCACGUGAAAGACGUUUUCUGUAGCAAAUCUGUUAGUGUUUUACGAAUCUCUGCCUGUUUUCUUUCUUAAUUUGAAGGAAGUCCCUUUGCAUUGUCCACAGAAGAGGGCCUGGUGAUGGAAAAUGGGCAUGUUUAGGGCAGAAGGAUCAGGCCAACGGCUCAUCUUAGUCCGGCUUCCUAUUAUUACAGUGGAGGCUUGUGGGAAACCUCAAGCAGGACCCGGGUUCAAGAGCACUCUGUGGUUUCCAGCAACUGGCACCAGAGCACAGCCAUCAUGGCUUGUAGCCAUCAAUAGCUCCCUGAAUUCGUCCAACCCUCUCAGGACCACAGAGUCCCGUCCCCCGCAUUAGCAAAAUUACCCCUCCUCCCUAGCUGCACCAAUGUAAGGACCGUGCGUGACAAAUGAGGAGAAUUUAUUGCACAACAAAUUGCCCCUUUCCCCACCUCCCGGCCCGUCGCUGACUUUCAUCCCUUAGAAAGCGUCAAUAUGCGAUGCACCAGAUUUGGAAGAAAGCACAGGGCAUGCCUUGUAGGAGAAGCGCUGCCAUGCCUCCAGGCCACAUUUGGAUGGGUACGGACUUCCCUCCUUUGCUUGGAGGGGCAAGGAGGUGAGAGAGGGCAGCCAAGCUGCAGAUGGCUCUGCCUAGCAACCGCAACAUCCUUUUAGCAGCUUCCUGUUUCCUGGCAACGGUUGCCACGUGGUGCACGAGAGAGCCCUCUUAGCCAAACUCGGCGGUGGCUGCGAGUACCCCCACAACGCUUCCUAGCAGGGUGCUGUGCUGUCUAGGGGUGUCCCUGCUACCGGUUCCUGAUCGUGUUAAGGCAACCCAUCUGCCCGCUUGCUGCUGUACCCUUCUUGCGCCUUUGCACCCUUGGCUGCUGGGGUUCUGCUUCCUCCACAGGUCUCCCCUGAAUGCCUGUCUGUCAUUUUAAAAAGAAGAAUAAAUCAAUCUCAUUAAAAAAAAAAAAAGCCAAGAUGUUGUUGGACUACAACUCCCAUCAGCCUCAGCCAGAAUUGCCCUAGUCAAGGGUGAUGGGAGUUGUAGUGCAGCAGCAACUGGAGGACACCAUGUUCACUUCCCCUUUGCUCUAACCUAGACCUUUUGGUUUUUAAGAGGGAGUAGAAAGUGUAUAUGCAGCCUUUUUUAAAAAACCAAACCACCCAAUAGCUCACUGAGAAAUAAUAAAAUUAAACAACUUUAAACAUAUUAAAGGUAAAGGGACUCCUGACCAUUAGGUCCAGUCGCGGAUGACUCUGGGGUUGCGGCGCUCAUCUCGCUUUACUGGCGGAGGGAGCCGGCGUACAGCUUCCGGGUCAUGUGGCCAGCAUGACUAAGCCGCUUCUGGCGAACCAGAGCAGCGCACGGAAAUGUCGUUUACGUUCCCGCCGGAGCAGUACCUAUUUAUCUACUUGCACUUUGACGUGCUUUUGAACUGCUAGGUUGGCAGGAGCUGGGACCGAGCAACGGGAGCUCACUCCAUCGCGGGGAUUCGAACUGCCAACCUUCUGAUUGGCAAGUCCUAGGCUCUGUGGUUUAACCCACAGCGCCACCCGCGUCCCUUACAUAAAUUUACACUCCGGCUCUUCCGAGAUGAUCCCCAUCUUCAACUAUUUGAAGGGCUGUCACAGAGAUAAUGGAGCAAUUUUGUUUUCUGUUGUUUCGGAGGAUACAACCUAAAACCAGUGUGUUCAGAUGAUAAGAAUGUAGAUUUUUAAAACUAAAAAUGAGGAAGAACUUCCUGAGAAAGUUCAGCAGUGAAAAAGUCUGCCUCAGAAGGUAGCAGGCUAUCCAUCAUUGAAGGUUCCGCAAUGGAGGCUGUACAGGGCACCUCUUGAGGGUGCUAUAAUUGUUAAUUUCCUGCAUCAGCAGUGGGCUGAACUGGAUGAUCUCUAAGGUGCUCUUCCAGCUUCCCACAUCCCUGCUAAUCCUCCUCACCCCUCUGGCUAUGUGGGCUUGCCUUAGAAGCAGGCACUCUUCUCUCUAGCCGGCUCCGGAAUACCAAUAAGUAUGUAGGGCAUUAAAAAAACCAAAACAAAAUUGAAUGCAGAAAGACCCUGCAGCUGAAAGUUGGUCCUGGGGCUCAGCUCAGAGCCCUUUGCUAAAAUUAAUCCCUAAUUAAUUUGGAGUAAGGAAAAGAUAGUAUCUUCCCUUGCAGUGUAAAAGGCCUAGCGUAAUGCUCAGGCCUUCAUUUGAGUUGGAGUUUGCCAGGGGCAAGAUGACACUCUAGCUUUGAGCAACAGGUUCCCGGAAGGGCUGUCAUUUCCUUGCUUCCCUCUUCCAUUUCUGUUUGCCGUUAAACAAGCAAAAAAACAAAACAAAACCCAAACUCCAGCCCUGAGUGAAGGGAUGAGGAAGCAUGCAAACCAUCUUGUCCUUUUUCUUCAAGGAAUGUGCUAGCAAAGCAGCAGCACUCUGCAGGACUGAACCCAGUAAUGCCAGCUGAUUGACAGGUGCCUGUACUUUGGGGCAAGUGGCAUUGUGGGCCAAAUCGGACACCCUGGCACACUGAGAGUGACCUGUGUGUUGGAGGUUCCAUACCCCUGAAUGGCAUCUUUACAAAGUUUAACCUUAGGAUAUGAUGCAGAGACACCCAAAUCCACCUUUGCUAGUGGCUAGUUUUGCUGCAGAGACUGCUGCAAUUUGGAGGGGGGCAGAGAAGGGAGAAUUCCUGCUUUUUCUGCCCUGGCACCACUGUGGCAGACCCUCCAAGUGUUCCUCUUUUCCAGGGACAGCCCCGGAUUUACAGAAGCCGUCCUGGCUUCUGAUUUGACCUGUUUUCCCUUAGGACGUUUCUAUUUUCAUCAGAGAAAGGGUAUGGUGUUAUACGACACACACACACACCCCGAGCCAAGGAGAUAAGUAACUACAGUCAUACCUCAUGUUACGUCUACUUCAUGUUACGUUCUUUCAGGUUACGUCCUGCAGCAACCCGGAAGUACCGGAAAGGGUUACUUCUGGGUUUCACUGCUCAAGCAUGUGCAGAAGCGCAAAAUGACAUCACGUGCAUGCGCAGAAGUGGUGAAUCGCAACCCGCGCGUGCGCAGAUGCGCCGCUGCGGGUUGCGCUCUUUUCAUGUUGCGAACAGGCCUCCGGAACGGAUCCCGUUCGCAACCAGAGGUACCACUGCAUACAACCUUUAGAAGAUAUCUGAAGGCAGCCCUAUACAGUGGUACCUCAGGUUAAGUACUUAAUUUGUUCCGGAGGUCCGUACUUAACCUGAAACUGUUCUUAACUUGAAGCACCACUUUAGCUAAUGGGGCCUCCUGCUGCUGCCGUGCCGCCAGAGCACGAUUUCUGUUCUCAUCCUGAAGCAAAGUUCUUAACCCUGAAGCACUAUUUCUGGGUUAGCGGAGUCUGUAACCUGAAGCGUAUGUAACCUGAGGUACCACUGUAUAGGGAAGUGUUUUAUUUAAUGUUUAAUGCUUGAUUAUAUGAUUUAAUAUAUGUUGGAAGCCGCCCAGAGUGGCUGGGGCAACCCGGUUAGAUGGGCGGCGUAUAAAUAAUAAAAAUUAAGAUGGAAUAGGACGUCCCUAUUUUCAUCGGAGAAAUGUUGGAGGGUAUGCAGCGACUGGGGAAAUGGCACCUGAGUCCCGUUGCGGUGAGGGAUGUUCCCUCUUCUGCUAACCAGCAACACGGGCUUGGGCGCUUCCAUGUGAAUGCAACAAGAGCUUUGCUUCCAGCAGCAAUCGGCCAGUUGCCUCCGGGAAGCCUAGAAGGAGGCCUGAAGGCCAGAGCCCUCAUUCUGUUGUUUGCCCUCCAGCAACUGGUACUGAGAGUAACAGUGCCUCUGAGCACUGAUCAUGCAUGCCUCUCGUUUUAGAAAUAAUCUGCUGUUUCAGCUGGAGGUGUAUUUUUUCCUCUCCUCCUGGCUCUUAUCUUCAGGAAUCUUCCUCCCCCCCCCCCCGUCAAAAUGAGCUUGCGAAGUGCAGCACCCCUUUGCCAGCUACUGACCCUUCUCCCUGCCCUCCUCGCCUCAGCCCCCCACUUACAGCACUCUCCCUGCCCCACCCUGGGAGAAAGGGGAGGGGCCAGCAGAGUCUGACGCGUCUCCCCUUCGGUGAACCUCGGCUGUGCCGUUUGCCCGGCCGAGGCUGAGCGAAAAUAAAUAUUAAUGCUCAAGGUGAACGCAGUGCGAGGACGUCGGGUGGGGAGUGUUGCUGACUCAGCUCAUAGCAGGACCAGCGUCAAGUGCAAAGGGGGAGGAGGAUGUGCUGGUCCCUCUGCAGCAGCAGGCCUUGGAUGGAUGCCCAGAGCUUGGGGAGUGCUGGACUUGGUGGCCACAAGGGGGCGGUGGGCUGCAGAGAGGAGGUUUGGCAGUCGGCGGGCUCCCCGAGGGGCCAAAAUACUCUCCAAGUCUCCCUCUUUUCCAAGGACAUUGCUGGGUUUACAGAAGCCGCCUCAGUUUUUUAUUUGAUCCCGGAAUGUCCCGCUUUUCCUUUCUUGUUUAGUCGUUUAGUCGUGUCCGACUCUUCGUGACCCCAUGGGCCAGAGCACGCCAGACACUCCUGUCUUCCACUGCCUCCCGCAGUUUGGUCAAACUCAUGAUGGUAGCUUUGAGAACCCUGUCCAGCCAUCUCGUCCUCUGUCGUCCUCCUUGUGCCCUCAGUCUUUCCCAACAUCAGGGUCUUUUCCAGAGAGUCUUCUCUUCUCAGGAGGUGGCCAAAGUCUUGGAGCCUCAGCUUCAGGAUCUGUCCUUCCAGAGAGCACUCAGGGCUGAUUUCCUUCAGAAUGGAUCGGUUUGAUCUUCUUGCAGUCCAUGGGACUCUCAAGAGUCUCCUCCAGCACCAUAAUUCAAAAGCAUCAAUUCUUCGGCAAUCAGCCUUCUUUAUGAUCCUGGUCUCACUUCCAUACAUCACUAAUGGAAAAACCAUAGCUUUAACUAUACAGACCUUUGUCGGCUUUUCCUUAAGACAUCCCUAUUUUCACUGGAGAAAUGUUGGAGGGUAUGGAAUAGGACAUCCCUAUUUUCAUCAGAUAAAUAUUGGAGGCUAUGGAAUAGGACGUCCCUAUCUUCAUCGGAAAGAUGUUGGAGGGGACAGCUUUAUUUUCAUCUCCAAGUAGUUUUGGGAAUCUUCCAAUGGAAACGGCGAGAACUUCUGUCAGUGGUUGUAGACCAGCCUUCUCCUGUCUGGUAUCCUCUGGAGGUGUAGUCCGAAACUUCCAGAGGGCGCCAAGUUGGAGAAGGCUGGUGUAGACAGUUCCAAGCUGGAUAGACCAAUGGCCUGAUGUGGUAUAUGCCAACUUCCUGGUUCCCUCGCUUCUGGAACCUCUUUUUAGUUGCCCUCCUUGCUGGUCUCCUGAGCUCUGCAAGAGCAGCUGGGAGAGUGGAUUAGGGAUGGCGUUGCUUCAGCUGCUCAGACCUUCAACAACAUCCCCAGGCCCCAGGUUGCUGCAUGCUGGCACCGUCUGCAGGUCUUCUGCCUUCACCUUUUUUAAACGCACCAAGGCACAGACGUGCAGCUGCCCCGAUCCGCCACUGUACCUUUGGUCCACCCUUCUCCUUCCACGUUCUGGAGCAAAAGGAGAUUUGCUGGCUCCAGCAGGCAGUGGGCGGAAGAGGACAGGGGGUCGGCGGAGGAACAGGGCAAGAGGCUCAGCACCACGGUAUUUUAGAGUCCUCAUUUUAACUGGGCUGAUGUGCUUUUAACUGGGAGGAUGUGGUGCCUCUGUUUGGACCCUCAAAGGCCUCUUCAACAGCAGGUGUUAUGCUGCUGUUUUUGGCAUCCGUGUGUCUCGGGAGACAGUGGAGUCCGCCUCUGGGGGUGAAGUCAGGCUGCUAUAUUAGCAGCACCGAAGUCACCACCCCGAGGUGCAAGCCUGAGCAGUGUGUAUGGAGUUCCGGGGCUGCCCAGACAAAAAGACCCCCUCUUGGCCUUGCUGGUAUGGUCCAGAGGAAAGCAGAGCAAGACGUUUGGUACCAGCUUGGCUGCAGGAGUUGCUGCAGGGAGGCGUACAAAGAGCCAUCCAACUGCCUUAGGGACUCCACUACAGAUUUGUAUAGAGUUUACUUACUUACACUGAGAGCCAGUGUGGUGUAGUGGUUGAGAGCGGUAGUCUUGUAAUCUGGGGAACCGGGUUCGCGUCUCCGCUCCUCCACAUGCAGCUGCUGGGUGACCUUGGGCCAGUCACACUUCCUUGAAGUCUCUCAGCCCCACUCACCUCACAGAGUGUUUGUUGUGGGGGAGAAAGGGAAAGGAGAAUGUUAGCCGCUUUGAGACUCCUUAAAGGGAGUGAAAGGCGGGAUAUCAAAUCCAAACUCUUCUUCUUCUUCUUCUUCUUAGACUUUUCUUCUCCUGACGAUAUUUCGCAAGGACCAGAGUUUUCUUUCUCCCAGAUGGGCUACCUUUCUAGCCCCCUCUGCCCAAGCUAUACUGCAAGGGAUCAUUAUGGCUGUGCCCAGAAGGGGGUCGCUGUGCCAAACUCGGUGUGCCUCACGGGGUGUGUUUCUCCUACCCCUCCUGCAGGUGGCAGCGCGGAGGCCACGGCCGAACUUUCUCCAUGAGGAGGGGUAGAAGAUGCCGGCUUUGCCCGUGCUGCUGCUGCUGCUGAUUCUCGGCUUCGCCCACAAGAGCCUAGAGGUGCUGUCGUCUCUGCGCAUGGGUAAGUGGGGGACGCCCACGGGGUGGGAUGGGGGGCUGAUCUACAGGGCUGAUGCUGUGGGUGGCUGGAUCCUAGGGGUGAGGCAACAAUGCCAGAGGGCAAUCUGACCGGGUCGGGUUGGUGCUGAGAUGUGGAUAGACGCUUGGAAAGGAUAUAUUUGUUAGGUAUAUAUUUGUGAGUGCCAUCCUUUUGCAGCUUAAAGGGGAUGCUUAGAUAAACCAGUUUUAGCCUUUUGGUUUAAGUAACUCAAGAUGCUUUAAGGAAGACUGGGUUUUCCUGGUCUUUCCCCCUUAAAACAAUAAUCAGUCUUGUAAAAGGUAAAAAUAAUAUUUACUCGCUCUUAAUUCUUUUUUGAAGAGUACCAGAUACAGUAGCUUUGUUCAGGCAGGCUUAAAAUGGUAAUCCAGCUACAAAGACAUACCAUAUUUUUCUGUGUAUAACACGCCCCAGUGUAUAAGACACCCCCUCUUUUUGGGGACUCCAAAUUGAGAAAAUAGAGGGAGAUUGCCCAGACUUGUUGAGAUUUUUUGGGGGAGGGAUUGCCAAAAUACACAGCACCAACACAGCCAAUUGCCCGCCCAACUGCCACAGCAGCCAAUAGCCAGCGGACCUUGCAUCACCGCCAAUCACCAACAAAAACACCACUAACAAUCUCCUGCUCGCAGCAACCACCAAUUGCCUGUCCUACCUCUCCACUAUCUGUGUAUAAGACGACCCGCAAUUUUUUGCAUAUAUUUUUUAUUACAAAAUAACCUAGUCUUAUACACGGAAAAAUACGGUAACUUUAGUCUAGUUUAAGAUGGAGUCUGAGCACUGGAGCUCAGACUCAGCCGUUGUUCUCACAUUUCUACUUGGUGAUGAAGGUGGAAGAGUAAGAGCAAUAGAGAAAAGAGGAUGAGCCCAGGCAGGUAGGAGAAGUUAUAUGGCUACUCACGCCCCCUUUCAGGGCACAGUGGGAAUGUCUCUCACAGAGGUCUCUCUAGCAAACUUACAGGAAAACUCUGUGAGCUCCAGCUCCUAUCAUGUGCCUUUCUAGCAAAACAUCACUUGUUGGUUUGAGUGCAUUUUAAAUAUCCGACAGCCGUUUGACAGCUCCAUUCUCCAUCCUUGAGUCCAGGUGGCUGCAGGGGGAAUAAAUCAGAACAGGGAAAAUGUGGGGAAUGGAAAGACAUUUCGUGGGGUCACGUGAAAGCCGCUAUUGAUCCGAUUUGAUUGCCUUUCUGCUCCGCUUUCCAUUCAAAUGAACCCCAAAGUGGCUUACAAGCAAUAAACAGAAGCAGCACCGACAGAACAUUAUAUAGUUACAGCACAACUCAGAAAAUAUAAUUAGCAGAUAAUCAAUAAAAACAAUUACACAACAAAACUGUAACAAGCACGCUAAAGACCAUUACAUUCAGAACCGCUGCCACUGCUGCCACCCCCAGCUCAAUCGUCUUUCGCUCUACACAAUCCAUUAAAUCACAGAAUCAUAGAAUUGUAGAGGUGGAAGGGACCUCAAGGGUCGUCCAGUCCAACCCCUUGCAAUGCAGGAAUCCCAAGCAGACCAUGCAUAACAGAUGGCCAACUGACCUCUGCUUUAAAAUCUCCAAGGAAGGAGAGUCGACCACCUUCCGAGGGAGUCUGUACCACUGCUAAACAGCUCUUACCACCAGAAAGUUCUUACGUAUAUUUAGUUGGAAACUCCUUCCUUGUAACAUCCAUUGGUUCAGUUCCUACCCUCCUACUACACGUCAGAUGGGUGCCACCUCUAUUUUCUAUUGGGCAUUUAUUGAAGUUCUUCCAUUUUCAACAAUCCUUUUCAGUAGGGAUCGCUGUCCUGAUUUGCUCAUGUAUUGGAUUCAAAAUUGUUUUUACAUAUGAAAGCAUUGUUUGAUUCUUCAUCACAAUAGUUUUUGUGUAUAAAGUUGUGUGAAGUUGCUGAUGAUUCUGUUGCAAAAUUGGUUCGAGAUCUUUAAAGGGAAGCGAUUCAUCAAUGGAUGUGAGGGAAGGCGGUGUGUGUGGAGGGGGAGCCUAUUGCAGAAGCAGAAAUCCUUGUGUUUGUCGGAUGCUUAGCAUUCUGCGGGAUACAACCCAUGACCAGCAUAUAAAUGUGUGUCCCAUGGGCAAAAGCCCUACCCUCAUUCAGGCUGCUGCACCCCCAACUCUCACUCUCACUGAGGGAUUGAGAUAAACUCCAGACCCUCUCCCUUGAGGCCCCACACUGCACCACCAUUCAACACCCCCCAAACAUAAAACAACAGUGAUCUAUCUAUGCCCAACAAAUUGGCAGCAAGGCCCACCCUAUCACUGUUCCCCAGCAGUUCUGCUCUGGUGAGAGGUGAAAGGGUAAAGGCCCCUUAGGGCAGGAUUAGAGAGGGCAGGAUCCAUCCAUAACAGACAAACCUCAGCUAGGGAUUGCUGACUGUGCGGCUGCUGCAUGCUGUACGUUCAAGUCUUCCGAAGCUGGAGGAAAUCGUUGGGUUUUUCAUCCUCUGCCAGAAAAGUGGGGAGGGGGCUGCCUCUGUGAUUUGAGAAAGGAGCAGUGGGCUCUGGGAAUGGGGGCGGUCCUGCCUGCCAUCUUCCUCCUCCUCACUCUUUGCUGCCCGUGCAGAGCUAAUCAGGGAGGAAGGUGGGGGACAAACCCAAAAUCUGUUGGCUGUGCCAGACGUUGGCUGUGGCUCCGGCGGCUGUGGUCCUCUCUGCCUUCCACCCUGCCAAUUCCAGCAGGCACCAGCUGCCGCUGCCUGAAGGGAGGCGAAGGGCCAUGGCUCAGUCCUGUCUUUCAAGCAGAAGGCCCUGGGUUCAAUCCCGGACAUCUCCUGGUAUGGCUGGAAGAGAUUCCUGCCUGGAACGAUGCCAAGCCACUGCCGGCCCAGUGUAGACAGUCCUGAGCUAGAUGGACCCAACAGGUCUGGAUUGGCACCGGGCAGCUUCCGAUGUUCCAGUGAGUAGCAGCCCAUGAGCCUCUGCUUUCCCACUGCUUGUCAGUCACAGCCCCUGGUUCCCUGGCAUCAGCUGCCUUCUCCAACGCGAGCACAUCUGGUGGGACUGGUUUCUGUGUAGCAGCAGCCAUUUCUACUGGCUUCAGGCACUCCUGAAGCGCAUCAUGUGCAGAUGUUAGGAGGCGACAGUGCUUAAGUCUGCACCAUCAAAAAGCCACACGCUGCUUGCUUUUUGUUGUUGUUGCUGCUGCUGCUGCAUGAUAGCCAGGUGGCUGUUAUUUUCUGGUCAGCUGGCAACCCUACUAUGGUGGAGGCAGGGCUGAGAUGCCACGGGGAGGUUGGCACAGAGUGCAGGCGGCAUGCUCUGAAAGCUAAGCUGGUCUGGGUCUGGUCAGCGCGUCACUGGGAGAGCUGAGGACCUUAUGCACGCUGCCUUGAGCUCCACAGAGGGAACAGAAUUGCAGGUUUGCAGAGCCAGAAGGGACCUUGGGGGUCAUCUAGCUCAACCCCCCUGCAAUGCAAAGAAUCUCAGCUAAAAGCAUCUAUGACAAGUGAAACAAAUGGACAAAUGAAGAAUGGGCAGGACAUGCGAGGCCCCCAUGGCAGCUUCCAACCAAACCAAUUUAAUGGCGCCUCCAAAUCUGCCACUGAAAAGGUAUCACUGGCAGUGUGCGUUCUGGCAAACCCUCAGAGGGCCACAUGCUCAGUGGGUAGAGUGUGAGACUCUUAGUCUCAGGGCCAUAGGUUUGAGCCUCACAUCGGGCAAAAGAUUCCUUCCAACUUCUAAAAUUUUAUGAUAUGAUUCUAUGUCAGUGUCAGGUGGGGCCAAGAAUUAGAAUAGGCAGAGCAAGGCAUUAAAUUGUAACCGUACAGUAAGUGAGCUUCUACACACGCCGGCAUGCGUCUUUCUAUCCACCCAGAUAAGCGAGAGACAUUAUUAGAAUUUAACAACGCAUUCCAGCCAGGCAAAAAUAAAAAUUCAGGGUGUGAAAUCGGGCCAGUAUGUGGCCUGAACCUAUUUUCAAGGGCUGGAUAGAGAGUCCUGUUUGGCCCCUGAGAUUUCCCUACCCCUGUGUUGCAGGAAACACGUAUCAUGUCCAUGCAGUACUGUACAGUGGCUAGAUGCAAAAAUAGGGCAGGGCUUUUGCACCUUUAAUAGUGGUGCAAACAUGGGAGAUUUCAGCAGGGGUAGCAGGUAUGACACAACUAAAGGUACAGGAGCCCUGUGCCCUUUUGCAUAUGGCUACCCUAAGUGCCAUAAUGGAGGCACCGUAGUAGCUACAGGUGCAUCAGGAUGCUCUCAAGGAAGGUGUGAAGGUGCUUGCCCUUCCUUCUUCCUUUGUAGUUGUAAGUACACUGCCUGCCCUCCCAGAGCUUCCACUUAGCUGUCACGGUUAAUGGUCAUUGACAGAGCUCUCCCCCUUCAUUACUGGAGUCCUGGCAAAACGUGUCAUCUGCUGUCAUUGCUCUCUGUGGAGCUAGUGACGUUGAUUCUGGGGGAAAGGAAUGCUUUGGGCUAAGGAGUAGUUUCCUGGCGCUCUGUGCUCCUUAGGAAGGCUGGUGUAGUUUAAAAAGACUUUGCGGUUUUAGUUGGCGGGCUUUAGGCAACCAUUACGCCAGAGAUAUUGUUGGACUCCAAGGCCCAUCAGCCCCUGCCGGUAUGGCCCAUGACUAGGGUUGAUGGGAGUUGGGGUUCAGCAACAUCCAGAAGUCCGCAAGAAUUCCGUUCCUGGUCAAAGCCCAUCGCUCUAGCCCAGUGGUUCUCAAACUUUUCCUCUGUGCCACACUUUCAGAAGAAUAAUUCGCUUGCACCACACCAAAUUUUUAUCGCUAAUAAAUACAAAUGGAGGACCAAAUAUUGCAUGGUGAGAUUCAGAGUCAAUACAAGGGCAUUAAAGGAGGGCAGCUAUAAAAAUCAGGUUUGAGCCAGGCAUGCCUUUGACGUUGCAGGGGCUGGUCCUUUGGGGCUACUGGAAAACUGCCCCACCAAUCUCCUUCUGCACUUAGCAAGCCAUUGCCUGCCAUCUCACUUAAAACAUGCCCAGUUGCCUGUUCUUCCACUGUAGUUUCAGAUUUGCCCUUGUAGAAUUGAGCAGGGAGGAAAAAUGGGGACAAACCCAGAAUCAGAUGACUGCCUGUCAUUAGCUCUGGCUGGAACGUUGUUUAGGGGUUUUUGUUUUUGUUAUUGACAUUAUUAUUAUGUUUUGUACCCUUAUUUUAGAUCUUAUGAUUUAUGUGGAAAUUGUUCAGUUUCGUUGUGUACUUGUUUAUUUAUUGUUUAUGACUACUUUUGGUAUGCUUGUAAUUAUGCGAUUUUUUUAUAUGUUGCAAGCGGCCUUGAGCAUGGCUUUGACUCUGGAAAGGCGGCCUACAAGUAGAAUUAUUGACUGGUUGGGUGGUUGGGUCCACCUCCCCUCGGCCUCCCUGUUUUCAACCCUACCAGACCCAAUGGGCAUCAACCACCAUCGUUUCUCACUUUCUUGAGGAUGAGAUGAGAGAUGGAAGCACUGGCAACAAGGAUGAUGGCUGAAAUCUUACCAUCCCUUGAAUCUCCCUGAGCAGUGGUAUUGAAUCCUUGGUGCCAUCCGGCACCCAGGUCGAUAGUGUCUCCUUGGAGAUGAGAAACUGACACCCUAAGCUCCUCCAAUCCCAUCAGGCCUGAUGGGUGUGAAAGCGUGCCAUACUUUUUACUCUCCCGGUCCCAAUGGGCAGAAGCCAUCCCUGUUUAGGGAUCCCUUGGGUGCUCAUGAAUGAUGUUUGCAGAGGAGAGAUUUUCCGCCGUGAGCAGGCCGGGCCGCGGUGACUGACUUCUUGCUUUUCUCCCCCCCCCGCCUUGCUGUCCCCCAUGACCAGCCGCCAUUUUGGACGACCAGACAGUGUGUGGCCGGGGGGAGCGACUGGCCUUAGCCUUAGCACGCGAGCACAUCAACAGCAUCAUCGAGGUGCCUGCCAAAGCCCGAGUCGAGGUGGAGAUCUUCGAACUGCAGCGGGACAGCCAGUACGAGACCACCGACACCAGUAGGUUGUGUGUGUGUGUCCGUGUGCGACACUGGAGUGUGAAAGGAUCUACAAAGCUCAUGAGGGGCAUGGGAGGGGCUUACCUCACAAAGAAUAUUGUAGAGUUGGGAGAGGGUUCCAAAAAUGGCAACCAAGAUGAUCAACAGGAUGGAGAGACUCUCCCAUGAGGAAAGUUUGCAGCGUUUGGGACUUUUUAGUUUAGAGAAAAGGCUAGUAAGUGGGGACAUGAUAGAAGUUUGUCCACUUAUGUGUGGCAUGGGGUAAGUGCAUAGAGAAAAGUGUUUCUCCCUCCUUCAUAACUCUCCCCUUCUGUGGUUUCCAGUUUUCAGAAGCAUUACUGCCUCCAGUUGUGGAGUAGUAGUAGUAGUAGUAAUAAUAAUAAUAAUAAUAUAAUGAUUUAUUAUUUAUACCCCGCCCAUCUGGCUGGUUUCCCCAGCCACUCUGGGUGGCUCCCAACAGAAUAUUAAAAACCCGAUAAAACUGUUCCGGCAUUCGGAACAUUUGCUCUGUUUACCUCUGGCCUUCCGGCCUCUGCUGGAAGGCUGCCUUCAGAUGUCUUUUAAAAGUCAAAUAGUUGUUUCUUUUCUUGGCAUCUGAUGGGAGGGCAUUCCACAGGGAGGGUGCCACUACCGAGAAGGCCCUCCACCUGGAAGAGCAUAGCCAUCGUGUUUAGUAGCCAUCAAUAGCUUUCUGCUCCAUGAACUUGUCUUUUAAAGCCAUCUAAGUCAGUGGCCGUCACUUCCUCCUCUGGGAGAAAGUUCUAUAGUUUAACUAUGUGCUGUGCGAAGAAAUACUCUCUUCAGUCUGGCCCAUUCAGCUUCACUGGAGAUCCACGAGUUCUGGCGUUAAGAGAAAGGGAGAAUAGCUUUUUCCAAGUCACAUCCUCUACACCCCAGAUCAUUUUAUAAACUUGCUCCAUUUCACCUUUUCCUCCAGACUAGAAAAUCCCAGAUGGUGCCACAUUUCACAAUAGGGGAGGAUAGCUUUUGGUAGAAGAUGAACUGCAGCCCAACAGAAACAGCGCUGUAUGUAGGUUGUGAAUACAGAGCAGAGUGGGGGACGGUCAGAGGUCUGGGGCAGCAGGGUAGGUAGACAGAAUUACAGCCAAGGCAACUUAAUCACCCUCAUGGCCAUCUGUGAGAGCCAGCGGGUGGGGAUGUUUGUGUGCAUGUGACCAGGAGGAAGCGAAAAUGCAAUUUCCAUGAGGUUAAGUGUGCAAGGCCAUGUGGCUUUGCUCAGGUGGUCUGGGCACAAGUGUGAGAACAAGCUGAAGAGUACAAUAAUAAUAAAUCUGUAUAACCUCUUUCUCCUGUUCUCUUUGCCCCUGCACUACAGUGUGUCAGAUCCUGCCCAAAGGCGUAGUUUCUGUCCUGGGCCCAGCCUCCAGUCCGGCUUCUGCUUCCAUUGUUAGCCACAUCUGCGGGGAGAAAGAGGUAAUGUCACCUCCAUCAUCUUCAUCACCUUCAUGAGCCAUAAAGCAACCCUGUAAGGUUGGUCAAUAUUAUAUCGCAGCUUCGGAGGCUGAAAGGCAGUGGCUUACCUACAGCCGCCUAGUAAACUUAUGCCAAAGAAAUGUUCCUGGUCCACAGCUCAGCUACCAAUCACAUAUACUGUAAUGACAUUAUUAUUACUGUUAAAAUCAUUACCUGCCCUUCACCGACGGAUCCCAAGGCAGGUUACAACAAACGAAUUAAUUCAAAUUAAUUCAACCGUUCUGAAUUAAUGGUUGCCUAGGAAAGCCUGCUUAAAACUUUCGGGGUUCUUAUUACAGACCCCAUCCUUCUCUUCAUCUCUGUCCUAACUCCUACUUGAAGCUCUGGUUGCUUUUUAAAUUUUUCUCAACCUCUUUCUGCAGUCGGUGACAGAAAGGGGAGGAAAUCUGGUUCGGUAGCCCACCCAGUAUAUAAUAGACUUCCCAAAAGGCUUUGAUUGCUUUAAGCAGUCUAUGGAACUGUAAUUAAUUUGCUGCAUGUAACACUUGUCACAGGAGUUUUCUGUUCUGCAGAAGCUGAUCUAGACGAGGACAGCCUCUGUGCUGACUUCUCGGCUGCAGAGGAGGACAUGGUGAGGCUUGUGUCAGCCCUGUAAACAAACGGUUUCUUUCUCUGCCCUAGAUCCCCCACGUGAAGGUGGGUCCUGAGGAGACCCCCAAGCUGCAGUACUUGCGCUUCGCCUCCGUCAGCCUCUACCCCAGCAAUGAGGACGUCAGCCUGGCCGUAUCCCGUAUUCUCAAGUCCUUCAACUACCCCUCGGCUAGCCUCAUCUGCGCCAAGGCUGAGUGUGAGAAAAUGUGGCCGAGCUCUUUGGCGGGGAACAGAGAGGGCGAAGUGGGAGGGGCUCGUGGGGGCGGGGCGAGCGGGUGGCCAAUCAGAUUUCACAGAGAUGUGAGCCAUGGGGAUGGAAGCCGUUCUCAAACAUCAUACCUAUGGCUUUAUUAGGGAUCUUUUUUAAAAUAAGUGUUUUUAAAUUAAAAUACAGUGGUACCUCGGGUUACAAACUUAAUUCGUUCCGGAGGUCCGUUCUUAACCCAAAAUGGUUCUUAACCUGAGGCGCACUUUUGCUAAUGGGGCCUCCCGCUGCCACUUCGCCACCGGCGCGCGAUUUCCGUUCUCAUCCUGGGGCAAAGUUCUCAACCCAGGGUACUACUUCCGGGUUAGUGGAGUUUGUAACCCAAAGCGUUUGUAACCCAAAGCGUUUGUAACCUGAGGUACCACUGUGUACUUGUUUAGUGCCAUGCCUAGUUUGGCCCCAGUGACUAGAGGUGAAGAAAACGGAGCUCCUUCACUUCCUUCAAAGCUGAAUGCUGGCAGACUUGGUCAGGGAUCCCACUGCAUAGUUUUGGCACCACCACAGAGAAGACCCUGCUUGGAUUACCUGAAGCCUUAGCCUCCUUCGAAAUUAGUAUGCAAAGCAGGGCUUCCUAUACUACAGUUCUGGGCACAAGAAUAUAUAUAUAAAAGCAGAGGUCUUCAAAUGCUUUUAUGUCCUGAUCGGAUGGUUCCCGGGCCAAGUCCUAAGCUCUGAAGCCAGGCGGGUUGGGCUGGGCUCUGGCUUGGGCGAAAUGUUGGCGCAACCCCUUGUUCCUUUCGCGUCCACCAGGCCUGCUGCGAUUGGAGGAGCUCGUGCGUCAGUUCCUCAUCUCCAAGGAGACGCUGUCGAUCCGGAUGCUCGAUGACACCAACGACCCGACGCCACUGCUCAAGGAGAUCCGGGACGACAAAAUCUCCACCAUCAUCAUCGACGCCAAUGCUUCCAUCUCUUAUCUCAUCCUCAAGAAGGUGAGGAAAGGCAGCGGCAGGCAUGGGUGUGGGCUCUGGGGUUCAGGAGGCUGCCACAAAACCGGAAGGCAGCGGCAGGCCUCCACUCAGCAUCCCACGGAUCGCCUCAGCCUCUGUCGGGUUUUUGCAAGCGUUGCCUCUGAGUUGCUCGAGGGCUUUUGCAGAUACUUGAAAAGAAUCCUCGAAACGCCCCCGUCCCGAUCAGCGCCCCCCCUUUUCCCACCCAGCUUUGAAGAGCUGCUCGUGGGAAAACGGUUGCUGUGGGCAAAAGCCUGCCGCGUGCAGGAGACCCUUGAGGUAAAGAGAAGCCCCUGUGGCAGGGUGGCUUUUUGCCUCGAAGUGUGGACGGUGGCGGUGGAAACGAUUGAGUUUCUAAAAUAUUCCUUUAAAGCGGUUUGCAAAAGCCCGUGAGGGUUUGUGAAAACGCUUGCAAAAAAUAAAAUAAAGGCCUGUCGUUUGUAAGGUGAACCAGGAGAUGGGGUGGCGGGAUGUUCAGCCAUCUUAGUUAGGAUUUAAGCAACACCAGAUUUUGAAAUAAGAAUGCAAGGCAGCCGCAGCCAAAUUAAAAUGGCAGAAGUGGAAACACAACUAUUGCUGGGAUCAUAUAAACUCCAGUUACAUUGACAUGGAGUGGGGUGUUUAAUGACAGGAAGGUUUAAACACAACAGAGCCCGUUUCUUGUAGGGAAAAGAUGCAGCACUGGUUAGAGCAAGCACAGGGAAUGUUUGGCUCUUCAGAGGUUACUGGACUACAACUCCCACCAUCCCUGGCCAUCAGCCAUGCUUGCUGGGGUUGAUGGGAGUUGUAGUUCAGCAUUGGAGAAAGGGGGUAGUUCUUUUAGUUGCAAGAUAAAAGGAAGAGCUUCUUCUAGCAGAGCGUAGUUAAACUACAGAAUGUUCUCUCAGAGGAGUCAGGCACGUCCGCCCACCUGGGUGUCUUUAAAAGGGGGUUGAAACGAGAUUUUGCUUUAAACGAGAUUUUGCUACAAAAUGAGAUUCCGCUAUAUAGCAUGACGAAAUGAGAUUUCGCUUAAAUAGCAUGACAAAUGUUUGUGAUUUUAUUAGGACCCAUAAGAAUUGCUUAGAGGGUUUGACCGAAAAAGAAGAAGCAGUAUACAAUUAAAAAAAAACAAAAACAGAUUUUUUAAAAAUAAGAUGCACAUGCAUUUUAAGAGGCAAUUUUUCUCUUAAAAACAAAUGUAUAUUUUGAACUGAUUUUACGUAUACUUGAGUUGUUUUUUUUAGGGCAACUUGUUUUUGAGUCCUAUUGAAAAAUCUGUGUCUAUUUUAUGGUUUGUGUAAACCCGUUCACAUUUUCUAAUAAUUACAUUAAUAAAAGAAGGGGGGGUUAGAAAAAUCCAUGGGGGAUAAGGCUCUGAGAAGCUACUAGCCAUGAUAGCUGAGAUCUGCCUCCACGGUCAGAGGCACCCAUGCUUCUGAAUACCAGUUGCUGGAAACAACAGGAAGGGCCUCAUCCAGCACUGCAGCGAAACCAGAGCUGGUGAAUAUUGAGGGUCCACCAUUGGUGGGGGAGCUCAGAGACCCGAGGAUCCUUCCAGGAAACUGAUUCUCCUCCUUCUCCUUUUCUAGGCUUCAGAGCUUGGGAUGACGACCGCGUUCUACAAGUACAUCCUGACUACGAUGGUUAGUGCUGAGACCAUGCUAUGCAGGCAAAGGAGCCUCUUGUGUGUCUGUGUGUGAUUGCGCAUGUUCAAAUCCCACCCUGGUUUGUUCACUGGAGAGGAGCCGUAGCUCGACAGCAGUUAAACGUGUGUUGUGACGCAGAUCUCUCGCCCUGGAAGAGCUCCUUCCUGCUAGUUUAGGAAACGCAGAGCUGGACAGGACAGUGGAACGAUAGCAUAAACUAGUGUCACAUCAGCUGAGAUUCCUGCAUUGCGUGGGGUUAGGCUAGAUGAACCUUGGGGGUCUCCCUUCCAACUCUAGAAUUCUACAAUUCUAUAUUUUCAGCCUGGGUGGUUUGUAGGGAUGUCAGAGAGUUCUGCUGAAAAGGAUAAUGGGGUGGAAAUUGCCAAUAUUCUCUCACCCAUUCCAUGUCCGGAACAGAAAUCAGUCCAAGGAAUAUGGUAGAACUCUGCUUCCAGUACCCAUUCCACAUAUAGCUCAUUCAGACUUCUGCUUGUCUUGCCUGUUCUCACCCCCAACCCCUGUUUUUUACCGCUGAAUUGGAGCAACUGUGAAUCAGGUUUUGUGCAGAUGGACAUUUGCUCACGUUCAGUGCUAAAGAGCAGGUUUUCCGGGGCAAACUACAAACCGCUCGGACCCGUGCUUUCUAACUGGCCAAUGGGAUCAAAAGCCAUUGAGAGAUCAAAUAAAAACAAUAGGUUCACAUUUUUCCCUGUGUCCUUCUCCCAAUAAAAGUCGUCAUCCAUCAGGGAGACCAAAGCUGGUUCAUUCCUAUAAACAGGUCUAAACCCAGAUCGAAAUGGGUUAAGAUCAUUUGUUUCAUCCAAGAGUGCUUGCAAUCGUCGUGCCCCAACCCUCUCGGCCACCUUUCCUGUUUCACCUCUGCACAUGCUUGCAGGCACCCUCUUGUCCGGUCAGUACUUGCAGAGAGCCCCUCUCUCCGCCCCAUAAAACCCAGACCUGUCUGAUAUAAAAUACAGGAGAGCAGGGGCAGAGCUAUAGAUGUGAUGCUGCCAAAAACGUUAUGGUCGUGGGUUUAUUUUAAUUAUCGCUUUUUGGCUCAAAGGCUCCCCAAGCAGCAACUAUAAAAUACAAUGCAAAGUAAAUAUACAAUCACAGUGCAAUAAAUCAAUCAAAGCAAGACAAAACAGCGAAAUUACAACGUACCUGUAAAUCACGCUAGCUAUGCAUUAGGAACGCACCAAUUAACCCUCCUGUAAGAAACGGGGGAGGGGGGGAGAUCUAUCAAGUUACCUCUAUCUCCCACCUAGAGUGUAUACAUCUUCCUGUGCCCAGUUUCCUCUUUUCAUUUCAGAAAUUGAACAUUUUUUGGGGGGUUUGGGGAAGAGAAGGGGGUAAUUGGAUCUGAGGGCAGCUUUUUCCCAGCUGCAAAUCUGUGUUGGGGCUGCAGCUUGCAUCUUGUUCCUCCCUCAAUUGACCCCUGCUUCAGAAAAGGGAGUCCUUGUCCCCUGCUGUAGUGAAACAUUGGAUCUGGUUCAGCAAUUGUUUUAGCAUUGACGAAGGGUGACCCUGCCAUAGAAAUUCAGCUGGAGGGUAUAUUGGUGGUUUUUUUAUAUUCUGCUUCUCACAGUGAAGGGAUGCUCAGUCUCAGUUUUUUGGGUUUUUGUCCCCGUUUCGUUGGAAGGUGAAAAGAUUGGAGAUUUAGAGCGGGGCAGUACAAUGAUCCAGACAGAAUCAUUUUGCAAGCCAGCUUCUGUAAACCACUUUGCCAAAUGUUAAUCUGGGGCUGGGUACGCACCACACACUUAAACCACAGGACUUCACCUCCUAAAGAAUCUUGGGAAAUGUUGUUCAUGAAGGGUACUGGAAGUGGAAGUCUGUGCGGGAGGAACUGCAGUUCCCAAGAUUCUUUGCAGGGAGUCUUGCGCUCUCAACGAGUCCAGCUCUGUUGCCCCUCUUGUGUUGGAAUGUACCGUAGAUUCUGGCAUAUUAGGCGACAGGGCGUAUAAGACGACCCCCAACUUUUGCUGUUCAAUUUUAGAGUUUUAGAGUUAUAGAGUUUGAGCGCCACCAGGGGCAGAGCGCGCAUCCCUCCGCUGCCUCUGCCGUUGCAGCAGCAGCACGAGGUGAGGCGUUUGGCAGGUGGGCAGGUGAGCGCCACGCUUGGAAGGACUUUCCACGUCCCCUUCUGUGGGGAGGGAGGAGGAGCAACGGCAGAAGGGGCGUCUCUGCUCACCGUCUCCCCCUCCUCCUUCCCAACGCGUAUGCCCGGCGUAUAAGACGACCCCCGACUUUUGGGGUGAUUUUCCAGGGAUAAAAAGUCAUCUUGUACGCCGGAACAUAUGGUAGGCUUCAAGCUCAUCAGGGCAAGAACCUGUCCCUUCGUGCUUUGUAGAGAUCCAGCCACGCUGCUGCGUUAAAUGCACAAUGACAAUAAGAAUCAGCACGAAACAUAAAGUGCCAAUUAACCUGAAAACAACAGAAAUGAAACAGCUACAGCCAGAAGCAGUAAAAAAAAUGACAAUCAAUCCUGCCAUCUCUUGGGAAAGUCUCAGGAAAACAAAACCACGUGGCAUGUUCGAAAGCAGGAUUCGCCCCUGCAUUUCUGAGAGGUGGGUGGAGUCUUGUCCCCUCCUGCCAUCCACCUGACCUUCAAAGAUGGGGGCACAGAUGUGCUUAGGGCUGCUUAUACUGCAAGAAGAAAGAGGGAAAGGUCAAGAUUUUUCACCGAGGUAAUGCCAAUUAUCUGCCUAACCCACUUCUUCAUCAUCAUCGACUUUUAUUGCGCUAGCCGUAGGCCAUCGCAUCGUUCAGAAAAAUAACAAAAGGAAAAACAACAAUAAUCAUAAAAAUCAUUAGGCACCACACAUACAAUAUGAACCACGGUCACAACUGCUAAGAUUGUUUGUUGCAUAAAAUAGAAUAGCAGAAGAUUCUUUAGUAAAAUGGUGACAAAUUAAAUAUCCGAAUUCCCUUUGCAGUUGACCGCUAUUUUAUCUACUGUAGUUCUUUCCUCCUGAUCUUCUUAGCUGCCAACGCAUAGAGUGCUACUUUAUAAGUUACAAAGUCAUCGGUAUCGCUCAGCAGCCAUUUCACCCUUUCCACACUAUUCCAUUCAGAAACAGGAGUUCCAUUCGGAAACAGAGGUUUUAUGAAUCGGUCUCUUGGGUCUAUAUAUAACGGGCACUGCAAUAAAUAGUGGCACAGUUCCUCUACACAGGGUUGCCCACACAGACAAAGUCUCUCUUCAUAAUGUACUUUGCCGUAGCGUCCGACCUAACCCACUUGAAUUUUGCAAAAUGCACAACUUCUGCAAAAGUGCACCUCUUUGCUUAGAUGCCAAUCAUUCUGCUCUUAAAGGGAAGAUGCAAACAGGUGUGUAGAGCACUGAGCCCCUCACUCCAUGACUGCUUAAAAUCCUAGCCCAGUGGCUCUCUUCUUCUCAGCUCCUGAGAUUUUGGUAGUGAUCGCCCUCAUUCUUUCAAACCUAUCUUUAUAGCGUUGAGGACUAGAAAUCUUUUUUUUAAACAAACAAACAAACAGAAAAUGAAAGCUGAGCUACUCAGGCCACACAAUUCUAAUCCUGAACCUGGAAGGUCUAGACUUGGGCCACAUGCAACCUUGGCUACAUCUUAUGAAAUAAAUAAAAGCUUAAUAAAAUAAAUUCCCUUGUGUAGGGCCAACCCAUAGGACCUGAUCAGGAAUAUGGAAGAGUAAUUUACCCCUCCUAUGGGUUGGAUAAACCACCUACCUUUGCAGAGCAGGAAUGCAUGGAAUUGCAAGUUAAGAGCUGGGAAGUUCUCCUACUUUGGGGCAAACCAUAGAAAUGCAAUACCGUUCUUGUAUUGCUUUCCCAUUGCUUUCUCCUAACUUAUGGGGAACUAAACCUAGCUCAUUUUUGGCUGUGCCUACUUCUCCCUACCCGCCCGUAGUAUGACGGACAGCUGUCCUUUUGCCAGCUGUGGUGGUGUUUGUGAUAGUGGUUUAGCUGGAAUCGCCCCACCUGGUGGUGGCUCAGAGCCGCUGCCGGGAAGAAUGCUGAUUAACUUGUUCACCCAUUCUGGGCCUGACCGGGGCUGACCCUGCUUUUGCUGUAUCAGACUUGAUGGGAUCCCAGCCGGAGGCAUACGGCUCGCCAGAUGUUCCCAAUGUAACUCAGCCGUGCUCGGUGUGAGCAACUGGCUGAGUCUGCUGCUCCCCUGCAGACACCGCUGCCAUUAUGGAUCUUGGCUGUGAUGAGCUCUGCUGAAGGAGCAUCGCUGGAACGUUUGCUGAGAAACCGAGUGGUGGACCUUCACCAGCUCCCCUUGCCCUGAAUCGACAGCAAUCUGCCAGCAGAUUUUAGGAAAUGAGCAAUUCUGCCCAAGCAUUAAUGGCCCAAAAGUCAGAUCCCUCUCUCCCUGUACAGUAACUCCACCAAUUUUUUAAUUCAAAAAGGUGUAUUCCAAUUUCUCUCGAAGGGAAGGGGGAAAUUGUAAGCAGUAGAGGCAGUCUGCACACUUUCCCCUCUUCUGCACUGAAUAUUCAGCUGUGAAUUUGUGUGUGUGUGUGUGUGUGUGUGUGUGUGUGUGUGUAAAAGGAUUUUUUUUCGAGGAACUUGAUACUGUAUGUACUCUCCCCAAAAUUCCACUGUACCUUAUUUUUGCAGGCUUCUUAUCACAUUUGCAAACAGUGCAGGGCAUGGGAGAAAAAUAUACAUAGAUGUUUCACCUACCGAUCCCAGAAUUUCUUAAACAAUGAAUUUCUACGAAGUUUCACAGCAAGACAUGUUUUUAGGUCAUGCUGACGGCCUUAAGUGCUGAAGUUCCAAAACUAUUUUCAUUCUGUGUUUGUCUUGUCACGCUAGCAAGAAAUAUUAGCAGUGUGUACUUAUAACCAAAUGGCUUCCUCUUAAAAAUCUUCCUUUGCACUUCUGGAAAUAGGAACAAAGCAGAUGAAAUAUCUGAUCUUGUUGGCAAAAACUUGUUAGAAAACACAGAGCUAAGAGGUGAAGCUAGGUGAAGAACACAGGGUGAAAAGGGCAAUCUGAGAGGUUAGCUAUAUCUAGCUAAACAGGAGAGUGAAUAUGUCAUGUUUCUUUCUUUUUUUCAAUAUUUCUAUGAGAUCAUAGGCAACAUUAUCCAGCAUUACGGGGCAACAAGAAUUUGCAAAGUUAAUUUUAAACUAAGUGCAAUGAUGCAUUAAGCUGAGCAGACACUCCUGGGAUAACUAUCAAUCUCUUUCCCUCUUAAUAGUCAUUAAACUGAUUCAUUAAAAAACAUCCGUAGCAUUAGUAAUAUUUAUAUCAGAACAUUAAAAUAUCCCGGGCGUAUUUAUCCAUAGUCGUAGACACACACUAGCGGGUAACAAGCCCACCGACAGCUCACAAACACAAGAACAGUGGCAGAAGAAAAAGAAAACCAGAAUUAUUUUAACAUAUAGCAGCAUAACUCUGUCUCAGAAGCAAGUCCCAUCGAAUUAUGUGGGGCUUCCUACCAGCAGAGUGGAUAUAGGGUUGUAAUUGAAGAUCAAGUUAGUGUUAUUUGAACGAACAGCAUUCCAAAGGAAAAAAAGGAGAGGGAAAAAUGCCUCCAUACAAAUUAAUCUUUCGAGCAAAGCAAACAACAAAUGUGGUUGCACAAAAAUCAGGAAGUGUAGCGUUCCAGAACAUUGUGAAUACCAUCCAUUAUCUUUACAAAGUUGUUAGCGUUAUACAUUUCAUUUUCUGCGGCAUCUAUGUGAUAAGCACGUUUUACUGCUGUGGCUGCAUCCCAAAUUCGAAAAGUAAAUAAAUAAAUAAAACCAGAGAAAGAGAAAGAGAGUGAGUCUCUCCCCACCCUAUAAAUGUAUUUUAGCAGCUGUGAGCAGAUUAAUGACCAUUUCUACCUCAUUAUCUACACAUCAAGAUCAUUCCGAAUCCUUUAACGGAAUCCUCAAAGCGCCAUCUGUGAAUUCAUACCCCGUGGCUUGUUCAAACUACAAUAACAUGGAGAGCAUCAAUAGAUUUUAAUUUUCUCACACAUUCCCAAAACAUAUGCAAAUAGACACCGUGCAGUUUUGCCUGCACUGGUAACUUUGAUUAGUGAUCGACCGUAAAACAAUUGAAUUUUAUUGGGUGUGUGAAGUAACAUGGGUGUAUUUUUGUUUGUUUCCAAGUGUUUCAUUGAGUCAUAGAACCGUAGAGUUCAAAGGGACCCCCAAGAGUCAUGUAGUCCAACCCCUUUACUGCAAGAAUCUCAACUAGAUCAUAUUUUCAUUGCAACCAUGUUCCACACAACCCCACUGAUGGAGGAAGGGGGGGUGUGGCGGGUGCGGCCCGCCCCAGGUGUCAUCCCUGGGGGGCUGACAUUGCCGUGGGCUGCCCCCCCGGAUGUCUGCCGCAGGUGGUGCCCCCCUGGGACGCUUGCGACGCCCCCGCGGGCAGCUAGCCCCACCCCGGGUGCACAGCAUGUUCGCCGCUCCGGGUGCCAGAGCAGCUAGCUCCACUCCACACAUCCCUGAGCACUCUUGAUGAAGGACAGUGGCUCUGAGCACAUGCUUCUUGUGCAGAAGGUCCCAGGUUAAAUCCUGGUGUCACUGGGUGGGGGUAGGAGAGAGACCCCUACCUGCAAUUCAAGAGUCACUGCCAGUGACUGUAAUAAUAAUGUUGUUGUUGUUGUUGUUUAGUCGUGUCCGACUCCUCGUGACCCCAUGGACUAGAGCAUACCAGGCACUCCUGUCUUCCACUGCCUCCCGGAGUUUGGUCAGACUCAUGCUGGUAGCUUCGAGAACACUGUCCAACUAUCUCGUCCUCUGUCGUCCCCUUCUCCUUGUGCCCUCCAUCUUUCCCAGCACCAGGGUCUUUUCCAGGGAGUCUUCUCUUCUCAUGAAGUGGCCAAAGUAUUGGAGCCUCAGCUUCACGAUCUGUCCUUCCAGUGAGCACUCAGGGCUGAUUUCCUUAAGAGAAUGUAUCGGUUUGAUCUUCUUGCAGUCCAUGGGACUCUCAAAGAGUCUCCUCCAGCAGCAUAAUUCAAAAGCAUCAAUUCUUCAGCGAUCAGCCUUCUUUAUGGUCCAGCUCUCACUUCCAUACAUCCCUACUGGGAAAACCAUAGCUUUAACUAUACGGACCUUUGUCGGCAAGGUGAUGUCUCUGCUUUUUAAGAUGCUGUCUAGGUUUGUCAUUGCUUUUCUCCCAAAGUAGUGUGACUUGGUGUUGGGCAAAUACCCUGGUUCCCCUUUCCAUUGCCAAAUCAGCUCAGGUGCAUGCUUUCCUUUAGCCAUUGUCUUAACUCCAAGGCUCUGGAGUCAGAGGCUGCAAGAGAGUGCCCACUUUGUAUGCAUAAGAAGAUCUUGGGUAUCUAGGGAGCUUAAUGGAUAGUGUGUUGCAUUUGAACCAAUAAGACCUUGGUUCAGUCCUUUCUCUGCCUUGGGGCUCACUGGAUAUUAGCCUUGGCUAACCCGCUCUCUCUCAGCUUAUCCUACCUCAAAGGGUUGUUGUGAAGCUAAAAUGACAAAAACCCAUUUAUAGUGAUGUGAGCUUCUUUAAGGGUGGAAUAUGAAUGGGUUGGAAAGAUAAAGAAGUAUGAUGGGGAUAUACAGAAAUAAACUCUCAGGUUGAAGAAUUAGACCUAGCUGAACUGGCAUGAGGGACAGAUGGAAAAAAUUGGGAGACGCACAAACACACACACACACACGCUACUGUAAUGCAUAAACUGCAAAGCAAUGUUUUCAUGAAAUAUAGCACCAAUUAAAAUGAACAAUGUGAAUUUCUCUUUGUAUCCAGAGCAAAAUGAUAUUAAUAAUAGUAAUAAUUUCCAAACAGGAAUAGUAUAAAUAAACCUGAUGUUUAAAAACCGAAUGCAUAUGGCUCAUAAAGUAUUGCAGAGCACACAAAAAAUGUCAGUAAAACUGAGCCGUUAAAAUAACAAGCUGCAACCAACCCAAAUGAAUUUUGGCUCUUUAUUUCCCUUGGUGGUCUUGUGAAGGCUACUUGGCAGCAAUAAUAAUAAUAAUAAUAAUAAUAAUAAUAAUAAUAAUAAUAAUUGUAACUCAGUAGAUUAUAAACGAGAGGUUAGAUGAGCAAAUCACAAAAGAGCAUCGUCUGCAAAUAUAGUAAUUCAGAAUAUUAUGACCUGAUUAAAGUAAUUUUAAAAUCCAAUAAAAAUGGCAUGAGGAAGACCAUUGUUGCUUUUCCUGUCUCUUGAUCAGGAAGAAGGUUUCUCCAAGGUGAGGCUAGUCCAUUGCACUCCAGGUGUGCUGAAACCCUGCCCCCUGCAAUUUCCCCAAACACAGGACACUUGACUGCAUGCGGUACUUUCCUGUGCAUAAGACCAGGUUUUUUUUUAAUUUUUAAAAAUGUUAGAAAUUGGGGGUCAUCUUACAUAGGGGAGACGUGGGAUUGGUUGCUGCCAUAACCCGGAGAUUGUCAGCAGCUAUUUGGUGUGUUAUUGGUGGCUGUGGCAAUGGCUGGUGUUGAUUUGCUGUUUUAGUUGUGUUGGGUGAUUGGUGGCUUCUGCCAGUGAGGGGACAGACAACAGAGAGCCAGUGUGGUGUAGUGGUUAAUAGCGGCGGACUCGUAAUCUGGUGAACAGGGUUCGAUUCCCUGCUCCUCCACAUGCAGCUGCUGGGUGACCUUGGGCUAGUCACACUUCUGUGAAGUCUCUCAGCCUCACUCACCUCACAGAGUGUUUGUCAUGGGGGAGGAAGGGAAAGGAGAUUGUGAGCCGCUUUGAGACUCCUUAAAGGUAAAGGUAAAGGGACCCCUGACCAUUAGGUCCAGUCAUGACCGACUCUGGGGUUGUGGCGCUCAUCUCGCUUUAUUGGCCAAGGGAGCAGGCGUACAGUUUCCAGGUCAUGUGGCCAGCAUGACUGUGCUGCUUCUGGCGAACCAGAGCAGCACACUGAAAUGCCGUUUACCUUCCCGCAAGUAUUUAUCUACUUGCACUUUGACAUGCUUUCAGACUGCUAGGUGAGCAGGAGCAGGGACCGAGCAACGGGAGCUCACCCCGUCACGGGGAUUCAAACCGCCGACCUUCUGUUCGGCAAGUCCUAGGCUCUGUGGUUUAACCCACAGCGUCAAUUUGGAGCCCCCCCAAAAUAGGGGGCGUCUUAUCCAUGGAAAAAUACGGUGAUUUGUGAAACUGCUGCUCACCAUCUCCCCUCCUUCUUCUUCUCUUCGCCUCCUGACUUGUUCCUCACAGGAUUUCCCAAUCUUGCACCUGGAUGAGAUUGUGGAUGAGCACUCCAACAUCCUGGGCUUCUCCAUGUUUAACACCAGCCAUCCUUUCUACAUGGAGUUUGUCCGCAGCCUCAACAUGUCGUGGCGGGAGAACUGUGAGCUCAGCCCUUACCCGGGGCCUGCGGUAAGUCUGGCAACUCAGAGUACAAGGGUAAUGUUGUGCAUAGGAGAAAUCCUACCAAAUUCUGUGAAGUGACUCUACUAGAAUGACCGGCCACUAGGGAUGGAAGAACAUGUCAAUUUCAUUUCUUCUGGCUUCUCGUUUUCCCAAUCUUAAAUUGGGUUCUCCACGUUUCUACAGCUAAUUUGUGACACAUUUAUUUAUUUAGAUCCUCACGAAAAUUCUUCAGAACGUUGGUGCAAAUUUCUCCUACCGCAAUACACAUUUGUGUAUGCUGUUUUGACUCCUGUACACAUUUUCUUGCAAGCAACUUCUCCUGAUAUAAUGGAUUUCUGCAUGUUAUUUUCAUGGAUAUGUUCAUUUUUUUAAGGCUCACUUUUACCUAACCUAUGAAUUUUUUUUUAUAAUUGUCCAUCUGUUGGCGGCCUCUCAAAAUUCAAAUCAGUGCUAAUUUCAAAGGAUGGCUGGGUUUCGGUUCUCCUGUUGUUUCAGAUUUGAUAGAUUCAGCUUUAAAUGUGGAGUGAAUCGAAUUUCUCCCCCAUGAAAUUAGAUUUUAGUUUGCAUUUAAAGAUUUAGUUUGCAUUUUCACAGGCUUUUCCCCUAAGGUGAACUCUGAGAAGAGUUUGGAUAUGCCUCCUCUGACGAAACUUCUGAGUGAUUUCUAGGAAAGCGAAAAUAAUUUCAAUUAAGGUUAAUUAGGUUUCUCGGUGGGGGUUUUGCCUGUCCCUAAUGCAGAAUGUUACAUUCUGAUGUUAAGAUACAUGGCUGUCCAUUUGAGAAACACAUUAAUUCCAGCCUUGCUCAGUAACUAUGACUCAUUUCAUCCACCUCCAGCUUUGCAGAGGCAGAGAUGUUUGAGCCUAGUUGCAGAAGUAAGAGUAGAACGGAGAUGAUAGGCUAGAGGCCCAGAAAGAACAUUUUGACAGCUGGAAGCGCAACCUGGCUCCCAUCUGUCAGCCAGGGAAGAAACAAUUGCAGGAGAUUUCAUUGCCCUGGCAUGCUUGGAAGAACACAUAUAAGAACUUCAUAACUGAGAACCGGAGCCUAAGUUUGCUUUUCCCCCUCCUCCUCAUCAGCCCCUUUUCCUUUUGUGCCAUGUCUUUUAGAGGGUGAGGAUUGUCUUAAGUUUUUUUGCCUGAAGAGUGUGUGUGUGGGGGGGAAUGCUUUAAAUAAUAAACUAAUAAUAAUAAUGGGAUGUGGGUGGCUCUGUGGGUUAAACCACAGAGCCUUGGACUCGCCAAUCAGAAGGUUGGUGGUUUGAAUCCCCGCGACGGGGUGAGUUCCGUUGCUCGGUCCCUGCUCCUGCCAACCUAGCAGUUCGAAAGCACGUCAAAGUGCAAGUAGAUAAAUAGGUACCGCUCCAGCAGGAAGGUAAACGGCAUUUCCGUGCGCUGCUCUGGUUCGCCAGAAGCGGCUUAGUCAUGCUGGCCACAUGACCCGGAAGCUGUACGCCAGCUCCCUCGGAUAAUAAAGCGAGAGGAGCGCCGCAACCCCAGUCGGCCAUGACUGGAUACAAUGGUCAGGGGCCCCUUUACCUUUACCUUUAAUAAUAAUAACAGGUGCCCUCACCCUCCGAGCUGCUUGAUAAUUAAACGCUGGCUGAACUGUUUGCUCCCUUUCAGCUGUCGGCGGCACUGAUGUUCGAUGCGGUGCACGUGGUGGUGAGUGCUGUGCGAGAGCUGAACCGCAGCCAGGAGAUCGGGGUCAAACCCCUGGCCUGCACCUCGUCUAACAUCUGGCAGCAUGGGACCAGCCUCAUGAACUACCUGCGCAUGGUGAGAUGUGGCUGUGCUCAUAGUGGGCAGGCUGUGUUUCCUAUAAUAUUGAGGCUCAUACACAGUAUGAAGAGGGUGAUUAAGGCCUUGUGCAGAUUAUAUUUGCCCCAGACACAAACGUUUGCCUAGGUUUGAGCCAAAAAUAAGAAUGGGAUCCAGGUUUUCCGAUAGAAAUUGUGGCCCUGUGGUGGAUUUCUCUUCUUUGCUUGUCUUUAUUCUUUUCUUUUCUUCUGACACUGCGCUCGCCAUUGGAGAUGCUUCUCUGUCUGCUUCCUCUGAGGGGGUGCAAAAGAGGGCAGUGCGAGAGUGGGCCUUCUCGGUGGUGGCUCCUUGUUUGCGAAAUGUUCUCCCCAGGGAAGUACACCUGGUGCCAACAUGGUUUACUUCUAAUUGCCUGGGUAAAACAUUUCUAUUUACCGUAGUUUUCGCUCUAUAAGAUGCACCCGACCGUAAGAUGCACCUAGUUUUUAGAGGAGAAAAACAAGAAACAAGAAAGCAAUGCAAAGCCUCUUGAGCUCAGGAGGCUUUGCGUGGCUAUCCCUGAAGCCAGGAGACCAAGAGGGAUCGGUGCGCACCAAUCCCUCUUACUCUCCUGGCUUCCGCGAAAGCUGUGCAGCCUGCAUUCGCUCCAUAAGACGCAUACACAUUUCCCCUUACUUUUUAGGAGGGGGAAAGUGCAUCUUAUAGAGCAAAAAAUACGGUACCUUGGCUUUUGAUGGUUAAUUGGGAGGGUAGUGAGUUUUCUGGCCCUUUAGGGGGUCGGAUUCGUCCUUUUAUAAAUAUUCUUGGAUGAGCAUGCUUGGGUAUUAUAAUGCAGCUGCAGAGAUAAUGAUACAUACUGCUCAACUACCCAAACUGCUCCUUGGUGGGUAGCUGAGAUUUAAUAGCCUAGUCUCUCAAAAUGGCCUACCAAACUCUUUUAUCUCCUCCUCCCAUCACUCUGUGCCCUCCUUCCUUUUCUGCUACCUGUGUGUAGCAGUCAGGUCUCCGAGGCCUUGCCUCCCUGUAACUAUUCCUGCUAUCAUUAAACAGUUCCUUCUGUAAGUAGGCCCUUUGUUUUACAAAAUCCCCCCCCCCGAGCAAUUUGGAAUGUUCACAAACAUUCCAUGAUGUCACUGCAGCCCCGGCCAAUGGAUGGGGAGGAAGGGCACACAUCAGUCGAUUGAAAGCCAGAGCUCUGGCAACUUCAUUCUCCAGGCUUCCCUACAUCACACCUCCUCAGCCAAUCUGGAGCAGGCUCAGUUUCACUUGGGACGGGGGGAAGUAAUUUAAUUUCAAAAAGUAAAUCUGCAGAUUGCAUCUUUGAUAACCUCCGUAUGUGCACACACUGCCUUAAAAUGAUGCGCAGAGAGGAACCCACAGUUCACAUAUAUUGAUGAAUCUAGGGGGGUGUAAAAAUCCAGUGCUGGCUACCUCAAGCUGGUUGUGCCCUUCACCGCAGGCUGGUCAUAUCUCACUGUCUUCCCUUCUUUUCCUGUCUCCCUCUCUGUCUUUUCUCCCUCCCAACCCCCAUUUCUGUCUCUCCAUCCCUGGCCAGGUAGAGUAUGACGGGCUGACAGGGCGUGUAGAGUUCAACAGCAAGGGCCAGAGAACCAAUUAUACCUUGCGCAUCCUGGAAAAAGCCCGCCAUGGGCACCGGGAGGUAAGUGGGGGGUUAUCCUUAAAACUGGCCUUCCCUUCCGAGUCCAGGUUCUGAGCAAAGGCAACCCAAAUCAUGCAGUUCAGAAUAUGCAUUUGUAGUUCCUCAACUGCAAAUCAUCUACUCCUGUUCGGUCAUUUCCUGUAGCCUUGAGGGGCUACAGGUUGAAGUCCGCUGUGUGCUCAUCUUGCAAGAAAGCGAAAUGAAUCGGGCCAGGUUUCCAGAUAGGAGCCCAGUUUUUUCUCAAGUUUCUACGUGCAGAAUUCUAAGGCCUCUUUUCUUCCUCCUCCUGCAACUGUUCUUCACUCUCCAGUCCUGCAGCUUCUCGGGCCUCUGACUCUGUCUCCUGGCUGUCACAGACGCCUCCAGAUCACUGCUUCCCUUCUACCAAGUCUGUCUCCAGCCCUGCUUCUCCCCCUGACGACUCCUCAGAAUCCACUCCUCAGUAUCCAGCCAGUCCCUGACACCGUUUCUAUACUGCUCUAUACUUUAAAGAACAAACCUCAAAGAGGUUCACAACACAUUAAAACAUCAAAUAGAACAAUCUGGAAUAAAACUAAUUCAAGCUUCAAGGGAGUUAUUUCAGAUCCUUCUCAAAGUGACGUUUUGCUUCUCCCAGUCGCCAGCCGGCACCCAGAGAUCUCCACACGGUUGCGAUCAAACUUGUGCCAGUCACAAAACACGCCUGGCACCUAGCUAAUUUCAAACACUGCUGAUAAAACAGUCCAGCUCAGGGGUGGGUUGGGGGCCUGGGGGCCAAAUGCAGCCUUCCGGGUCACUUGGUCUGACUCCUCAGGUGACACCCCUUUCCUCAGGCCACACCCUCCUUGGUUGAUUUUUGCCUGGCUGGAAUGUGUGAUGGAACCCCAGUAAUGCUUCUUAUGCGCCUGAACUGAGGACAAGGGAAGUAUGGCUGUGCAUUCAUUGCUCCGCCCACCUGUCCUUCUAGCCUCGCCCACCCUGGCAUCUCUGGGAAGUUUCCCUGAAGGUGUGAUGGCCUGGGACUUGGGCUCAGACUCGGAACCGGAGGAGUCUCAGUCCGCACCAGAUCCUCUGCCUCAGGCGGCAUCUGAACCGAGUCUGGGGCCUGAUUCUGAAGAGCCCCAGUCUGCACAGGUUCCCUUGCAACAAGCACCGGCUGGGCCGAGUCAGGGGCCUGAGCCUGCCCUGGCUCCAGAUACGGGGAUUACCUCGUUGCCUUCAGCUGGGCAAUCACUUACAGCUGCCUCACUACCAGUUGGGUCAGGAGAGGCUGAGGCGGCCUCUGGGUCUAGUAACCCACCGACACCUCCCGAGCUGCAGAGACUCAGGUCUGAGAGAAGGAGAGACCUGAGUACUUGCAGGAGGAGUGCUCGCCUUCGGGUGAGACAGGGAGGUGAGUCACCGGGGGUCAGGACCGGCCAUUACCCUGACAGAGAUAAAAGGCAGUCAGACCCCGCCCCAGGUUGCAGGAGCAACAUUGCUGCUGGAACCUGCCUGAGACCCUGUGCCUGACCUAGCCAGGUUUCCUGCCUUGUGACUUGCCUUGGCCUUGUUGGACUGACUCCUCGCGGAAUCCUUGGAUUCGGGACCAGACCUGGACCACGUUGCUUGGGUUUACCCCCGGGGCCCAGCACAGAAGGGAAGGCAGCCUUGAGCUGGAAAAGCUUCCCCUUGCCUCUUCUAGUGAGACCCUCUAACACACUUCCUCUUAUUUGCAGAUCGGGGUGUGGUACUCGAACAGGACUCUUGCCAUGAACGCCACAACGCUGGACAUCAACAUCUCAGAGAGCCUUGCCAACAAGAAUCUGACGGUCACCACCAUCUUAGUAAGCUCGCUGCCCGCCUUUGCCGGGCUUUGUUAAGGGAGGGGAGUGUGGGUUCCCUUGGCCUUUAAUAUCAAAUUCAGGUUGAGAGUCUUCUGGGCUUGACAGACGGUGAGUUUGUACGUGGGACGCAAGUGACCAGAUCCAGAGCACUGAGCUCCUCAACUUGUAUCGGGGAGUGAAUUUUCGCAAACUCGGUUUGUCACGCAAGAGGGAGGAGCGCAACCCCUGCUGAGAUUCCUCCACUUUGGCACGGCUAUCAAAGCUGCCCUGGCACAGCUCACUGAUCAGAAGGCAUAGAGCAGCCCGAUGACAGGGAGCCUAAUGAUCUGUCAGUCUGCUCCAGCUUUAAUCCCGGCAACCCUGCAUGCCAUAUAUUGUAGUCACACACAUAAUAUGGGACGCGGGUGGCGCUGUGGGUUAAACCACAGAGCCUAGGACUUGUCGAUCAGAAGGUCGGCGGUUUGAAUCCCCGCGACAGGGUGAGCUCCCAUUGCUCAGUCCCUGCUCUUGCCAACCUAGCAGUUCGUAAGCACGUCAAAGUGCAAGUAGAUAAAUAGGUACUGCUCCGGCGGGAAGGUAAACAGCGUUUCCGUGCGCUGCUCUGGUUCGCCAGAAGCGGCUUAGUCAUGCUGGCCCCAUGACCCGGAAGCUGUAUGCCAGCUCCCUCGGCCAAUAAAGCGAGAUGAGCGCCGCAACCCCCGUGUCGGCCAUGACUGGACCUAAUGGUCAGGGGUCCCUUUACCUUUUACACAUAAUACACCCCUUCUGUGCAGUAGUCUUAUGCCGGAAGCAAAACAGGAGGAGUAUGGAGUCCCUUGUGGGCUGCCCUACACGGCUCAUGGUGCAUUGCCAGUGUCAUCCUCUGCUGGACUCCAGCUCCCAUCAUCCACAUCUAUUCCGCAUGCUAGCAGGAACUGAUGGGAGUUGUAGUCCAACAACACUGGGAAGGCACUGUGUAUUGGCCAGCUCCGUUGAGCGACAUUUUGGCUUGAUUGGUCCCAAUUCUUGCGAGGUUGGGAUUAAAGGUCUAAAGGACCUGUUCUCCUGUACACCUGGUCUGCGGCAAGAGGAGCCCAUGGGGCACCUUCCAGAUGCCAUUGGACUUCAGCCCCAGCCAGCAUGGCCUGUGGUCAGGGCUGAUGGAGCCCACAGCAUUGGCUGCCCUUGGUCUAAGGAGAAGACAUGAUCAAAAGAUUAUUACACUGGAACUCAUAGCAAUUGAGUGUAAGCCGAUUGAUUCAGGAUUGGUGUGAUCUGAACUAGUGCAGUUUGGCGCUGAGUAGAGGUUUUUUGUGGGGGGAGGUGAAUGCCUCCCUUUUAUUAUCUUUCUUUUCGUUUUUUAACAAGCGCUUCCUUGCUGUGUAGAGCUCCUCAGGGUGUCUGGCUGCCAUUCUCCUCCUCACAGAAGGCGCUGAGACAGAGCUAUGGCUGCGGUCAACACGUAGCGCAGCCCCAGUGCCUUGUGGGAGGAGAAUAAAGUGCUUUGUGGAGAAUGUGAGAGCGGGGCUUUGUUUCGUUUCGUUUGAAGAAGGCAGGGGAAGGCGACUGCUUCACCAACCUGCGUAGUUUCCCCCUCUCCUCCUCCUGAAAAGAAAUAAGCCAACAUUUCUCUCCUCUGUAGAGGGCUAUUCUGACUUAGCUGUAGAUGUAGACUGACAAAAGUUUCGGAAUACGCCACAUGAUUAACCUGAGGAAUUCACUGCCACAAGAUGUGCCGGUGGCCCGCAGUGGAGGGCGAAAAGGGGCAUUGCCCACAACCUCGGUCUGCCCUCACCCAGCCCUCCACCCACUCCUGGGUGACACAGCCUGCCAUCAGUUGAGUCAGUUGCGAGGAGUGAGAAAUGUCCUUAUUUUCAUCUGAGGAAUGUCGGAGGGUAUGAAACCUCCUUGCAAACUUUCUUCUAGAGCUUAUUCCCUAACGCAAGGGGCUGUUACUCACUGUCUCCCUGUCCCCUCUUACAGGAAAACCCCUACGUGAUGCGCCGUGCAAACUUCCAGGAGCUGUCCGGCACAGAGCAGUACGAGGGCUUCUGCGUAGACAUGCUCCACGAACUCGCCGACAUCCUUAAAUUUCGCUUCCAGAUUAAGCUGGUGGACGACGGGCUCUAUGGGGCUCCCGAGCCAAAUGGAUCUUGGACUGGCAUGGUGGGAGAGCUCAUUAAUAGGGUACGGCUCCUUGGGGUGGAACCCAGUGGGGUCUCUUUCUCCCAGACCUUUUCCUGAAGACCCACAACCCCCUUAUCUCUCGGUAGUAUAUCAUCUGACAGGGAAUCUCCUGUCGGAACCAGAAGCACGAAAGUGUGGGCUGCUGAAAGAGGACAAGCGCAUGUGAGCAUGUACAGCAUGCCCUUCUUCUGCAGGGCACCAUGACUGCCCUAUCACUGUCUUUCUGGUUCCUCCGAAAGCUCUGGCCCUAGCACUGCUUCUUUGGUUCUUUGCCCUCAGAUGAAGGCCUGUCUAGACACAGAACAAAAUGUGAUAGGUGACAGGGGAUCAGAUUUUUUUAAUGCACCUGCGUUCCUGUACUUGCUCCCUGCAAGUAGAAAGCUAGCAUCACAGGAACUGGGCUCGGCUAAAAUAUUUUCCUAGCUUUUUUCUUGCAGGGAUGGCUUUGUUCUGUUUGUUCGCAUGAAAGAGUGCUCAGGAAUGGCAUCCCCGCAACUGAAGUCUGAAGCUGUAAAACCACUCUGUCACCUCACAUUGCUGCAUGUGUUGACCGAAGGCUUUCCCACAGCUUUCCUUCAGGGAAAACCACUCUUUAGCGCUGAAUUGGAGCAAACUGCAACCGGGUUUUCUGGGGAUUGCCGUUUGUUCCGAUUUACAGCUAAAGAGCGGGUUUAUCCCUGGGAAAGGAGUGAGACGGGGGUGGCAGGAACCUCUCGUUGCUUUCAAAGCACAUGACAAGCAGAAGUGUGGACAAGCCCCCAGGCACAGGCCCGGUCUUAUUUGUGGAGAUAAUGAAUGAGCAACGGGUACUUCAUUCUUUUUCCAGGGCUACAAAAGAUAGUGCGAUUAAAAUGGACAAUAAUGCACUAUGGAAAGAACUGCUAUCAGUUGUGGUUCUGGAGUCUCCAACCAGAGGGUGAUUCUGAGACCUCUGGCUGCUAGUUGAGUGUUUGCUACCACCAGUCCACAAGGGCAGGGAUAGCUAAUGUGGGUCCUCCCAGUUGUUGCUAGACUCCAGGGCCCAUCAGCUUCAGCCGGCAUGGUCAAAGGUCUGGGCUGAUGGGAGUUGUAGUCUGGCAACAUUUAGAGAGCAUCACAUUGGCCCCCCAUAUACGAGGGCAGCGUUUCUCCAAACUUGGGUCUGUAGCUGUUUUUGGACCACGACUCCCAUCAUCCCUAGCUAGCAGGACCAGUGGUCAGGGAUGAUGGGGACUGUAGUCCAAAAACACUAAGUUGGAGAAACCAAUUACUGGGGGACAUAUUUAUACAUUAAAUGUGCAUUCAGCGUGGGAAUUUUUUUUCUAACCACGUGGUUGGAAACCUCGGGAUGCAAUAAAUGUGCAAAAUCACCCUGAUUUUCUGCUGCAUGAGCAAGCAACUCUAUAAAGUUGCUGGAAGUUUGCUGCCACAAAUCAGCCUGUGAAAUUCAGCGCCCCUCUCUGCCCACCCUCCCUGACCACUAGCUUGGCCUUUCUGGAUCUCUGACACGCUGUUCCCUGCCACCUCCUUUCCUGCUUGCAAAAUGUCGUUGCCAAAGUGAUCUUUCCCUUGCUCUGAGCAUUUAGAAUGGCUGGCGGGUGGAGGGGGAAGAGGAAGAGAAGGCACCGCUCCUUUGCUCCUGCUCCCACCCAGAAGAGGGCGCAUGGCGGUGGGUUGGGCCAUGCAAUUCUCUGAGUGACAGGCAGGGGUCACUGUGCUUUGCUCCGCAGAAAGCUGACCUGGCCGUGGCUGCGUUCACCAUCACGGCCGAGCGGGAGAAGGUCAUCGACUUUUCCAAGCCUUUUAUGACCCUGGGGAUCAGCAUCUUGUACCGGGUUCACAUGGUAUGUGCGCUUUUGUCUUGUGGGACUGGGAGGAGGGGGGCCACGGCUGAGAGUUGAGCAAAUGGGCCGGUGAACCUAAGGGCAGAACAGUGUGGCUGUUGAGUCUCAUUUCACAAACAACCCAGUACGGUGGUACCUUGGUUGUCAAACGCCUUGGUACUCAAACAACUUGGAACCCAAACACUGCAAACCUGGAAGUAAGCGUUCUGGUUUGCGAAGUGUUUUCGGUAGCCGGAUGUGCUCCGUUAGAGUCUUAUGCUGAGGUCUGUCUGUUUUUGCCAUUUAUCCUUUGUUUUUGUUUUUGCAGCUCUUUGUUUUUUGUUAUUGUGACUGUGUGGAAUCCAGUUCAGCUACUGAUUGAUUGACUGUGUGACUGCAGUACAUUGUUUAUUGCUUUCAUUUUAUGGAUCAGUGGUCUCGUUAGAGAGUAAAAUUCAUGUUAAAUUGCUGUUUUAGGGGUUGUGUUUAAAAGUCUGGAACAGAUUAAUCCGUUUUGCAUUACUUUCUCUGGGAAAGCGUGCCUUGGUUUUGGAACACUUUGGUUUUGGAACGGAUUAAGUUUGAGAACCAAGGUACCACUGUACCUAUUCUGAGACUUUAGACAGCCUCACAAUUAUAGGUGGGAGUUUUGACCCCUGUGGGUGAUGUUCUUCAGCCUUCUUAAAGCAGUUCUUUAUCAUGGGAAACUCUGGUUAAAGGAACGCUCCAUCUUCUCCUCCAUUCCGAUAACGGUGCAAAGUUGUGCUGUGGUUUCACACCAUCCCACGACUCUUCUCUCCUGUCUUCAGUUUGGGAAGGCAGCAAAAACGACAACUUUUAUCACAUUGCAAGGUUGUCAAAACAAGGUCUCCUUGGCUGCAUUCAGCUUGAUGGAUCGCAAAGUGUGCAGCGGGGCUAAUAUAAGCAACGGUGCUGGAAUUGCACCAACGAUACCCUUGUUCCAAUCCCUCGUUGCAGCCUCGAAAUUCAUUGAGUGACUUCAGGUUGGCCAGUAUCUCUCGGCCUCACAAGGCCGUUGUGAGAAUAAAAUGGGGCGUGAGGAGCGAAGCCACGUCCUCUGCCUUGAGCUCAUUAGAGGAACAUUAUCCUAACAAAUACCCUGUUAUUUGCGAAAGACCUUUAAAUGGAGCAAGGGAGCGUAGCUGCAAUUGCCCCGGGUUUGUCAUGAAUCAGCAGAAACCAAGGUACCAGCCCUGAGUCAACAACCUCUGAAACAGCCUCCAGAAUCCCCGAUAUAAUGACAACAACAAGCCGGUUUCCUUCAAGGCGCAUUAGAGCGAAGAGAACGGCAUUAAAGCUAAUUGUGAAGCUCCAUUAUCUCUGCAGUUAGCAGAGUUGACCCGUUAAGUCUGCUUUCAGGAGCACUGCAAGCAAUGCUGGCUCUGCGUCCGUGGAGGCAGCUUUUAAUUGGAAUGCACCACGGCAGUUUGCUAGCCCACAUGAAACAGCCCAGUCUUCCUACCUUGUUGUUGUUUAGUCGUUUAGUUGUGUCCGACUCUUCGUGACCCCAUGGACCAGAGCACGCCAGGCACUCCUGUCUUCCAUUGCCUCCCUCAGUUUGGUCAAACUCAUGCUGGUAGCUUCGAUAACACUAUCCAACCAUCUCGUCCUCUGUCGUCCCCUUCUCCUUGUGCCCUCCAUCUUUCCCUACAAAAGGGUCUUUUCCAGGGAGUCUUCUCUUCUCAUGAGGUAGCCAAAGUAUUGGAGCCUCAGCUUCAGGAUCUUUCCUUCCAGUGAGCACUCAGGGCUGAUUUCCUUCAGAAUGGAUAGGUUUGAUCUUCUUGCAGUCCAUGGGACUCUCAAAGAGUCUCCUCCAGCACUAUAAUUCAAAAGCAUCAAUUCUUUGGAGAUCAGCCUUCUUUAUGGUCCAGCUCUCACUUCCUACCUUAGGGAUAGGCAAAGUUUAGGCUGGUCCAUUGGGGCACAUUGACACACCAACCUUCGUCUACCUCCAGCCAGCCCUGACCUACCUGCCUCUUUUCUUGCAACCAGUCAGAGAUGGUGCUGGUUGUCAGCUUCCUUCCCCUUAGUCUCAGCGUUGCCCUUGUAGAACGCAGCAGCAGCAGCAGCAGGGAGGAAGAUGGGGACAAAACUAGAAGUGGCUCUGUCAUUGGCUCUGGCGCCACCUGCUGUUGGUCUCCCUGUGUUCUGCCCUACCAGUCGCAAUGCACACCAGCCACCACUGGGGAUAGGCAAGGUUUAGGCUGGGCUGAAUAUAGGGAAUAUUUGUUGGAAGCCACCCAGAGUGGCUAGGCCCUCAGGGCUCAGCAAACUUUUUCAGCAGGGGGCCGGUCCACUGUCCCUCAGACCUUGUGGGGGGCCAGGCUAUAUUUUUUUUGGAGGGGGGAAAUGAAUGAAUUCCUCUGCCCCACAAAUAACCCAGAGCUGCAUUUUAAAUAAAAGCACACAUUCUACUCAUGUAAAAACACCAGGCAGGCCCCACAAAUAACCAAGAGAUGCAUUUUAAAUAAAAGGGCACAUUCUACUCAUGUAAAAACGCUGAUUCCCGGACCGUCUGCAGGCCAGAUUUAGGUGAUUGGGCCAGAUCCGGCCCCUAGGCCUUAGUUUGCCUACCCAUGGGCUAGGGCAAUCCAGUCAGAUGGGUGAGGUACAAAUAAAACAAAUUAUUGAUAUUCAUGGUGAUUCAGUGCUCCUGCUACUACUUUUUUUACAGGGACGCAAACCAGGGUAUUUCUCCUUCCUGGAUCCUUUCUCCCCGGCUGUUUGGCUUUUCAUGCUCCUGGCCUAUCUCGCUGUCAGCUGCGUCCUCUUCCUAGCUGCCAGGUUAGUGCCCUCUAUCCUGGAGCCAUACUCAGGCACUACUAGGGAUGGGCCUAUGGGGCAUGGCCUCCCAGUGGUGUAGCUGGCUGCUUGGGCGCCCGGGCUGAGCCAUCCAUGGGGGCGGGGCGAGCUGGGAAGGUCAUUCUGGGCGGAGCCUGCAGGGUGGCUGAGGGGGAGGCGCGUGGCAGACGCAAGCCCCACGUCACCCGAAAAGGAGAGAUGUAUGGCUUGGGCAAGUUGCAGGCCCUGUGGUAACUGCCACCCCCUGGGUGAGUGGCACCCAUUGUGACCCCCCUCCCAGCUCCGCUGCUGUGGCCUCCCCCACAAAAAAAAUUCUAAGUGCCCCUAGUGUUUCUAGGUGGGUAAUGAAUCCAGCAGAAGUCUGUGCUUCUGUGUGUUCUCCAUGUUACUGGGAUAUUAAUUUGAGAGAAUAACUUGAAAUUACUCUCUAAAGAGUCUAUUUGGGGGUGUUGAAUUGUGUAACUGAAGGGAAAGUGAAUUGGGUUGGAGCAGGAGGUUAACGGGGGAUAACUGAGCCAAAGAAGUUUGGGGUGAUCUGGGAUGUGGUACAAAUUAACCGAGUAUUUUUUGGAAGUGGGGAUUUGGUUGGGAAAUUAGUCGGCUUGCAUUCUGUUGCAUUAAAAUUCUGAAACUGCAUCCACACAUAUAAAUUAGCAUCUGCCAAUUUUUGCUUAUGGGCUUUUAAGAACCUAACCAAACAUCCUUGUUGCAUUGUGUGUUGCAAUGCACCCUGAAGCCGAGGUGGUCAGGCGUCUGUAUUCUUUCUCGGGGGAGGUAGAUUUAGUCACACAAAUUGAGCUCUGCAUAAAGUCACGACCGCCUGUCAGCAGGUACUCAGACAUAAUGGUAUGUGCAGAUAUGUACAUUCACACAUACACAUUGCACAGAAAGAGCAAGGCAGAGGAGUCACCUUGAAGUAUGUAAUAUUUCAGUUUCUUACAACAUUCCUUCCACCAUAUUCCAAAUAAAAUUGGGGAGGGCUGCCAGGGACCGGAGGAAAUUGCUUUGAGUGUUGCAUCUGAUUCAGAGGCUGCCUGCUAGCCAUUCCAGGCUAGGUUUCUUCCACAUGUUAUGCUUGGGGAAAGGACCGUAGUUCAGUGGAAGAGUGCCUAAUCUACAUGCAGUAGACUCCAGGUUCAGUCCCUGGCAGCAACUUCAGGUCAAAAAAGGGAUCAGGUAGCUGACGAUGUCAAAGAUCUCUAGCACAGAGGCCUGCUGCAAGCCAGAGCGGUUUGCACUGGGCUAAACGGACUAAAAGUUGUGUGCCGUCUUUAAGGCAGCUCUUGUUUUCUUUGCUGCAGCAGAUUGUGGGAAAUGUCACUGCUCAAAUCCUGUGAUGGAUGUUCGUGGCUGCAGCCAUUUAGGGCGAGAUCUGAAAUGUCACUUUGAAACUGGUUCAUCUUUCAUGCUUUCCUGUAAUUAAAUUGGUAGUUUAGUGAAGGUGCGGAGACUACCCCCUAAGACCCUGAGCCUAAAUAUGUUUACAUAGAAGUAAGCCAGCUCCUCUCCUCUCUUGCUUUUCUCUUUUCUCUCUUAUUUUCUUUUCUUUUCACAGGCUGAGCCCUUAUGAAUGGUACAACCCCCAUCCUUGCCUGCGCGAGCGGCACAACAUAUUGGAAAACCAGUACACGCUUGGCAACAGCCUCUGGUUCCCAGUUGGCGGCUUCAUGCAACAGGGGUCAGAGAUCAUGCCUCGGGCCCUCUCUACUCGCUGUGUCAGUGGGGUCUGGUGAGCAUCCGUGGGGCAUGUGCCUGACAGGUUUGGAGAAAGGCGCCUCUGUGGAGUUGGGGUCCGUAGCAGGAGGGGUGACCAGCUAUGGGGUAUAUUCAAAUCUGGAAAAUUCCAGACACCACCUCAUCUCCCAGCUGCCUAGUAGCAUUCUGCUGCCGUUUAAACAACUGAAAUAUAUUAAAUAUUUUUUUUCCCAGGUGCCUCUUAAACAUUUGGUGGUGGCUUCUAGGAAUUUGGAUUUUUAAAAUGGGAUAGUGGUUACGUUUUGAUUAAUCUACCAAGUUUUAGUUGAUUAAUUGGGGGGGCAUUUUUGGUGACGACAACAUUUGAAGGGCACAUCUGUUUAUCUGUGAAGGCUGAUUUGGUUUUUGCAUGUUACUGCAGCAGAGAAUGAAAAAAAAAAUAAAGGAGGCAAUUCCUUCUGAAAGCGAAACUGCCGUUUGUGUUUACCGAAUUGUAGGGGGUCACACUUCAUUCAGUGUCUUACAUCAGAGUUUGGAUGAUAUCUAAUGUUAAUUGAUCCAUUGUUUAAAAAGCAGAUUCUAGAAUUCUAGAAAUUCUUUAGCCAAUUGGCAGUGUGGAUUUAUAAUCUAAAUCAAUGUUUGGGCCCACUCAAACCUUUUCGGCACCUUACCCAAAUGUUGCUUAGCCUACUCUACAAAGAUAUAAAACAGAAUUUACUAAAAAGUCUUAAUCUGAGCAACGUAAUGGAACAGACCUUUUCACCUCAGUGUAUGUGACUAGGACAUGUUAAAUUAACAAGGAUAAUGUUGGUUUGUGUCAAAUGAGGACACGACCUUCUCUCUAGGCUAAAAGCUAACAGCAUAUCUUCAGUGGGUAUUGUUGAGGACUUAAAUAAGCAUCAAUGCUUAGGUGAGUGUUGAUGAAUUUUAAUGGCUGGUAUCUGCUAGCUACUAGGGACACUCCCAUCUGUUUUGCUGAGGGCUGGGGAGAAAUAUUUUAGCAGUUGGCAUGCAGCCAGAGAAGGAGAAAGACGAUCAAGGUUUUUCUUAAAAAACUGUCUGGCAGGCAAGAAGUGGCUUUUUUUUCCUUUAAAGGGUAGCUUUACCCAUUUGGGAGUUUGCUUGCUCCUUUGUUCUCAACCUGGAUAUUUGUAAAGUUAACUGCUAUCGCAAAGGGUUGCUACCACCCUCUCCUCAGAAGGAUUUGGGCCCUGUGAGCUUCCGACUGAGAAAUGGUGGCAAUGUGAAUUCUGAUUUGCUGGUAAGGAGCCUAGGCGAUGUUACACCAAAGCAACACCCUAUCGCUUUCCUUAUUGCAAAGAAGUCCAGUCUUUCGGGGAAGCCCUCCCAAUCUGCUGCAUAAAUAUGCAACCUGAGUUGGCCUGUGAUUAGAUGCCAUCCGAAAAUAGCUGCAGCCUGGAAGCAUCAAGACAUUAGAUCUUGAAACCCGAAGGGAUCUCAUUAGCUAGGAAGUUUUCCUCUGCUUCUGCAGGAUAAGUGGAAAGGCGCUUUUAUGCAUGCCCAGAAUGCCCUUCCCCGAGAGCCAGUGUGGCGUAGUGGUUAGAUGGCAGCACUAUGACCUGGGAGUAAAAAGGUAAAGGGACCCCUGACUAUUAGGUCCAGUCAUGACCGACUCUGGGGUUGCGGCGCUCAUCUCGCUUUAUUGGCCAAGGGAGCCGGCGUACAGCUUCCGGGUCAUGUGGCCAGCAUAACUAAGCUGCUUCUGGCAAACCAGAGCAGUGCACGGAAACGCCGUUUACCUUCCCGCCUGAGCAGUACCUAUUUAUCUACUUGCACUUUGACGUGCUUUCAAACUGCUAGGUUGGCAGGAGCAGGGACCGAGCAAUGGGAACUCACUCCGUCGCGGGGAUUUGAACCGCCGACCUUCUGAUCGGCAAGUCCUAGGCUCUGUGGUUUAAUCCACAGCGCCACCCGCGUCCCUAUGACCUGCGAGAGGAGGGUUCAAAUCCACACUCAGCCACCAAGCUCACUGGGUGACCUUGGGCCUCUCACUUUCUCUUAGCCCAACCUACUCCACAGGGCUGUUGUGAGGAUAAAAUGGAUGCUGUUUUUUUGGGGGGGGUGAGCUAUAAAUCAAACGCAUAGAAAUGCAUACAUUGGCCCCCCCAAAUGGCUUUUGUUUUUUGGUACUGAAAAUUGCGUGUGAAUUUUUUUUUUUAAUGAUAUUUAUUAAAAUUUCAAAAACAAAAAAUUACAUAGUUAAAGAGAAAAGAAACAAGAAACAAGGGAAAAUAUAUAAAAAAAAGAAAGAGAAAAAACAUACAAAAUACAGAAAAAUAAAAUAAAAAAACACUUAAAAACAAAUUAAUCCUUCUGUAUCUUACAUUUCAUUUCCUUGCUUCCCUGACCUCCUCUCACCUCCCUUUUUUGUAUUCCAGUUCAAUUGGUUAAUUCAGCAAUUCCUUUCCCUCUUUGUUUAUGUCUUAGUCCUUUAACUUAAUAUAUUAUAACUUUAGAUUCUCACCUAUUAACCAUCCAUUUUUACAUACACCUUUAUGACAUUGCUGCUAGAACCACUUAAUUUCAUUCUGACAUCAUUCUAACAUUCAUUAAUUUUACAAUAUUUCUGUAAAUAGUCUUUAAAUUUCUUCCAAUUUUCUUCCACCGACUCUUCUCCCUGGUCUCGGAUUCUGCCGGUCAUUUCUGCCAAUUCCAUAUAGUCCAUCACCUUCAUCUACCAUUCUUCCAGAGUGGGUAGAUCUUGUGUCUUCCAAUACUUUGCACUAAGUAUUCUUGCUGCUGUUGUGGCAUAGAAAAUUGCGUGUGAAUUUUGUUCUUGUUGCUGCAGGUGGGCAUUCACCUUGAUCAUCAUCUCCUCUUACACGGCCAACCUUGCUGCCUUCCUCACCGUGCAGAGGAUGGAGGUGCCCAUUGAGUCGGCGGACGACUUGGCUGACCAGACCAACAUUGAAUAUGGCACCAUCCACGCGGGCUCCACAAUGACCUUCUUCCAAGUGAGAGAGACGCGCUCGUCAGCUAUAUGGCUGGGCUGACACCCAGUUCCCUCCCGCAACUGUCAUUCAUCCGUCCACGGUCACCGAGCAUUCUCAGUCAUCGUCGGGCUGUUUUUAAGUUUUCCCCCUUCUAACAAUGUUUAUGCGCUUCUGUAAACCGCGGGGGUUUUCCUGAGCCGGCUGCUGCCUUCCUCUCACGGAUGGGUGGUGCUGUUUUAGCUGCAAAAGGCAUUGGCACCCAGCCCUGAAGUUGGCAGAUACGGGUCUUUGAUUUGAAUUGGGGGAAAUAACGUAGCUGUGUUUUGAUCAUGUCCGCUUAGCUACUCUGUCCCAAGUUUUGCUGUUGUUCGUCUUGAUAGCUAAAGCCCAGAACCUCUUUAUUCAGAGAUGGGAAAACUCUUAAAUGCCUGCUUCCAGGGGUGGCAAUCCCCACCAUGACCUCUCUGUGAACUUUUUGGGAUCACCUGCUUGGCCCUGGUUGGAUUACAUGCUCCUUUUCUGUGAAUCACAGAGACAAUCUGUGCAUCCUUAGGAGCAGGAUAAUAGAAUCCUGCUGGCCUUCCCUUCGGCUUACGGGGGAGUCCAGGCCUAACACGACAUUCUCCAUGCUUAAUAGGAAUGAGUCCAAAAGGAAAAGGGGGGGGGGAGAAUUCCCAUGGACAAUUCCUUGAGUGUAGUUCCCAUUUAACUCAGCAGUUAAACAAAGACAUGUAUUAAGAUUGCGCUGUAAAUCUGAACCAGUACUCAAAAGGAGUGCAGUUCUAGAAACUGCUCCAACCUCUGCACAACCUCUGUGGGUUGGGCUUCCAGGGCAGUAGCUUUUGUUCACAGCACAAUAUAUAUAUAUUUUGCAAAUAUAACAAGGGGCAAAGGAGAGCAGGUCCUUUCAGGACUCCCCUAUUCCUGCGGCUGCAAAAUGUUUUUAAUUCUGAAUUUCAAAUUGUUGCAAGCCUGAAACCUUCUGGUGAAGGGCGGGUACCGUAUUUUUCGCCCCAUAGGACGCACCUAGUUUUUUGGGGGGGGAAAUAAAGAAAAAAAAUUAUUUCCCCCCCAGGCACGGGGCUGGCGCGGGGGAAGCCCGAGCUUCCCCCGACCCCAGCCCCCAGAACAGCCUGCUAUCCGGAGGUCUAGGGAGCUGCGCCAGUCUCCCCAGGCUUGCGGAGAGCUGCGCAAAGCCCGGGCACGCUCUUCAGCAAGCCCCAGGCUUCGGAAUGCAGGCAGCUCUGCGCAACCUUUGGGAGCCCGGCGCGACUUUGUGUCGGGCUCUGGAGGGUUGCGCGGAGCUGCGCCAAGCCCGGGAAUGCAGGCAGCUCUGCGCAACCUUCGGGAGGUUCUGGAGGGUUGCGCGGAGCUGUGCGAAGCCCGGGAGUGCAGGCAGCUCUGCGCAACCCUCUGGAGCCCGGCGCAAAGCCGCCCCGGACUCUGGAGGGUUGCGUGGAGCUGCGCGAAGCCCGGGAGUGCAGGCAGCUCUGCGCAGCCAUCGGGAGGCGGGCGCGAAGUGGCGCGGGCUCCUGAGGGUUGCACAGAGCUUCCUGAAGCCUGGAGAGCGAGAGGGGUUGGUGCGCACCGACCCCUCUCGCUCUCCAGGCUUCAGCAAAAGCCUGUAUUCGCCCCAGAGGACGCACACGCAUUUCUCCUUCAUUUUUGGCGGGAGAAAAGUGCAUCCUAUAGGGCGAAAAAUACGGUAAUUAAUAGUAAUAGUAGUAGUAAUAAUAAUGAUAAAUUUGUGUAAAAUGAUUUUUGUUUUGUUUUGUCUACUAGUGCAGCUUCCCCUUGCCACGCAACACAAGCUGUUCCCUUUCAAAAUACCCCUUUCUGAACCAAUAUAGGGCCCUGUUCUCUCUCGCACCUGAAAACAUUAUGUGAAGAGUGGCCUUCAUUUCUUUUCAUUCUCCCGACUUCCUGAGUACCUUUUAAAAUACCUUCUUGAAAUUCUUCCGAGUGGUGGGGAGGAAAAGAUCUCCACAAAACCACUUUAAUUACUGGGUGGAUAGCUGAGAUGACCUUCAGCUGUCUCUUUAACUAUCCCAAAUGUUCUCAUACAUAUAAACGCCCAACAUCAAGCCCAGACUUCUGUCUCUUGGGACUUGGGCAGUGUCCUAGCCCUGGCUAGCUUUUUCUCUGAUAUUGCGCUGGGCUGAAGAACUGUUCCCUCUGAAAAUAUAUUCAAAGCUGAUGUCCCUCAGGGCCAGCGGGGGCACAGGAUCUGACAUAUCAGUCCGAGUGCCCCCCUCACUACUAAUCAUAGUAUUGGGGUAUUAGAGGGGGGAGAGAGAGAAGGUCAAGGCUGGAGGUUCCCAUGGCAACAGUAGCCAAGGCGGCAGUGACCAGUCUAUUGUCAUUUUUGGGGGGGGGGUCUAAUUCUAUCCUUCUCUUGGUUGCUCUGGCAACCUGUCUCCACAGUAACAGCAGUCUCUGCUCCGGGAGACAUUAAUGAAGGGAAAUCAAUCAACAAACAAGGUGGCAGGCCGGAUGGCGGAAAGGAAAACCUACAGUUUUGCCUUUCAGCCAGGGCCCUGCAAAUUCCUUUCCAUCCUGAGUCCCAAAGCUGUCUCCUCCUCAUGUGUUGCCCUUGUCAGGUCUGAGGACCAGCUCACUGCAUCCUGCCACUUCACAAUCACAUGGCAAAAUAGUUUUUAGUGUGGAAUCCAGUUCCGCCUUCCUAUGUUUCUAUGACCUCAGGUUUUUCUUAUAGUUGAAGUUGAUUCGUUAGUCGCCUUCUAAGAACACCGUCUCUCGUGACGAUUUGCACUGGCGAUAGUUGACGACAAAGAAUAACGCAUUUAAAGCAAGGCUAAAACCCCAGCGAGUGCACACUUGUGGCAAAGACCCAUUGAUUCAUCUGAGAAAGCUUAUCGGAACAAAAAUGUUUUUGACUGUUUCCGGAAAGUGCAGAUAAGUGACCGCCUGUCAUCUUGGCAGGAAUGCCGUUCUGUAGAACAGGGACAGCCCUUCUCCAGGUUACUGCAGAAGAGGCUUCUGAGAUCUUUGCAACUUGCAGGAGAAACCUGACCACAAUAAUGUACUAGGUGUGCAAGGGCUGUAACCCCCCAGACAUACACAAAAAUGGCAGGCUACCCAGAUAAUUCCCUUUGUAGUGCUAAACUUGGGCAGCCCACUGCGUUAUCAGUUUGGAAGCAAAGCAUCCAAUAAUUCAACAUAAAAUUGUGACUUGCUCAAGUGCAUUGCCUGGGCAGUUUCUGAUUUAUUUAUUUUUUAAUGUUCGCCACCAUCUCUCGCCACACCGCUUGCUUCUGUCUGCUCGUCGCCUGAGAACAACCUAGUCUUUUUAUUUCCACUACUUGUUGCUGAAAGCAGUAAUUUGAAUAUAUAUAUAUAUAUAUAUAUAUAUAUAUAUAUAUAUAUAUAAAGCUGGGCGGGGGCCCCAACCAGGGACUGGCUGCCUUUUUGUUUGAGUUUAUUCUAUUUCCUUCUAGCAAGUUGAGUUUAUUCUAUUUCAUUCAUUCAUUAUUUCAUUCUAGCAAGACUUCCAUCCUCUGCAGCGUGUCAGUGAACUGUGUGCUUGGAAUAUUGAAAUUAAUACAAGUGAGGCCUAAAUUUAAAAUUCCCGCUCAGCCACAAAGCUUUCUGAGUGACCUUGGGUCAAUUGCUAUCUUUCAGCCUAGCCUACCCAACAGGGUUGUUGGGAAGAUAAAAUGGGGAGAGUGAGAGAAACUUGCAGGCUGCCCUGAUAUCUUUUGGAUAAAAAUGUAAUAAACCAAUGUACAGGUCCUUCCUUCGCUUGAUGACGACGCUUAUCACGAUAAAAUUUCAUUUGUGGAAGAAACUAACCUCUCAAAGCAAGCCAUAUGAUCGCCUUGCAAAGUCUCAGCAUCCUCUCCCUCAUUCAUUCUCUACCUCUCUUUUUCUCCAACCAGAAUUCUCGGUACCAGACGUACCAGCGGAUGUGGAAUUACAUGCAUUCAAAGCAACCUAGUGUCUUUGUCAAGAGCACAGAGGAGGGGAUCGCCCGGGUGCUGAAUUCGAAGUAUGCCUUCCUGCUCGAGAGCACGAUGAACGAGUAUCACCGGAGGCUCAACUGCAACCUGACGCAAAUUGGGGGGCUGUUGGAUACCAAGGGCUAUGGCAUCGGCAUGCCACUGGGUGAGUGGCAGUAGCUGGAGCCAAUCAUCAGCUGGCAUUGGUGCCAAGAGCAGAACAAUGGAAAAUGUCAAAGGCACAGGGACACAGAAGCGUGGGCCUAAUAAUAAUUACAAUGCUGAUAAUAAUAGAUGCUAUUUAUAUAUACCUGAGUCACUUCUACUUAUUGUGGAGGUUGCUGUAAGACACCUACCUUGAUUCUUCUGUACUGCACCUGGCACUAGGAAUUCCUGGUGCUAGAUGUUGCACAAAAACAAAAAAGAAGAAGUUAUGAAUCGUGUCUAUAUUAUACUGACAUGAAAGAUCAACAGUACAAACAUUUUACAAGCACAUAAAAAAAUCCCAAAUAACAAUGAGUGCUAUGAAUGGCCAACUCUUUACUAGCAAUCCGUAGUUAGUAGUUUAUAGUCUUCACUGUUUAAUUAAUUAAUAGUAAUAGUAGUAAUAAUAAUAAUAAUAAUAAUAAUAAUAAUAAUAAUGUGAUUUUAUUAUUUAGAGGCUGCCCAUCUGACUGGGUUGCCCCAGCCACUCUGAGCGGCUUCCAGCAAAAUAGAAAAACAUUAUAAAACAUCAAAUGUUAAAAACUCACCUAUACAGGGCUGCCUUCAGGAUUCUGUAUGUGUUUGUGUGACAUCUGUAUUGUUGAUCUUCUAUAUUGGUAUGAAAUAGAUACCGUUUAUAUGUACGUGAGCCUCUUUAUUGUCCAAAGAUAUCAAGACAAGGCCCUAUUUUGUAGAUUUAUAAUCUGAAAGUAGUCAGCAUGGGGGUUCGUGGAGAAGUACCACCACAGAAAACCUUUGUGAGGUUGAGCCAGGUGCCCUGUUAAUUGGCUCAGCCUGGGGUUGGAAUGGGUAUUGGAAACAGAUAAUUGCAAAUAACUGGGGGUUCCGCCAGGUGGCAGGUUGUCAAAUGCAUUUGGAGUUCAGGACACUCUGAACUAAUCAGAAGGAAUUCUUUUUGAAGGCCAAAAUUGACCGUUUAAAUUUUUUUCUACCAGAAAGGUAGAAGGUGUGCUUUGUGGAGAGGGUGUAAUUUGAGAUAUUGUAAAUGGGUUGUCGACAAUUUUUUAAUUUUUUUUACAUAAAAUGUCCCUUGGAAAGGGUAAAUCCAGAAUAAACUAAAGGGGGGGUAUACAGGUUAGUGUUCUGCUGUCAAUGACAUUGUGUGAACGCCAGUGCUUUUGUUUCUGGGGGGAUGCAGGGGUACGCAUAUCCCUAAACAUUUUGUGAAUCUUUGUACUUUUGUCCAUUUACUGUAUUUAUUUCCCCCGAUUUGAACUAUAAAAUGGUGAUUUUCUUGAGUCAAAAUGAGAGUACCCCUAAGCAUUUUUUUAAAAGAAAAAAAGCACUGGUGAACACUACAGCAACAAAAAGACACCUUGCAUGAAUCUUGCAAAAAACCACAUUGAUUUCUCAUGCCGACGUGCUUGCUUAUACCAGCUCCUUCUCUCUCUCUCUCUCUCUCUCUCUCUCUCUCUCUCUCUCUCUCUCACGUGCAUGCACCACACACACAAAAACACACACACACCCCUACAUAGGCAGGUAUAGCCUGUCUUUGGGGAUGUUCGAAACAGUGUGGUGUAGUGGUUAAGAGUGGUAGACUCGUAAUCUGGUGAACCGGGUUCGCUUCCCCGCUCCUCCACAUGCAGCUGCUGGGUGACCUUGGGCCAGUCACACUUCUCUGAAGUCUCUCAGCCUCACUCACCUCACAGAGUGUUUGUUGUGGGAGAGGAAGGGAAAGGAGAAUGUUAGCUGCUUUGAGACUCCUUUGGGUAGUGAUAAAGCAGGAUAUCAAAUCCAAACUCCUCCAACAUGGAUCUCUUAGAUUCCCCUUUCACUUUGGAUGAACUUCGGCAGUAAGGUCGGCCAAUCACCCAGAGAUCAAUACUGAGGGAGAUUUUCAAAAAAGUGAUAUAGGCUUGCUCUUGCAAGGAGCUGCAGCUGAUGGCAGCAGCUGAGGCCCCAUUCGCCUUCCCCCCGCUUACCUUAAAUGCUGACAAGCCUUGUGUGACCAAUAAGCCAACUGGUAAAUGAGAUUCAAAGUCAGCAGGGAGCUAUAUUAGACGACUUUCAUAAUGCUGGAGCCGACAUGCCGGCCCCUGCUCUGAAGCUCGACUGAGUGAUGGCCUGAGAAGGGGUGGAUUAAUCAUCAUCGACAGCCCUGUGUCAUAUCUGCCUCCUUGACAAUCCUGCAGGCUCCCCAUUCCGGGAUGAGAUCACCCUCGCCAUCUUGCAGCUUCAGGAGAACAACCGCCUGGAGAUCUUGAAACGGAAGUGGUGGGAGGGAAGCAAGUGUCCCAAAGAAGAGGACCACCGGGCCAAAGGUGAGGUUCUGAGGGUUAGAGGGGCGCCUAUGACGGGUGCCGCCAACCUGAGGUUGCCAAUGGAUGCCAUGGUUGGGUUAACACUGAGUAGAACCCAACUGGAAUUGCGGGCCAAGGUUUUUGAUAAAUAUGGGUUAAACCCACACCAGGCACCUCAAGUACAGUGGUACCUCGGGUUACAUAUGCUUCAGGUUACAUACGCUUCAGGUUAAAGACUCCACUAACCCAGAAGUAGUGCUUCAGGUUAAGAACUUUGCUUCAGGAUGCUCUGGCGGCGCAGCGGCAGCAGGAAGCCCCAUUAGCUAAAGUGGUGCUUCAGGUUAAGAACAGUUUCAGGUUAAGAACAGACCACCGGAACGAAUUAUGUACGUAACCAGAGGUACCACUGUACAUAACCUCUUCCCCCAAAGGAUUCUGGGAACUGCCAUUUACCCUUCACAGAUUCCCAGUUCCCAACAAACUGCAGUUCUCAGGAUUAAUUGGGGACAGAGGCAUGUGAUCUAAAUAGUAAACAUAAUCGUAAAUUUUAUUUAUACCCUGCCCUCCCCAGCCAAGACCGGGCUCAGGGCAGCUAACACCAGGUAUAAAAACAAUUGAUUAAAAUACAACUUAAAAACAAGAUUAAAAUACAACAUGAAAAUGCAGCCUCAUUUCAGUAGAAACUCAAAUCAAAAACUUUUGGGGGAUGAAAACGUCAAAUCUUAAGCAAGGCCAACUAUCCAGACUGGUCCUACGUGGGCCAGAAAAAAUCCAGGGAAGUCCCCCCAAAUAGGAGUUCCAUCACAGAAGGAGAAAGAAAAAAGGAUAGAUGGGAAGGGGGAUCAAGUUGAUUCCAAACCAAAGGCCAGGCGGAACAACUCUGUCUUACAGGCCCUGCGGAAAGAAAUGUGCUUUGAACGUAUGUCACAAUGUUCCUCACACCUCUCUUCCAUAUAAACAAUUAAAUAUGGCAAGCUGGGGGCGGGGGGAGAGAAUAAUACCUGGAGGAAGAAGCCAGCAGGUGAAACCCUGGCAUUGAGCAUGGUUCUCUGCCUAAAUGAAGGCCCACAGUAUAUGGUUGUGAGGCCCUGUCUUUGGGGCUGUUUUGGCCUCAGUUUUUGGAACUUAGAUUACAUGUGUGGCUCACAGGCAUUCCCACCUGCUGAAAUCAGAUGUAAGUUUUGUAGAGAUUGCUAAUAGGCUGUGUAGAGCAACCUCUGGUGGCAAGAGAGAAGACUGCCGGUCGAAAAAGAUGGGUUGGUGGAGGAAAAUCCAAUGAGCUGCAGCUGUAGACGCAGUAAUACAUGCCUCACCAUAGCAGAAACAGAUCCAAUAUUGUGUCCGACUAACAGUUGAGCAAGUCAGUAGCUUCUGUUGGUUUGGACGCAAAGGGUUUAUUUUCAGCCUGUGUCCUAUUGAUUUUUAAAGAUCCCACUUAUCGAAAAAUCAGCGAAAUGUGUCAGCCCAUUUACUAAGGGAUUCUGGAUUGGCUGGAUUCUGGGGAAGGAAAAGCUGAAAAAUAGUAGCCAGGGAACAGCAGGGAAAGGGAAACAUGGUGUCUGCAAACAUCCAAACUUUCAAAAGCAUACAUUUAAGUUUUUCUUGGAUGAGAUUUGGGGAUCUUCCAAAGCGCUGAAAAUUGCACUGAAAAUAUUUGGAAGCGAACAUUCAGAGCUGCUCUAGGCACACUGGGCAAGGAGACAACAUUAUAGGUGUGUGUAUGAGAGAGAUGUGAAAUCCAAGGUGUUAGGAAUGCUCUCUGACUUCCUGAAAGUGGCCAGGGUGAGGCAGCUUAGAGCUGUGUCCAUCCUGUCCUUGCUGGCUCCCAUUAUUAUUUUUUCUUCCUCUCUCCCCCCCCCCAACAGGGCUGGGUAUGGAGAACAUUGGAGGCAUCUUUGUGGUGCUCAUCUGUGGGCUCAUCAUUGCAGUCUUCGUCGCUGUCAUGGAAUUUGUAUGGGCCACGCGUCGCUCGGCUGAACAUGAAGAGGUGAGGUGGGGUGGGGCUGGUUCUCUGGUUGCAUGGAGGAAGGAACGAGGGACAGUGGCUGGGUCUAAAGGGAAGACUAUUGCCACCAGCCCCUGAAGAGGUAUGAGUGGGUGGUUUUAAGAAGGGCGUUAAACUGGUCAAGGACCCAUAAGGAGACUGAGGAGUGAAUCAGAGGGUCUCAUGUGCAGACUGGAGGCAGACUUCCAGGUGUGUGUGUGUGUGUGUGUGUGUGUGUGUUUGUGAGAAAGACAGAAAGACAGAGAGACAGUGCACACAUCCAACAUUUCUCCAACGACGACAGGAUCGUCCUAUUCUAUUAUUAUUAUUAUUAUUAUUAUUAUUAUUAUUAUUAUUUUAUUUUAUACCCUGCCCAUCUGAUUUUAUUAGUUAUACCCCACCCAUUUUAUUAUGUAUUGCCCCAGCCACUCUGGGCUGCUUACAACAUACCGUAUUUUUCGCUCUAUAAGACGCACCAGACCACAAGACGCACCUAGUUUUUGGAGGAGGAAAACAAGAAAAAAAAUAUUCUGAAUCUCAGAAGCCAGAACAGCAAGAGAUAUCGCUGCGCAGUGAAAGCAGCAAUCCCUCUUGCUGUUCUGGCUUCUGUGAUAGCUGCACAGCCUGCAUUCGCUCCAUAAGACGCACACACAUUUCCCCUUACUUUUUAGGAGGGAAAAAGUGAGUCUUAUAGAGCAAAAAAUACGGUAUAUAAAAGCAUAAUAAAGCAUUAAACAUUUUUAAAAAGCUUUUCUAUACAGGGCUGCAUUCAGAUGGCUCGGGGAGUCGGAUAACUCUAUACACUUCAACAUCUCUCGGAUGAAAAUAGGGACUUCCUAAGGAAAAGCGGGACAUUCUGGGAUCAAAUCAGAAACGUGGACGGCUUCAGUAAAUCCGGGACUGUCCCUAGAAAAUAGGGACACUGGGACGGACGAGGAAACGAGAAGUUCACACCAUACAUUUUAAAGUACCAUGCCCCUUUAGACAGUCCUGGCUUCCCCAAAGAAUUCUGGGAACUAUAGUCUGUUAAGAGUGUUACGAUGCCCCUAUUUCCCUCCCAGAGAUGCAAUUCUCAGAGUGAUUUAACAACCAAUCCCUCUUCACAGGGACCUCUGGGAAUUGUAGUUAUGGGAGGGGUCUCCUGACAACUCUCAGCAUCUGUAUCGAACUAUAGCUUCCAGAAUUCUUUGGGUGAAACCACGACUAUUCCAUGUGGUGUGACAUUGCUUUACAAGUAUGGUGUGCAUGUGUGCAGAGAGCAGACAGAAAUCUGCUGUUUUCAGAGCAGGAGCAAUGAUAUUGUCCUGCUUGUUUGUGGGUGGUGGCUGGGCCUUACCUGCUCCUUCUUCAGUAUUAAUGCUGCCCAGCCAUGUUGGCAGCCAUCUGCCUGUAUUGCCUACCAAGUGUGCCAGCCACCAAACUACCUUGGCACUUAGUAUUACCUACAAUGACUGGCAACAGUUCUUCUGGAUUUCAGGAAGGGGGGGGGUCUCUCUUUACCUGAGGACGCCGGGCAUUGAACCUGGGACCUUCUGCAUGCAAAGCAGGCAUUUUACUGCUGAGCUACAUCCUCUUCUGGGGGCUUGCUGUUUGAGGUUUCCCUGUAACAGAAAAGCAUAAUUUCCCUAUUGUUCAUGAGCUGACAUUGGCUUCAUUUUGCGGUAAUUUAUUGGUUGCGAGCACAUAUUAUUUAUUUGCUUGCUUGUUUGUUUUGACUUGUUUGUUGCUUGCUACCCAAAGGUCUCCAAGCAACUUGCAACAUAUUUAGAACAUAAAUUUAAAUAUAUUCUGCCGUAAAACAGAACAAAACAACCGCCCUAACAGCCGCAGGAAGCUUUGUAGUCACAUAAACAAUGAAGAUCACAGAGGAUGCUGCCCUGCUGUUCAAAAUGAAUUGUUUUAUUAUUUUGUUCAUCAGCUGUUGAAGUUUUUGUGUGUGUUUUUUGCAUACAUGGGGGAAAAAACCCUCUUGUUUCUAACAAGAGCUGAAGGGUUAUUCUCACCUUACAUGUCCUUGAUUCUUGUUCCCCCAUAUAAAUACUUCUUAAAUUCGGGAGGGGAAACCUGUGGCCCUCUUGAUAUUGUCAGUGCGCAGUUCCCAUCAGCUCCAGCCAGCAUGACCUGGAAUGAUGGGAGUUUCAGCCCAGGAACUUCUGGAAGGUCACAAAUCCACUCUGCUUUAAAUACACCAAUAAUCAUUUAGUUAUCAUUAUCAGUUCUAUUAAUUGCUGUUUAUAUCUCAUUUUCUAAGACAUUCAGGGCAGUGGGGUAGUUUUGGCCCAGAGAGUGUGUGUGACUAACUGGAACAAGGCCCUCUGGUGUCCUUGACUCCUAGAAUUGUAGAGUCAGAAGGGACCCCGAGGGUCAUCUAUUCCGACCCCCUGCAGUGCAGGAGUCUUAGCUAAAGCAGCUAUGGCCACCCAACCUCUACCUAAUAACUUGCCAUGAAGGAGAGAGUCUGCCAACUUCUGGGAGUGUCUCUUCCACUAUCAAACAGCUCUUAAUUUCAGAAAGUUCUUCCUGAUGUUUAGUCAGAAUCUCCUUUCUUGAAACUUGAAGCCAUUGGUUCGAGUCCCACCCUCCGGAGCAGGAGCAAACAAGCUUGCUCCAUCUUCCGUGUGACAGAUACUUGAAGAUGGUUAUCGUAUCUCCUCUCAGUCUCCUCUUAUCCAGGCUAAACAUACCCAACUCCCCCCAACCUCAGCUACCAAGGCCUUUUCUUACAGAAACUCCCUCCCACUCUAUCCCUCUUUUCCCUCUGGGUCAGCAACAGGGGAAGGGGAGGACCCUUCAGAAGUAUUUAGUAUGCUAGCCUCCAUUUUUUGUUUUGUUUUAAAGACUUCUCUGUUGCUCCACCUUUUGAGAAUUUCCCCCAAGUAAGGACCAUCUCCAAAAUGGCUGCCGUGUUGUAACAUCACAAGAUGGCUGCUAUGUCUGGAAUAGCACUAAGUGAUUAUGUUUCAUUGAAACCAACUGGUCGUAGGCUCAGAAGAAUUUAUUCCAGCAGGACAGGUUGGAUUUAUUCAAGCAGUAGUACUUAGGGAAAACACUACCCAGUUUCUGAAGAAAUUAUAUCUUUAAAGGAUUAAAUGAACCCAGACUAGGUCUAUCAAACGUUAUUAAUCAGAAGGCAUAAUUUUCUGUAUUGCCCUCUGUUCCUCGCAUAAACAUUGCUUCCAUUCCGCUGCAGUUCGCCUUGAAAACUAUGUUAUUUGUCUCUCUGUCUGCUGUGAUGGAACUACGUAACUUAGGUAAUUAAUUACGUAAAUUAUGUUGUCGCUUCAUUUUUCCAUCCCUUUCAUGUCACUGCAAAGGAAGUUGCGGUGGACAAUGAAUUAGGUAUCAUUUUGAGACUGAAAGCAGCAGCAACAAGUGAAUACUGAUCUAUUUGGUGGAUUGAGUUCCAUUCUAAACACAAGACAAAUAAAUGAACUGUAGCCACUUCUGUUCCCGCUGAAAUUUCCCCACAUCUCUAUUCAUCAUAGUUCAAAGACAAACCCCUGUGCUCAGAGGCAGUCUAUCUAUGGUUACUAGAUGCUGGGGAAUCCCACAGGGGUCAGAGGUCAAUACCAUGCCCUGUAAGUUUCUCUGGGGCAUUCUAAGUGCAAAGGUGGAUCUUUGUUCUCUCUUUGAGCAUUGACUUUUUUAAAUUAAAAAAACCUCUUGUGAUUUUAAGGUAGUCUGUGCUCAUAUUCUUGUUUGUGUUGUGAGAAUCCAAGAGGAUUGUACCUCAAUGAUUUGGAGGCUGGGUUUGCCAGCAACACUUUCAUUUCAAAAAUACUGUUUUUUUCUGGGUAAGCGUAGGACGAUCAAGUCGCAGCGGAACCUGCAAGCAUCUGAAAACUGAAGAAUAGGGUUGAGGUAGAAUCUCAUAGGGCAAAAUACAAAGUUUAUCAACUUUUUAGGCCCGGUUUACUGAUGGGCUGGAUCAAUAAAAUACUUGCUGCUUGGAAACCCUGGUCAGGGUGCAAGUAGAGGGGCAGGGUAGCCGAGAAAUGAGAUGCCAGAAGGGCCAGAGAAGCAUGCCUUCCUCCAUUGGUGCCCCAAAAGUGGGCAGGGGCUGGUCCUGAAAUGCUGCCCGCUGUGUUAAAUUACCCACAAUGCCCCAAGCCGCCUAAUGUAGCAACAUUACACUGGGUGCUCUCUGUGGUAUUGCACAAAGUUUAACAUGGAUAUUGACUUCUCAGUCUCGGCCACUGCCACCACACAAGUAUAUAUGGCCGGGGAAACAGGGGCAUGCAGAAAAAUGGGUUUCCCCCCCUAUUUUCACCGGAGGAAUGUUGGAGGUAUGCUUAGGGUGGCGCCCACCUCCUCACUGCUUGCUCCUUCCUUCGUGACAGAUCUCGGUGUGCCAGGAGAUGCUGCGAGAGCUGCGCCACGCCGUUUCUUGUCGCAAGCCGACCCGCUCCCGCCGGCGCCGGCGCCACUACACCACCCGAGGCGCCCUGUCGCUGCGCUCCGUCCGAGAGAUGCGCCUCAGCAACGGCAAACUCUACUCGGGGACUCUGGUGUCUGAGCCGGGGCCACAGCGCCUCCUGGAGGAGACCCCCCGGCCUUGCACCCACGUCCGCAUCUGCCAUGAGUGCCGGCGCAUCCAGACUCUUCGGGGAGCCCCCCCGCCGCCUCGGGGGCCCCCGCCUUCUGAGGAGGGCACUCCGCGCCGGGGAGCCCCCCGCGAACUCAGCGGGCAGGAGUGAUGCCCGCCCCACGUGCUUACUGGCCCCCUUCCCCACCUCGGCCCUGCCUUCGCUCUCGUGCGGAGGCGCCUGCUCUUAAGACAUGUACGCUAUGCGUAUGCCCUGAUUUGGGGGACCCAGACCUGAGGGGACUUCCCCGCGCACACCCUGGCGCAUAAUCCCUUGCCCUAGGGGUAGUGUGUGGAUAUCUUUGCGGCCCUCCUGCCUCCCCGCCAAAAAAGAAGGCCACAGCUCUUCUCAAAAUCCAAGGGGGAGAGAGAGUCCUUUUCUAAUCCCCACUUCUCGUGGGAAAGAGACAUACAUGCCCCCCCCCCCCGCCCCAGUUGAACCUCGCCGUUGUGGUGAUUAGAUCUGUGGCAGCUUGUUUCUGACGCCGCAGAAAGACAGUUUCCUGAGCCUCUUACUAUGAGGGAAAGGGAUAUGAAAACCAAUAUCCGCAGACACAGAUCCCACCCCACCCCUGUCGGCCUUGCCCCCCUCCAGCUCCUCCUACCCCUUCCACAGUGCAGCUGCAACCACAGCCCCCCUUUUUGUGCUGUUCCCCCCAUGCCUUUGCCCCGUGGAGGGAGUUUGCUUAAGCAGAGGUGCCAAAAGGGGUUCGGGAUCCCACACUGCCCCCGCCACGUGCCUGCUGGGAAAUGAAUACCUCCAGCUAUUUGCGGGGCAAAGGGACAGUUCACCUUCUUUUUCCGGGGUGGGGGUGGGGGGAAGGCCGGGACCCCUGCCGGAAGGUCCAGUUAGCGGCGUGGAAACGUAAACCCGCCGCAAGGCGGGCAAGGAGGUGGGUUGCGUGCAAGCAAACUGUACACUGGCGAUGGAGACUGAACUCAGGGUCAACUAAGCCGCCUUCUGAGGAGUCGUGGGGCCUACCGGGUUCCACGCUUUUAACAAACCAACCUGAAGUAAUACAGGACCAAGAACUAAAAAAAGGGGGCAAGUGGGAAGAUAAAGACCCCGACAGAGGUAACGGACCAACCCAGCUUUUGGGGGGGGGGGAGUGAACCGCACAGGACCCUGGAAGCAGAAGAGAGUGGGGAGCGAGGAUUUGGUCUGUGGGGGCCCCUCCCCAUGACGUCUUGUCUGUCUUUUUUUAAUUUUUGUUUCAUUCUUUAAGAAAAGUUUUUUUCUUUUUCUUUUUGGAGAAAUUUCUAUAGAAGCCAAAAACUGGAGACUUUAGUGGCAACCCCAAAAGACAAAUAAACGUGAAAAUACUUGAUUCUUU